AGCAGCGUCACUGGGCUCUGCAGGUUCUCCCACCUUCGCGGUGCGCGCGUUCUAUUUCCUUGCGAGCGUAGCCAAUCGGCGCGCUGCGGAGGGAGCCCUGCCCUCCCCCUCAUUGGCUGGCCGCCUCCCCCUCCCUCUUUCUCUCGCCCUUCUCUCGCUCCUCAGGCGCCCCCCUCCUCGCUCGCCCUGAUUUGCAUAUUCAUGAGGCGGGCGGGCGCGAGGGAGGGGCGGAAGCGGAAGCGUUGCGCGGAGACGGUUUCCGAGGAGCCGAGGGUAUAAAGCGCCCGCCUGCGCCGCCCGCUUCGGAGCCCGCUGCCGCCUCCGCCGCUGCCCGGUCGCCGUGACAGAGCCAGACGCCCGGCCGACCCGCCCGCGACCCCGACCCCGGACCGUGACCGGACAGGACCCGGCCCCUGCGGAGCAGCCCGGCGCAGCAAGCAGCCCGCCCCUGCGAGGGGGAGCAGCCGGGCCCCGGCAGAGCAGCGCGCUCCGGCAGGAGCAGGUACCCGCCGCGGAGGGGAGGGCCGCGGGCGGGGGGGGGGGGGAGGCGCGCGGUCCACACGACCCUUCUGACCCGCGACCCUGACACGCAUCGGCACGUCGGAAUGGGGCGCCGGGAGGGGUAGGAGGUGUUCGUGAGGGAGGGAGAGCGGUCCAAACGGCCCUUCUGACCCGCGACCCUGACACGCACCUGCACGUCGGAACGGGCUGCCGGGAGGGGUAGGAGGUGUUCUUGCGGGAGGGAUUGCGGAAGAGCGCGGUCCACACGGCCCUUCUGACCCGCGACCCUGACACGCACCUGCACGUCGGAACGGGCCACCAGGAGGGGUAGGAGGUGUUUGUGAGGGAGGGAGAGCGCAGGCACACCAUCCAUACAGCCCUUCUGACCCGUGACCAUAACACGCAUCUGUGUGUAGGGGCAGGUGGUUUGGAGUGGGGGGUUUCCCCGAGGCAGGGAUGGCAAUGGCACGCCAUCCACAUGACUCUUCCGUCCCGUGUCCCUGACACUCACCUGCACAUCCGAACAGACUGCCUGGGGUGGGGUGUUUCCUUGAGAUGCACCAUCCACACAACGCUUUUGUCCCACGUCCCUGACACACACCUGCACAUCGGAGUGGUCCAGCUACAGCAGUCUUCUGUGUUGUUUGCCCCCCAUAGCAGUCUUAUAAGGUUUUACAGCUUUCCCUGCUGCUGAAUGCCCCACCCUGAAACAGGUGGCAUUUGGAGGUACAAUGCCUCUGCCCCUGGAGGUUUUACUCAGCUGUUGUAGGUAAAAUUGCUGAAGAAUACCAGAAUAUCAGGGGUAGAGUGAUUCUGAACUUGUGGGUUUUAUGCAGAGGUAAUCUAAACUCCUGAGAACAAAUUUAUUCAAGUAUGUGCUUGGCUCCAUUUUGAAAAAAAAAUAAAGCAAUCUUUAGGAUUUGUUUUCAAUGUGUAUUCUAGCCUUGCAAGUUGCCUUGUGUUGAUGGGGUUAGUGGUUAGUGUGUUGGGUCUGGGAGACUAGGUUCAAAUCCCCACUCAGCUGAUGUAUCUCUGUAACUUUGGGUCAGUCACUACCUUCCCAACCUACCUCACAGGGAUGCUGUGAGGAUUAAAUUGGGGAAAGGGAUGCCACCUUGAGCUCUUUGGAGAAAAGGUGGGAUAUAAAUGUAGUUCGAAAAUCUUGCCCAGUAUUUUGUUCUCGAUGUUGGUCUGUCUGGUGGUUGUAGGGAACCCACAAGCAAAGCCUAAGAGCAGCCAGCAGCAAAAAAAAAUGUGCUCUUGGAAUAUGAAAACCAAACAAGUAGGUCCUGGAAUCUGGUGUGAAGACACAUGAGGCCACCACCUUGGUUGAAGCUAACCAGGUUUGAGUUUAGCUUCAAACUAAUCCCCGGGGGCCAGAUCCGGCCCAAUCACCUUCUAAAUCCAGCCCACAGACGGUCUGGGAAUCAGCGUGUUUUUACAUGAGUAGAAUGUGUCCUUUUAUUUAAAAUGCAUCUCUGGGUUAUUUGUGGGGCAUAGAAAUUCGUUUUUUUCCCCCUCCAAAAUAUAGUCCGGCCCCCCACAAGGUCUGAGGGACAGUGGACCAGCCACCUGCUGAAAAAGCUUGCUGACCCCUGGUUAGUCACUGGAUGGGAGACAUCCUAAGAACCACAUUUAUGUCACCUUGGGGAGAAAGUGGCAUGUAAACAUACGGAAUAAAAAGAAUGAGUGUGAAGAGUUUUUUGGUGCCUUAAUGUGGCUGACAGCUCCAUAACCCCGUGUGGAUUUACCAAUCGUUCCCUGCCACAAACCAGUUAAUCUAAACGCUGCCUGAUUUGUGGUUUUCUAAAAUAUAUAUCUUUCAGACCAGCAGAGCAAUUUUGGGAACCAAGCCCACAUCAGGGUGGGCUUAGGGAUCAGAACUCCUUGAGAAAGAGAGUGGUGGAGGAAGGGACCCAAAAGGAAACACACAAAGGAGUGUCUUAGGGGAUUUGCCUUGAAAGAGGAUUUCAUGGCUCGGGAGGGGGCAUUUUUAUGGAAAGGUGUGUGUAUUUGAGUAGAGGGUGUGUGUGUCUCUGGGUGGGAGUUGGAGGAAUGCAGAAGCUGUUGUGUGACUGAGGGAUUCUUGUUGUUGGAGGAUUGUGCCUUUGGUGAGUUACAGAUCCUGUUGUGGCUGUAGAAACCGAUACAGGAGGGACAUGUUUUGUUGCAGUUGGGGCAGACGAAGGCGUUUGGUUGUGCUGCUUCAGAUGCACCACGGCGUUCCUCCUUUCUGCGCUCCUCCCAGCGGUCAUUCCUCCUCUGGUCACUGCUGUGGCUGCACAACCUCUCUGUCUCUAGGCACUGAGGUUGUGUGUAAGAGAUUCCCACAUGUCGGGGUUGAUGUCGCUAUCCUCCAUGUUUGGAGGCAUCUUUGUAACGCAGAGUUGGUCUGCCAACACAGGGCAGAGGAAGCCUGGAGUGUGUACAUUGACUUGGAAGCGAAAGAUACAAGUAGGGGGUUGGACUAGAUGACCCUUGGGGUCCUUUCCAGCUCUGCAAUUCUUUGAACAGCAGAUUCAAGAGAGGGGCCCUAGCAAAUGGGCUUCAGAAGAAGAAAGGCUGGAGUGUUGUUGGAGAGGAGGAUAAGGCAGAAGGGGGGCAGGUGCGUUUGAGAGGCAGGGUUUGGGGACAAGGGGGAGAAUUGGGUUUGGUGGGUGAUGCAAGAAGACAGCCUGUGGAAAAGAGGGAAGACACAUUUUUUGAACUAUUCUUGAGAUGUUCUUCAAGAGAGUUCCAAAAGGUGAGCAGAAAAUCCCAGCGGUUGAGUGAGAAAUAACUGCAGAAGCAAAUAGUUUGUUGGUUGAUGGGAGGAAAUAAGUGGGGGUGGGUGGAGAUCAUAAGGCUGUCCGAUAAGGUAAGGUAAGAGAAGAGAAGAGAAGAGAUCACAUGUUGGGAUCUGUGUGUGGCUCAUGCAAGGGGUGAGAAAACCGACCCUAGAAAAAUCAGGUGCUGAAGGGGCUGUAAGAGAACUUGAGAGAGAGAAGAGAUUCUUAUCUCUGCAAGGUUGAGGAGGCAGGAUGGGUUAAGUGUGGGCAAAGGUCUUGGGGUUUGAGGCAAGGAGUUUCUUUCUAAAGCAGGAUGUGCAACGGGGAGAAAAGGGAAGAAGCAAGAAGCAAAUAAAUGUGUCGAUCCUGGAAAAGAGAGUGAAAUGAGGGAGGAACUUUGCUCCUUGUAGUGCUUGAGUCGGCAACUAUCAGAACAGACUUCUAGGGCAGAAUACAGGGUGGGAAAGAAUCACAGAGAAGGUUGCAGUGACUUGUGGCAAAGGGGGAAGGGUUUGGGGUGCAAGAACAAGAGGGGUGCGGAAAGCCAGAGAAGUGGAAGGGGAGAAAAGUGUUGCAGGUAAAGAACUGCUGGUGUGUGGAGUGUCCUGUAGGUGACCAAACAGGGUGAUUAUAGGAGGAGGUAGCAAAGCAUGAGAGAGGGAUUUUUUGCCAUCCUGAGAGGCAUCUGUGUCCAGGGCGGCUGUUUACCAGCUCCACCUGGUACGCAGGCUGAGACCCUACCUGCCCGCAGACUGUCUCGCCAGAGUGGUGCAUGCUCUAGUUAUCUCCCGCUUGGACUACAGCAAUGCGCUCUACGUGGGGCUACCUUUGAAGGUGACCCAGAGACUGCUAUUAAUCCAGAAUGCGGCAGCUAGACUGGUGACUGGCAGCCGGGACCACAUAACACCGGUGUUGAAAGACCUACAUUGGCUCCCAGUACGUUUCCGAGCACAAUUCAAAGUGUUGAUGUUGACCUUUAAAGUCCUAAAUGGCCUUGGUCCUGUAUACCUGAAGGAGCAUCUCCACCCCCAUUGUUCAGCCCGGACACUGAGGUCCAGCUCCGAGGGCCUUCUGGUGGUUCCCUCAUUGGCGUUCUUGGUAGUGGUACCCACCCUGUGGAACACCCUUCAGAUGUGAAGGAAAUAAGCAGCUAUCCUAUCUUUAAAAGACAUCUGAAGGCAGCCCUGUUUAGGGAAGUUUUUAAUAUUUAAUGCUGCAUUGUUUUUAACACUCGAUUGGGAGCCGCCCAGAGUGGCUGGGGAAACUCAGCCAGAUGGGCGGGGUAUAAAUAAUAAAUUAUUAUUAUAAUAUUUAUUAUUAUGAUUAUUAUUAUAUCUACUGGGGGAGACUUGGAGGGCAGCUUUUGGUAUGCAUUAGCAUUAUGUGGAGAUAUGGCUUGUGGGUCAUUAAAUCAUAGAAUUGUAGAGUUGGAAGGGACCACGAGGGUCAUCUAGUUCAACCCCCUGCAAUGCAAGAAUACUUUGCCCGAUGUGGGGCUCAAACCCACAACCCUGAGAUUAAGAGUCUCAUGCUUUACCAACUGAGCUGUUCCAGAUGUAGCCUAAUGGGUCAGCCCCACUGUAGCUGUUGCACCCAGAAUAGGUAUUGGGUUUUCCCUUUCAGUGUUGGGGACCUUCCCUGCGUGACAAAAUUUUGUUGGGGUUGGGCAGGUCUGGUAGGAGGGAGCAGAAGCUUAAACUGGGUGUCAUCUAUAAACCCAGCAAUCAAUCCUGUUUUGUGUCACUUUGCCUGUAAUGCAAAUGUUCAAUUCAUUUUGCUGAUCAGGUAAAGUGCUUCAGUUUGCAUAUUUGUGGUUUGACCCCAACGGGGGUGAAAUUCUUUGCCCCCGUAUUAUAAAUAUGCAGCAGUAGCCUGUGUAAAGUUAUGUUACAGAUGCAAACACAGUUAACUGCAUAGGACUUCUGAAAGCAGGCAUUCCAGACCUAAAAAUACAAAAGUAAUUUUUGUGUGUGUGUCAAAGAUCUCUCAGAUAUUGUUUGGAAUGUUGUACCCGAAGCCACAUGAAAUAUAUUGAGUUAUUUAGGCAUGGCUGAAGUGUAUUUAAAGAGAAAUUUCUUCUCAGUGUUGGGGGGGGGGGAAGGCAUGGUUGACCUUGAGGCUGCUCCUGGAAAAAUGCAAUUUGUUUUCUUGAUAACUAUCUCCACAGUCCAUAACGCUUUAACUGCAUGUUAUCCUUACAUCAGAUCCUUCUUUCGUUGGUGUUGUCAGUGAUUCCAGCUUUAGAGGAACUAAAAGGAGUGAAUCUGGUGGUGCACGUGGAUUGAGAGGCUGAUUAGCUAGCUUGCCUGUUAAAAGGAGGAUCUGCAAAGAAGCUCAGCAGCAAUGCUUGGCUCUUGUGCGUACUGUGUUGACUGAUACCCAAACUGAGGGUUUGGUCUACAAAGGUAUGUGGAUGCCCACCUGCAAACUGUCCGUUACCUAGAGUUGUAGUGCUAAUGGUAUUAUCCCUUUGCUGCCAUUUAACUUCUGAAAAUGUAUACAUUUAAAAUGGCUUGCACGGCACUCUGCUCUGGCAUAAUUAUCUGUCUGAUUAUGAUCUGUAUCGCAUUGCACUGCCUGGCUUAAGCACUGCUGGUAACAUUUGCUGAAAAUCAGCCGCAUCUUCUGCUGCUUGCUUUCGGCACAAGUGGGCGGAUAUUGGCUUGGCUUCGAAACAGAAGGGUGAGUGUAUCUCUAAACAGUCUGAUAACUGGGAGGCGGGGGAGAUUUGUAAGCUGUCAUACUUGCUACACAGCAUUCGGUUAGUGUGUUUAUAUGUGCACUCUGCUCUGCCCGGUACAUAUUAUUCUGCCCACAGUUGCUUCAUAGACCAAGAUAGCCUUGCUGGUGAGAACUGUAGCAAAAUCGCAAGCCUUUGGUCUAAGAGUCCGUGCUUUUUCGUGUGAGGCUGCACAAUUGGGGCACUAUGCCUUUAAAUGAAUAGCUCAUUUGUAAUGAACACUUCAGAACCAAUCUUCCUUCAGGAACGGGCUCGGAACUCCAAAGGGAAAAUUGUACAGUUUAUGGUUUCUGAGCAAUCUUGUUCUUUACAACAAAGAGUGAAGUAUCUUGAGCUUCAUUUAUGCUAUUCAGGGCUACUUUUUACUGGGGCCGCUGCCAAAAAGAUGACAAACGCUGAUGCCGAAAUGCAGGCACUUAAAGGUAGCAGCAGCAGCAGCUGUUGUCUUGGAAAUAAACAUUAGGCUGGGGCUUUCAGGAGCACAGUUUUCAUCUAGUGGGCAUUGGUUGUUUUUCUCAAGCAGUCGUUCCAGGGACAUGGCUUGAGAGAGGCUCCGGCAGUCGGGAAAAAGGCUGAUAAGUCAGGCAGGGAUGCAAAUACAUAGAUGCUUUGGUUUACACGUUCAGAAAAAUGAGACAGAAUUCUGAGAUGAUAGAAUACAUGGUACGAUUUGAGAUUGCCCAGGGAUGAGGGAUCGGUUUUGAAUGCUGCAGCACAUUAACAGAAUAUAAAAAUCGGGGAGCAACUGGGGAUAAUUUCUCUGUUAUCUGCAAGCUAGUUUUCUACUGAAGGGAGCUUUUAUGUGCAGUAAUGCUUAGAAAUGGGGUUUGCAUGCACACCCCCGCACUUGCAUCCUGAAGUGGUACAUUCCAACUCACAAAUUUACCAUCUCAUUCUGCUGCAAGUCACUGGUCUCUCUAGCCCCCUUUUAACAGCUGUCUGUCGGCAUCUCUCUUCAAUCUUGGGCUGGGGUCUUUUCCCCCACUUUGCUCCCUGAGAUUCUUUCACUGGGGAUGUUAGUGACUGAAUCUGAAAUCUUAUGCAAUGCAGGGCGUUAGUUCUGCCGUGACGGGCACACUCCAAAUAUUGCAUUUGCACUCGACAUUUCUUUCAGAGAGUUCAUCUGGCAUUGUGGCUUAAUAUAAUAUUGCCCCAGCUGUACAACUCCCUUCUUGCAAACUCAGGGGAAGGUUACAUCAUAGUUUUUCAGCUGUUGCUUACACACUGAAGGAGCCUGAAACCUGGCAUAAACCUAGCUUAUAUAGACUGCUGCUGUUGUGCAUGCUUCACAAUUCAGACUACUUAUUCAAGCAGAAGAGGCAGCAGGAACGAAUAAUCCUGUGUUUCUGCAAGUGUUUUUACUUGGCUUUGUUCACCACGUGGCUCUUUCACCGUGUUGUUUGCUCUCUGAUUUGAGUGCAUUGUGUUAGGAUUUAUUCAUACGUCAGGCUUCAAGAAGAUUGCGGAGGUUUAGCACUUUUUUCUGUUUUUAGCUGAUUUAUUACGGAGCCUGCAUUUUUAUAUAAUUUCAGAGGGUAACUUAACGCAGCUCGGCCCUUUACAUGGUAGUUCUGGGACUGUUCCUUAAAAAUGCAGAUUUCACCAACUCCCCGAGACAAAUCGUUCUACGGGUGAAUUACGGUACUUUCUCUCCUUGCCUAAUUAGCUUUGGCUUUAGAACAUAAAAUGGUGCAAAGCCAGAGUGGCGAGUAUUCAUAGUUUGAACCAUCCCGUGUGAAGGGAGCAAGGUGAGGAGUUUAUAGCAGCUUCUAGAGUUCAUGUUCACUUUCCAAGGAUUUGGGGCUAUGAUUACCAGCGAAGAGUACUUAAAGAUCUCUUUAUGGAGACUACUUUAACGUAAGCUCUGCUAGGAAUUUUGCAAAUGCCAGGAUAAAAGCUUAAGUUGUUAAAGCCCAAUGUAGUUGGAGAAGCUGGCACUAUUUAUACCUCAUAUGUGCUCGGCCUCCCUUUUAAAUUAAGCAGUUCCCCUUUUGCAUAUUAAGAUACUCAGAUGCUUAGCCAAGCUCCCUUUCGUGGCCCUUUUUUCAUCAGACCUGUCUUGCAGAGUGAUCCUUCUUGACUUCUUACACCCUGCAUUCCAUCCACUUGGCUGGCUGAAGGACUGAAGUUCACCCCAAGGUCUGGGGCCAUUGCCAAGGUCUUGGAAAAAAGAUGUUUGUUUAUCCUAGGAGAAGAUGUCAUUGGCUUGGCAGCUCACAGGCAUCGCCCUGCCAAGCUUGAUUGUGGACUUUGAUUGACUGCAUAACAUGGCCUUUUUUGUGCUUUUACUGGCCCCGUGCUUGGCUUUUAAACUUGCAGAUGGAAACAGGGGGAAAAGCAUCUCAUGUAGCUAAUCUUCAUUUGCCAUAAACUUAGCCAGCUUCUGAUGUGUGGCAUUGUGUGAAUGAUCUACUAGAUGGUGAUCACAUUGGUGUACUUGACCAGUCUUGUUUCUUCUACUCGGCAUAACUGUAACUCUAAUGCAAGAGUUUGAAUCGUGUCCAUGCUUGACACUACCAGUUGUCAGCAUGGGGAAGAGCCAUAGCUUAUGCUCUGCAUGCAAAAGGUCCCAAGUUCACUCCCUGGUGCCUCCAUGUAGGGCUGGACUCCUGCCUGAAACUCUGGAGGGCUGCUGCCAGUCCAUGUUGACAAUAUUAAUCUAUAUGGACCAGUGAUCUGACUUGGUAUAAAGCAGGGUUUUUGUUUUGUUUCUUCUCUGCAUACCCAGUGGGUGUGAUCCUGUGUUGCACCAGCAGGUGUCUGCUUCCGCAAAGGGACUUCUUCAAAACCUACACCCCUCUUUGGCCUCCUAGUUCUGCUCCAAAGGCUAGCAGAACUUUUGGAGCACGGAGACUGGAGGGGGAAGAAGAGGGACCGAAAGCCCCAUUGCAUAUGUGGGUUUCCGUUUCACAAGCAAAUAGUCAUAACCGGUUAUUACCUAUUAUUUUUAUUUCUCACUUGGGCUGGAUCUACAAUGAUCUAUAAAAACGCUGUUAAAGGCCAUGAAAAAAGUUAUAUAUCUCUCAAUGCAAUUUCCCAUUGCUGACAGGUCACUACUCUGCAGCGCCCUCUGGUGUCACAUUUUUAUAACGUAUUUUUGACAUUAUAGCCGACCAGUGUAGACCCGCCCUUCGUCAACCAUUGUUCCCUCCUGUAUUUCAGAUUUAAUGUCUCCCCUCCAUCUGCUUCAUGUAGGCCUUCAUUUGUAUAAUAUCCUGGCUCAACAAUCCAGGUGCCUUGUCCAAGAUGCCACAAUACUUGCAUUUGCUGCUACAGACUGCUGUGGCUACAGUUCUUUAAAGUACAGUGAGUUAAGUUAUACUGAAACUAGCUUUUAACUUUGACAGCUCACAAAACACUAAUUUUGCAUGCAAGUAUGGUUAGAAUCUCUGACAUGCUGUAAUCAAGCCUUGAUCUUGGACAAGUGUUAUUUAUAUGGUGCAUAUAUAAAAUACCUGGUUUUAACCAACACUUUGUGUUUAGAUAUGCUAUAUCAGGCACACACUAAAAAGCUAACAUUUGAAGAAGCCCUUAGAAGUGCAGUGUUCAAUAAUUUUAAAAUACAUUUUAAUGACUUUAAAAAUAAUUCAGUGUAUGUAUGUAUUUCUUUUUUACAUAUAAGUUGCUAUUUUAAAAAAAAACCACACAACCAAAUGUGGUAUUUCACUAUAACAAUUGUAAACGGUUAACAAUUACAAUUUUUAAUCUACGGUAUUUUAUAUGAAUGCAUUCCAAAGUUCAUUAUACUUGUUCAUGCAAAGUCUGUCUAUAAGCAAUCCACUAGUCAGGUCUUCAACACAUUGAAUAAACAGAGUUGUAUAUUUAUCUUUCCAAUGCAGCAAUACCAGUCUUUUGGCCAGAUUAAGGGUACAGAGAAUCCAUUGUCCAUUUCUCAAAAUCCAUGUAGUAGGUGCAUGGUUCAAAAGAAUAUUGUUGUAUGAAAAAUUUAGCCUUUUUCACACAGUUAUACUUACAUUAACCCAUUAUUUUCUCCCAAAACUUAGUAAGUGUAAGGCAUUGUUAGAAACAUGUGUUUUAAAGAAGCAUUAUGCUUAUUACAUCUCCAACAAAAUGCUGUUUUAGACAGUUCUUUUCUAUGUAAACAUAGUGUCCAAUAAAUUCUAAAUAUUAUUUUCUGUUGUAUAACUCAGGUCCACUGACAGCCUUGCUAUAGAAGUUAAAACACUACCAUUGUCCAGGCAACAUAGGAACCUCCAAUUCUUUAUUCCAUUCAUUUCUUAACAUCUGCAUCUCAAAUUGAUUUAUUGAUAACAAAUAUAAACAAAAGGUGAUCACUUUGUUAAAAAAGGUAUUUAGCCACUUCUAGUAUCUCAAGCAUCUCAGAAACUGAAAUAGGAUGUUGUUAAUAGAAUGUUGUAGCUGCAAAUAUUGCCAUUGGGUUACAUCCAAUAGCUGAUAUUUAUCUCUUAAUGCCACGUAUGUUAAAAAUCCAUCUUUCGAUUUAACAAUAAUUUCAUGUAUGUCUGCAUAUAUGAAUUGGGAAGUAUUCCAAAUUUCUUAGGUGCAUGUUAAGCACCUUCCAGCCACCCGCAAUUUCUUAUGGUUUGGCAGGACUUGCCCUUGUUCUGGGUCUAAAUUCAGGCAAAUCAAUAGACGAAAGGGGUCACAGGGAGGCUUCAUUGAUCUGUGAUGUAUUUUGAAGUGCACAAGGGAAGGCUCAAAGGGGAAGCAAAUACGUAGAAAAAGUUUAGAGUUCUUCUCUUGCAUGCAUGUUCGCUUUGAAUGCAUAGGGCAUCCAUGAGAACUGUCGUCAAAGCAUUUCAUCCUUUGCUUGCAGUCCCUCCCAGCAGAAGCCCUGCAUAAAUCUGAUGUCGAUCGCUUGGCUGUUCCCUGAAAGCUGCUUCCAUUAACAUUAUGAUGUCAUGGAACUUUAGAAUCCUAAUGUUUUCUGUUACGGGAGUCAUCAGAAGCUAAAAGCAUCCCUGCUCGAACUUCAGGCAGGCCAUCGUUGGUAGGGCUCUUUGAGAUGAGGAUGGUAAUGGUUCUGGCAAGUACAGUUCCAUUCUGCUAGUUCGUUAACCUGACUCUUGGUUGCACUAUAGAGAUGGGCUGUUGUGGACUGCAUGUUGGAAGGAAGCAGAGCUUCCCUGCCACAAUAAGCUAACCUGCUGCAAGGUUCUGGUCACUGAAACUUUUCAAGCCAGGGGACAAUUUGCCCAGUCCUGCCCUGUUUCAGUUCAAUCACAGCUGCAGUGUGUAGCCUCAUCUUUUGGAAGCUGUCAGAUGUAUUUUGCAAGCUAGGCUGAUUAGAUUGGAGCUGGCCUAAUUGCAUUCCCCUUGGAUCACUUGUCUCCUUGCAUAUACUCCUGCCCACAUCAUAUGCUACAAGGCUUCACAUAUUUGAAAUUCCAUCUUGCUUCUUCAAGAAAAUCCAGGGAGUAAACAAGAUGUUACAUUCAGUCAUGGCCAGGCAGCCAGGAUCACCGUUCCAGAAAACGUUCCGAUGACAACACCCCACAUCCCCUGAAACAUAGAUUAGUGCUAUGCAGGCAGCAGUGUUAAAAACUCAGAUAUAUUAAGCCCAAUAGCUCCUUAAAUCAAGGUUUCAGUCGCCAAAAUGGAAUGUCUUGUUGACAUUUUGGGGCAAGACGUGUUAUUUUUUAAAAUGAUGGACUAACUGAGAUUGAUUCUCAGUUAAACUUCUGGCUAGUUCGGAUGACAACCUUGAGCUAACCUUAAGAGCUUUGAGAACUGAAAGAAGGAAAGUCACUUGAUCCAGGGACAGUUCACACAUAUGCCUAUGCUAACCUGUUUUUUGUUAAUGGUGACUGCUCCUGCUCAGGCUACUCAGAAAACGCAUUUUGGUUCCAGAAAUCCAUUCCGAAGGUGCAGAUAAAAUGGAAGUGAGAGAAUUCUACAGAAUGUGGUUGGUACUGGUGUAACUAUCUCUCUGUGGAAGGCUAGCUUGUGUGAGAGAGAUUUUAAUCUAGCUCUUCCCUUUGGUAUACUAGUCUUCUGCAUGCGGGGAGAUGCUUUUCUAGGUGGAAGAAAAAUCACAGCAUGCUGUUUCCCCACCCAUAGGCUGAAACGUCAGAGGAGGGCUUUACCGUAUGUUUUUGUUGAGCAUGUAGGCUGGAAAACAAAACACCUCAAUUUCCCAUAAUAUACCGGUAGGUCUCAGAUUUGGGGAGGAAACCUUGUAAAAGCGAUGAUGAUUAGCUUUUCACGUACUGAUGCUAAUUAAAACCUUAAUGUCAACAGUGUGCUUGGCACUGCUCAGAACUUGAGUGGUGGGGCCUCUGCCAAGAGGAAUUGUGGUGUACAAUCAGGCAAGCUACCUUGUUCCAUAAUUUGCACUAAUUCUAAUCUUAGAUCAUACUCUUUGGAGACGAUCGGGCUCUCUGGUGAUUAAAACUUCUAGUCAACAAGCCUCAGCGGUUAAACCCUUGAACAGAAUCCAGCAUCUCUGGAUGCUGUGAAGCCAGCAUUUGCUUUUGGGGGGGAACCCGAGCGAUCUCUGUUGAAAUUGAACUGCACUUAUCCUCAGGUUAUGGCUUCCGGAUUUAGUUGCAAUUUAAAUCCUCGCAUGGUUAUGUCAUUGUAGUUGCUUGCUUUGUAAUUAGCAUGUGAUAAUGACUUACCUGGAGGCUUAUAAACUUACAUACUAUUAUGUAUGCUUAAAGGCCUGCAGACCAAAAAAAAAAGUGUUUAAUUAUUCCAAAUUGGAACUUGAGCCUUCCUUACACCUUCAAGCGCUAGUUAUGUACAUUUCUCCCCAGGUUGCCUUCCCCGCUCAGGCUGCUUCCUCUGGCCUGAUCUUUUGCCCUAACUACUGUGUAAUGUUCUCUGUUCCAAAUAUAAUUUUCCUGGGCUUCCUGCUGUCUUCUACGCUCCUUGACUUGCCCCUCUGUGGUCAGAGUACUGUUACUCCCUCGGACGUGAAGGUAACUUGGCCAAUCAUCAUUGAUAGAUGCCUCACUCUCAUUGCCGGAGUAGAUUUAAGGCAUCUUUGUAUUUAAACACUUAGCUGGUAGUCCUAGGUGACAUGGAAGUCCAUGCGGUUGGGUAUAGCUGGAGAAGGGCCUUCAUUGCACCCAGGAGCAAGCAGCGUGCAAUUGUUAAUAAUAAUAAUAAUAAUAAUAAUAAUAAUAAUAGUGCUCCAACUUGACCUUUGGGGAGUUUUCUGAGUAAGAGCAGCUCAUGCCCUGAAGAUUGCCAGCUGACACUGUCAGCAAAUGGAUAUUAAGCGUUCCAUUACUGACAGCUAAAAGCAUGUUAGAGAUCUAUGCUCUGGGCUGGUUCUCAAGGUUUAAAAAUGUGAUAUGGGGGAGGAAGACCAAUAUAAUAAGGUUGGUGUAGAAGUAAUGUUUUAAAACUCCAAAUGCAGGAUGUUCAAUUCCCUAGCUACAUAGACAAUGUGAGGAAGAAAAGACACACAGUUUGAAGCCUCAAAGUGCUUGCGCUAGCCAGAGGCUUCUAAACGUAAAUUUGGCUUGCACAUUACAGAUAUUGGGAUCCACAAAUUUGUUUCGUCGUGGAAGGUGUCCUUCCCUGUGUGGUGAACCUGAUGAGUCCCUUGCUCCCUGCCUCAAAUCUAGGAUCCUCAGAACCUCAUCUCACACUGCACUUUGGGAUAGUAGCUGCAAAUGUGCCUCCAAAGUUCAGUGUGAACUCCAAGAAGGACCACCCCCCUUUCCCUGAGUCCUGGUAUCCAGAUCAUCCUUUGCAUAGUUUGGUUCAUACCGUUUGAUGGCAACCUCCAUGUACUCAUGGUUGUAGCAUUAAAAUAUUAAAAGUUUCUUUGACGUGGUGAUCAAUAUCAAGUUGUACUGAUCUUUCAGUAGGGGUGAGAAGUGGAGCUUUUCGCUGGAGUCUCCGUUAACUUGUCUGCCUUUGUUUAAAGGGGAACAGUAAUGUUUUUGUAGCUGAAUAUGACACUUGUGUUUUGCUGACCCUGCAUAUUUUCCCUCUUCAGCUGGCGAGCCUUCUGUUGCACGCACUGCUGGCUCAUUAAACGAAAAACAAAAAAGCCCAGUGACUUCAAAACAAGUCCAUUAUCAAGUGCCAAAUAACUGGAAGGGAGGGGCAAAUUUAAAGACAAACCUCAAGAAGAUAGUCUGUGCACUUAAUUUCUCCCAUUCUUGCCUUUGGUUUUAUCUGAUCGCUCUGCCCUGGCCAACUUCCAGUAUGCUGUGGUUCAGUCAGUCAAUGCCGUGUUCCAGAACUGUGAAGCUGACCACCCUGGCAGUUAAUUUCCUGAAAACUCUGAUCUUUUUUGCAGUAGUGUGUUUUCCACACAGAACCUGCAUUCACUGCUGUAGAAAAUGCUCCUCUGAUACCCAAUAGGAAUUUGACAUUAAAUGUUGAUGAGGCAGGAGCUGGGAGCAGAUGCGUAAAAUAAAUUCCAGUGCUUCUCAUGUGUACAGUGGUACCUCUGGUUACGUACUUAAUUUGUUCCAGAGGUCCGUUCUUUUUUUUCCUUUUUUCUUUUUUAAAUGCUAAGUAUUUUUUAUUUUGUUGCUGGUCUAUUUUAAAGCUUGCUUCAUUUCAGAGCUGGUUUUUUUUUUAAUGAUAUUUAUUGAAAAAUUUUUUGAAUUACAGAGAAAAAACAAAGCAGAAAAAGAAAAAACAAAAAACAAAAAAACAAACCACAUCAAACAAUACAAAUUCAAAAAACAAAAAUACACCACAAACAGACAAAAAUAAAUCCAUCAUUCUUGAAUCCUCAACUCUCAUUACCUUUUUUCUUUGACCUCCUCCUCCUCCCUUUUUUUGUAUCCUAGUUAAUAAUUAUCGCAGCAAAUCCUUUCCAUAUUCUGUCAUUACAUUACCUUAAUCUAUUUUCAUCUUAUCUUAUAGAAAACCUUAAAACUUAAAACUUAAAUUUUAUUUUUACCGACUUCUCACAACCAUAAUAUUCUUACCUAAUUCUUUAAACAUUUUUGCUAGAGCCAAGUAAUUUCGUUCCAACAUUUUUCUAACAUUCAUCAAUUUUAUAAAACAAUCCUGGUAAUAAAAAAAAAGAAAUAAAAACAAUCCAAUCUUCAUCCAGCGUCGCUUCCUCCUGGUCCCGGGUUUUGUCAGUCCUUUUUAUCCCAUCGAUCUAGCGCAUUAACCUGGUAACCUUAUAUCCGAGGCCCUUAAGUCUCUUCCAUGUCCCUUCCGCAGCUCUUCUUCAUAUUCUCCUUUCACUCGUGGGAACUCCAGCUUGGUGAUGUUUUUGACCCUUUUCAACAAAUCAGCCCCUUUUCCAUAGUCCAAACUCAACUCCAUGUGGUAUUUAAAAACAUGUUUCAGAAACCCUCCAAAAUUGAGAGCCCCCACAGCCCCAAACAUCUCACGGCCCAUUGCCAGACUCGGAAAGUCCAAACAUCCCUGCAUAGGGGGGGUCUAUCCAACCCCCCGUUUCCAAACCAAUCCAAACUUUAUCUUUCCAAAUCUGGCUUUUUCCAAGUUCAUUUGUCAAAUCCAAAAGCUCAUGUUCCUGCAAGGCCGCAGCUCCCUCCAUCUCUGGCGCCCAAGAUUCAGCAACAUCCUCUUCUCUCAUCUGCUCUGUCAGGACACACUCCUGAUCUAAUUCCUGGGUGGGCUCCACAUAGUUUCCCACUGCCUGUUCAAAAGUUCUGACCGCAUUAGUCAUCAAAUCGGUCUUCUCAUUUAACUGUUCCAGUAGGGCACUUGUUUUACAGAGAGCACACAACAGAGCCUCUGAAUACAUUGUCCUACAAGGUCACAAGUCCAUUCCCACGAUUGUAAUCUGUGACAGCUGCAAGCUCCCUGGAAUUAGUUACAGUUUCACAGUCUCCCUCUAGGGGGAGAACUUCUAUUUGUUCUUGCAACAAAGUAUCCUUUUUGAGAUAUUUUGUCAAUAUUUGUUCCUUUAAAAUGCGAAAGGAAACAAUGGAAUCACUAUGUUUCUCUUCUUUUAACUAUCUGUCAAAAACGUUUGUCUCUGGUCAAUGAGCUUCAAACUUCAGUCCUGACACCCCGCUCCAGGAUCAGGACGGUGGAAAGUUACUUUACUUUAAACUCACUUCUGCAGGUUUAAACAGUCGAAAAAAAAUCCCCCUUCUUCUCCUGCUGCCGAAGGGGGGUUCAACAAUUUUAAAUGAUGAAAGCCAAUCCUUUAGAAGCGAUUUUCUGAGCUCUAGUUUACGUUGUCUUUGCUUUAUUCUGUCUACAAAGAAACGGAAGGCUGACUUCCUGUUUAGACCUUCCUGUUUCAGUACCAAAUUAAAGUAAAUUUUUAAGUCCAAUUCCUUUCUGCUCGCAAGUCCUUAUUUAAAGUCCAAUUGUCCAAAAUUUAAGUACUCACGGGUGAUUAUUUUAGAAGCUAAAUUGUCCCAGGAAAAAGGCAGCGCUCUUCGGCAACGGCUAUGCGGCUUCACUCCACGGAAAUAGCAGUUGACUCACAGCACCGCGCCACUUCCCCCUCUUCACUUCGGAGCCCGUUAGUGGGUUCCUUUGCGGGUUGGGGUGGCGCUAAGGGUGCCUGCCGAGUCCCAUGGUCACAGGCUUCAUCCGCCUGUGAUUUUUAACAGGGUCCUCGCUUCGCCGUAGCAGAAAAGACCCGUUUCACGCAGAGCUAGUCCCUCCAGUUCAGAGGGAGUCCGCCAUUGCCGAUGGCGCCACCCCGGAAGUCCCCAGCGGUCCGUUCUUAACCUGAAACUGUUCUUAACCUGAAGCACCACUUUAGCUAAUGGGGCCUCUUGCUGCCGCCACGCCACCGGAGCACGAUUUCUUUUCUCAUCCUGAGGUAAAGUUCUUAACCCAAGGUACUAUUUCUGGGUUAGCGGAGUCUGUAACUUGAAGCGUGUGUAACCCGAGGUACCACUGUACUUGCUUUGCAUUAGCAUCGUCUAUUUUUUGUUGUGACACAUGCAUCAAGUUAAGAAAAGACAAGUGGCACAGCGUCUAACUUCAAAGCUGUCGCUGGCCGCAGUGCUCUGUGAAUAAGGAUGGGGCAUCUUUUACCCCCACCUCCAUAUAGUGCAAGCCCUAUAUGGCUGGCAUUGGCCCAAGCUGUUUGUAAUUCUGGGCACGUCCAUCAAGGCAGUGUUGGGACUUGGACCUCUUUGAGCCCAGGAGCCCCACAGACCUGGGAACAGUCUGAGCUGUGUCCAGGGGAUGUGAGAGCCUCUGUAUUCAUUGCUUGCCCUUGUUUCCGCCCUCUUCUGAUAGAGAGUGGGAGAUGGCAAAAGUAACUCUGUGAAUCUUGAUGUAGCGGAACGUCAACACCAACUGUCUUAGAGAAGUGGAAGCUGACAUUCUCUCUCUCUUUUUUUUAAAAAAUAAUAUUUAUUAAAGUUUCAAAAGAAGAAAAAUCACAUUAAUAAAAAGAUUAACAAUAAAAAGGAAAAAUACAAAGUAGAAAAAAGAAAAAACAGUUAAAAACAAUUCCAUCUUUUCAUCACUUCUUUUACGUUUACUUGUUUCCCAGACCUCCUCAUACCUCCCUCUUUUGUAUUCCAAUUCAAUUUGUUAAUCCAGCAAUUCCUUUCCCUCCUUUUUAAAUCUGUUCUUUAAUCUUGAUAUAUUAUAACAUUAAAUCUUUACAUAUUAAAAACCAAUUUUUCCAUAUUAUUUUGUACCUGUACAGCUAGAAACCACUUAACUUCAAUCCAACAUCAUUCUAACAUUCAUUAAUUUUACAAUAUUUCUGUAAAUAGUCGUGGAAGCUGACAUUCUCAUUGACCCCGGUAGCAGCAGUGGCCUUCAUGCCAUCAGAAACCUUCUCUAGCAAGUGCUCCUUCCCUGUGUCUUUACAGUGUAAAGAAAUGUGAUGAUUGAUUGAUUGAUUGCCAUACUCACUUUUCAGGAAGGCAUGAUAUAUUUUCUCUGUUGGCUUACGUUUACUAGUAAAGGGAUAGCUGUGUGUGUCUUGAAUGCUGGCUGCGGUGGUCCCAGAUGGAUGACUCAGAAGUCUAUGUGUUGUUGCUCUUUGCCAGGUCUGUAGACAAACAGCCUCUUUUUUGUGAUUUAACAUCCUAGUUGUUCAGGCAAUUUCUACUUAAGCACCAGCUUUGUGAUAGCUACACCUCUAUUCUGGAGGAGGCACAUGUCUCCCUUAGAAGAAAGUGGGUCCUGGAAGAGGCAGCCACACUUGGUUCUCUCCUGCCCCCCACCUCUGCGUGAAAGAAAACAGUGGGGAUAUAGAAUGACGCUGGAGUCCCUGUUCUCUGACUUUCUUUUAUCCUCUGAUUUGGGCAGAUCUUAGAGCUUGUGACUUAUAGCUGGAAAGCUCAAUGAUCACCAUGCUAAUUUUUAUGUCGGCAAAUGAAACUGGAGACAGCUGCUUUGUGCGCAUAAUUUGAUGCGCAUAAGGAGCUCUAGUUAUCCUGGAGUCCUCUUAGGGCCAUGGCGUAAUGGGUGAGGACACAGCAGAGGGGCUCAGCCCCCUGCUUCUUGCAGGACAAGGCUACAGAAAUCGUAUUCCUAAAGUGCCUCCAGACUUAGGGCUGUUCAGUAUCAGGACAGAUUUGCCUGUCUGCCUGCAGACUUGCAACUUAUAAUGAUCAGGGUGGCAGUGAGGACACAGGAGGAGGAGGAAUAUUCUAUUUAAAAAAAAGGUGUGGGGGUGAUUUAGGGUGGUGGGUUUGACCCAUGAACCCUGUGCAUGUAGACAGCUGAAAAGCAGAUGUACCUGUUUUUAAGAUUAUCAAUAUUUAGUUAAGAACCUGCUGGAUGAGGGCAAAGGGCUAUUCGCAUCUUGUGACCAGUGAGCAUUAACCAGAGUGCCUUAUUUAAGUGUGUUCAUUGUAUUUAAACAAGCAAGUAUGCACAAGUGCUCAGUAUCUAAGGCACUCCUUUCCUGGAAAGUUCAUUAAAACUUCCAAAGACAGUGUGAGGCCAUCUGGUUAAACGGAGACUAAACAAAUGGGUGUAAAUUUUGUAAAAUAGAUUUCCAUCCCCUGCCUGUUUUAACUGCUGCACAUCCUUACUUUUCUGGAUUCAAAACACAGACUUAAAUUGUUUCCUAUUAUUUCUUGGCCAUGGUAUUUAAGCUGUUAGUUUAAAACUAGUGUUAAAUUUGGUCUGCUGGUCUAAAUAAUAUUUCUGAGCUGUGUGUUUCCCCCCGCAAGUGGUCUGGGUUACUUCUCUAACACCUUAGAAUGCUGUCCUACUCGAGGGUAGUCAUAUUUAAUUCACAGAGCAGAAACAUUGUAUAACAGGGAUUGGCCCAAAUUAUUCGUAGCAAGAGCCAUGCAGAAAUACGUUGUAAAUUGUUGUUGGCAUUCGUUUAUCUUGAGAGGCAAUGGAGUGCGCCUCCAGGGGUGAAAUCAAACUGCAGGAGAAUCACAGUGCCUGCUGUAGCUGCAGAGACCAGUAACGUGUGAUGUCAAAUAGCUUGCAAACCUCUUUUGGAAGCACUGAUGUCAGGCUUCUGAGGCUGAGCUGUUGAUCUGAACUUGGUGUUUCAACGCGGUUGCUUCAUUUUCACUUCUGUUUGUAAAAAAAAAGAAAGAAAACAGAAAACAAAACACAGCUUAAGCAAGUUUUGCUUCCUGACUGACUCGCCACACCGCAAAGCUAACAUGUAUCUUGGAAAUACAUGUUUAAAAUGCUACAGAAUGCAUUCUUAAUCUGCCUGAAUGAGUCAUUUCUCUACUGAUAACUUGAUAACUUGAAACGUUAUUUAUAUAAACAGAUGAAUUGUGCUCUGAGUCUCCAACCCUUUCAUUCAGAAGUUAGUCAGUUGGUUUCUUAGUUUGUUAGUUUGUUUAACAUUUACCUAUACUCUUCCUUUUCCCCUGACUGGGACUUUUGUCAACAGAUCAAUUGUUUUUGACCUGGGCUUGUAAAUAUUCCUCCUAUCCAUGUGAAGGGACGCGGGUGGCGCUGUAGGUAAAAACUUCAGCGCCUAGGACUUGCCGAUCGCAUGGUUGGCGGUUCGAAUCCCCGUGGCGGGGUGCGCUCCCGUCGUUCGGUCCCAGCGCCUGCCAACCUAGCAGUUCGAAAGCACCCCCGGGUGCAAGUAGAUACCGUAUUUUUCGCUCCAUAGGACGCACUUUUUCCCCUCCAAAAAUGAAGGGGAAAUGUGUGUGCGUCCUAUGGAGCGAAUGCAGGCUUCGCUGAAGCCUGAGAGCGAGAGGCAUCGGUGCGCACCGACGCCUCUCGCUCUCCAGGCUUCAGGAAACUAUCCGCAAGCCUUGCAAGCCCGGUGGGAGUUCCCACGGGCUCACAAGGCUUGCAGGCAGCAGCCUGCAGCCCCGGCGAGUGUCCGCAAGCCUUGCGCGCCCGGCAGGAGGUCCCGCCGAGCGCGCGAGGCUUGGGGCAGCAGCCUGUCGCCCGAAGCACGGGGAGCCCUCCGGAGGGCUCCCCGUGCUUCAGGGGAGUGUCUGCAAGCCUUGCGCGCCCGGCAGGAGGUCCCGCCGAGCGCGCGAGGCUUCGGGCGAGUGUCUGCAAGCCUUGCGCGCCCGGCAGGAGGUCCCGCCGAGCGCGCGAGGCUUCGGGCGAGUGUCUGCAAGCCUUGCGCGCCCGGCAGGAGGUCCCGCCGAGCGCGGGAGGCUUCGGGCGGCAGCCCGGGGCCCGAAGCACGGCGAGGCCGCCGGAGGGCUCCCCGUGCUUCGGGCGGAUGUCUGCAGGCCUGGUGCGCCCGGCAGGAGGUCCCGGCGGGCGGGCAAGGCUGGCGGGCGGCAGCCUGUCGCCCGAGCACGGGGAGCCCUCCGGAGGGCUCCCGUGCUUCGGGCGAGUGUCUGCAGCCUUGCGCGCCCGGCAGGAGGUCCCGCCGAGCGCGCGAGGCUUCGGGCGGCAGCCUGUCGCCCGAGCACGGGAGCCCUCCGGAGGGCUCCCCGUGCUUCGGGCGAGUGUCUGCAAGCCUUGUGCGCCCGGCAGGAGGUCCCGCCGAGCGCGCGAGGCUUCGGGCGAGUGUCUGCAAGCCUUGCACACCCGGCAGGAGGUCCCGCCGAGCGCGCGAGGCUUCGGGCGAGUGUCUGCAAGCCUUGCGCGCCCGGCAGGAGGUCCCGCCGAGCGCGCGAGGCUUCGGGCGAGUGUCUGCAAGCCUUGCGCGCCCGGCAGGAGGCCCCCCCAUGCGCGCGAGGCUUCGGGCGGCAGCCUGUCGCCCGAAGCACGGGGAGCCCUCCGGAGGGCUCCCGUGCUUCGGGCGAGUGUCUGCAAGCCUUGUGCGCCCGGCAGGAGGUCCCGCCGAGCGCGCGAGGCUCGGGCGGCAGCCUGUCGCCCGAGCACGGGAGCCCUCCGGAGGGCUCCCCGUGCUCGGGCGAGUGUCUGCAGCCUUGCGCGCCCGGCAGGAGGUCCCGCCGAGCGCGCGAGGCUUCGGGCGGCAGCCUGUCGCCCGAGCACGGGGAGCCCUCCGGGGGGCUCCCCGUGCGUCGGGCGAGUGUCUGCAAGCCUUGUGCGCCCGGCAGGAGGUCCCGCCGAGCGCGCGAGGCUGGGGGCGGCAGCCGCGGCGGGGGGGGGAAUAAUUUUUUUUAUUCAUUUCCCCCCCCCCAAAAAAACGAGGUGCGUCCUGUGGGCCGGUGCGCCCUAUAGAACGAAAAAUACGGUAAAUAGGGACUGCUUACCAGCGGGAAGGUAAACGGCGUUCCGUGAGCUGGCUCCUGGCCUAUAGAGUGAGAUGAGCGCACAACCCUAGAGUCUGGCAAGACUGGCCCGUACGGGCAGGGGUACCUUUACCUUUAGCCAUGUGAAGUUUUGCAUUGAGACUUGUCGGCAGAGUGUGCAGCAGUUCAGGGAUAAGCUGGGAUUUUGGUGAUCUGCCUAAUAACGUAGCGUUUAUUGUGUGCAUCAUUUUCUGGACAAGUUCCAGAGCUACCUAUUGUAAUUGAACAGGUGACGCGAGAAACUGGCCCUUUGAACUCUAGAAGAUAAUAGUAGUCAGGCUAUAUAACUGCGGUGUUGAAAUAAUCCCGUAUUCUGUGCUGAGGACAACAAAAAUCCUGUGACCUCAAUACAUUUUUGCAGACAAAGAGAAUUUCCUUAUUUCUGCAUCAUUCUGCUCGAGUGAAGAGAAGGCAUGGUGAGCCCUGAACAGUGUUCAACACCCAGAGACGUCCAAGUUUCUGAGGCCCUCGCUGCAUGUUCCCAGAUUUUAUCUGAGAGGUGGAAAUUUUUAAAACACACCUUAUAGAUCUGUAGUUCUCCCACUGAAGUUUUAAAUCUGUGUCUCUGACCUGUAGGUGGGGGCUCAUACAGUUUCCAUGUAGGAAAAGGAAUAUCUGUUCUUAGAAAACUCACUGGUAUUAUGGGAAGCUAGGGGCAGUGAAGCAAGCCAGAUGAAGACUAGAGUGCAAGUCUCGCUCUGAAUCUGACUACAGUCGAACAUCUGUUUACAUAACCCUCUGGUUAUGUAAACUUCGGGAUGCGCACGUGGCAAACCCGGAAGUAUUUUACCAGGUUUUGCCGUGCGCGCAUACGCAGAAGCGGUUCUCAGGUUGCUGAAACCUCAGGAUCUGACCAGCCAGACAGAUCCCGUCCACAACCAGAGGUACCACUGGAUUGGCCAAAGGUCAAUAUUGGGGUGCUUCUGGAUCUUGCUUUGCCACCGAAAGCUCAGGUAGCCGUGAUGGCUAGGAGCUCCUUUAACCAGGUCUGGCUGUGACAACCGCCGUUGUUUCUGGGCCCAGGAUAGCUUGAGCACAGUAGUCCAGGCACUGGUGACUGCAGCAUGGGACCACUGCAGUGCACUUCAUGUGGGGCUUGUUCAUGUUCCAGAAAGUGUAGUUAGUGCUGAUCUGCAGAACCGGCACUUUUACAUCUGCCGCAUAAUAUUCAUUACACACUUGCAAGGAUUGUAUCUUCAGUGUGAAAGCACCUGAACUUUGGGGACCCCUGCCCACUGACAUUAGGCAGGUACUUCCACUGUACAGUGGUACCUUGAUUCCCGAACGACUUGGCUCCUGAACAAAUCGCCUCCCGAACGCCACAAACCUAGAAGUAAGUGUUCCGGUUUGCGAACAUUUUUUGGAAUGUCCGACGCUGCUUCCACGGCUUCCGAUUGAGUGCAGGAAGCUCCUGCAGCCAAUUGAAUGCCACGCCUUGGUUUUCGAACAGUUUCGAGAGUCGAAUGGACUCCUGGAACGGAUUAAGUUCGAGAACCAAGGUACCACUGUUCCGUUUUUGGUGUCUGCUAAAAACCCUUUUGUUUAGGGCAAGGCAUGUAAAUCUGACAUGUAUUUUAACAUGCAAUUUUAUGGGGUUUGUUUCGGUCAACCUCUUUUUAGCAUCUAGUUUUCUUUGUAUUUUUUUAACGUCCAUUUUAUGUAAAUCGCUCGGAGAUUUUGAUGAUAAAGUAGCGCAUAAACCCUGUUAAGUAUGUGAGAAGGUUGGGCUGGCAUGUUCUUCCUUGACAUUUAGUUUUGUAUAUGGAUGGAAAUGUAUUUGUUAUGGAGGAAUGCUCAGUUAUGUUCGGCCCCACCUGCAGUCUGAAGUGGCGUAGCCCAGAGCUAGGCUUGCUUUCUCAUUGAGGAUUUGACUUUUAAGAAUGUCCUGCAAGCAUUCCAGUCUUAAGCCACGUGGAACACAACAAAUGCCAGGGCAGGAUGUUCAUUGGCAUAGCAUUACCGCUUCGGGGGUACAUCGUGACCUGCAUUAAGAAACCACGGACUCAAAAUAUCACCCACACGCCCUGCCAAUACUCGCACAUAAUGACAAACACUUUAGUCGCUAAAUUAUGUCCAUGUGGCAUAACAAUACGGCAAAAAUACUUAGGGCUAUGGCAAGCCUUUCUGUUGCAAGCGUGGACAGGGCAUGGAUCCUAGCAAGGAAAGGUUGGGUUGGGAGGCAUACCUAUUGAGCAAGUGGAUUUGCUAAUGAAAGCAUUUAGUCCCACCAUAUCAUGUGGCCAGGAUCCAGCACAGGCAAGUCUCUGGCUGCCUAAUAUUUUUUUCCAUGGUGUUCAUUUGCAUGCUAAUCCUGCAUGUAGCAAUUUGUAGAACUGCCUUUGCAGGUGUUGCUAUUGCGCUCUGCGCUUUGUUCCAAUGGACCCGGAGCCAGCUCUGGAACUGGCGCAUAAGUGAUAUUGGCUCUGCCCGCAUGAGUCCUGCAUCUGCUCAGGACUCUCGCCUGCUAAAAAUGGGUGCCUCCAAGCUCCCCUCCCCUCCCUGCUUCUUCUCUUUGCCUCCUGCCAAGCUCCCUCAUCUCCAACCCAGGUGUUGGUGCAGCCCAGGUCCUAGGCUCAUUCUCUGAUGUAAAGAGUGGAUAGCAAAAACAAGCAGCACAACAUGUCAGGACAAAAUAAGAUAGAAGGAAGUUGCUAAAUGGAAGGCACUUCAGAAAUGUGAGGCUGAGGUGACAUACUGGAUCAUGUCCAUCAAGUUGGGCUGCCUUGAGUAACCAUCAGCCGUUGUGCCAGAGCAGAUCUCAGAACUGUACAAAGACCCUUGUUUUGUUUCGUUUUUGCAUCCUUGAGGUUACAGUAGUCAGGCAAGAUGGCUGUGCCAAUGUAACAGGAUGGGAGGAAAGAAAUUGCUGCAGCACAAAACUUCAGUAUUUGCUGACCUGGAGCCAUUGCAAGAUGGUACAGACUCUUCCUCUGUCUAUUCCAUUCUGCUGGAGCUGUAUGUGGCAUGAAGAGGCAGACUGGCCGAUCUUGAAUGAGAAGAUGAGCAUCGAGUAACCCCCCCAUGUCGCACAGGUGGCUGUUUUUUCCCUUGCAGCUUGUGUAGUUCCUCCUGCCAGCCCACCUCCAUGCCAGGGACCCUAGUAACAUCUGUCUGGAGCUGUUUCAGCUUUAUUUAGCUGUUGCAAAAUCGGCUCGUGUUCAAGAACACUCAAAAGGCCAUACCUGGAUUUCCAAGGUACAGCUGACUUGUUACCUGCUAUAGAAAGCUGUGUGUAUCUAUUUUUGAAGCAGUAUGCACACAGACUUAAAUGAAAAGUGUGGAGGGCAGGGUAAGGAGAGUAUGUUCCAUGGCAGUUGUCUUCCUACCUGUGCACAAAAAAGCAAAGCAGAGAUCAGUGCAUGGGCUCUUGUUCUGGGCCUGCAGAGGGCCAGGGAAAUUAAGUUGAUGGUUCUCGCAUCUGCAAAGCCAUUCCAAGGAGCCACCAAGCAGGAUAAUUAUUAUUAUUAUUAUUAUUAUUAUUAUUAUUAUUUAUUUAUACCCCGCCCAUUUGGCUGAGUCUCCCCAGCCACUCUGGGCGGCUUCCAAUCAAGUGUUAAAAACAAUACAGCAUCAAAUAUUAAAAACUUCCCUAAACAGGGCUGCCUUCAGAUGUCUUCUAAAGAGAAGAUAGCUGCUUAUUUCUUUCACAUCUGAAGGGAGGGCGUUCCACAGGGCGGGCGCCACUACCGAGAAGGCCCUCUGUCUGGUUCGCUGUAACCUCACUUCUCGCAAUGAGGGAACCACCAGAAGGCCCUCGGCGCUGGAUCUCAGUGUCCAGGCUGAACGAUGGGGGUGGAGACGCUCCUUCAGGUAUACAGGACCGAGGCCGUUUAGGGCUUUAAAGGUCAGCACCAACACUUUGAAUUGUGCUCGGAAACGUACUGGGAGCCAAUGUAGAUCUCUCAGGACCGGUGUUAUGUGGUCCCGGCGGCCAGUCACCAGUCUAGCUGCCGCAUUCUGGAUUAAUUGCAGUUUCCGGGUCACCUUCAAAGGUAGCCCCACAUAGAGCGCAUUACAGUAGUCCAAGUGGGAGAUAACUAGAGCAUGCACCACUCUGGCAAGACAGUCCGCAGGCAGGUAGGGUCUCAGCCUGCAUACCAGGUGGAGCUGGUAGACAGCUGCCCUGGACACAGAAUUAACCUGCACCUCCAUGGACAGCUGUGAGUCCAAAAUAACUCCCAGGCUGCGCACCUGGUCCUCCAGGGGCACAGUUACCCCAUUCAGGACAAGGGAAUCCCCCACACUCGCCCGCCCCCUGUCCCCCAAAAACAGUACUCCUGUCUUGUCAGGAUUCAACCUCAAUCUGUUAGCUGCCAUCCAUCCUCCAACCGCCUCCAGGCACUCCAGGAUGGCUGGGGAAUGUAAGGAGUUAUGGUGUAGGAAUCUCUGACGUUUUGGCUGACCACUUGCCAGCAUCCAGACACUGGGUCCUCAUGCACACGGGCCAUUUUCCAAAGAAGAGCUUUCCUUCCCGUCAGCAUUACGCUACACAGGAUUCUGAUGAAGCUGGCUCUUAUUUUUGAUUAAAUUUUACUGCUUCCCUUUUGGCCGUGGCUUUUUGACAUCCCUAAUUUGAUGGAUUUGUUUCUCACAGUAAAGCAGUGCCACUAAUGGAAUGCAUGAGAGGGUGAUGGAUAAGGCAAUAUGGUCUUCCUCGCCAGGCUUGCUAAGAUGAAAAAUAGGCUUCUUAGGUAAUGGGCGCCUUAAAAAGAAUCCCCCCCCCCAUGAACUCUUAAAUUUGCAUAAUUUUUAAAAAGGCUUCCUUCCAUUUCUCUUCUUGUACCCAAACUAGUGUGUGAAAAAUGUCUGAACGAAACAGCUCUUUCUUGGCAGUGGCUAAGGAACCUGGAACCUGGAAGUGUGUAGGCUGGUCUUCUCCACCUUCUGAUAUCUGAGGCUCUGUUUAUUUCUGGGUUAAAAACAGGGUUGCCCUGUGUGAUGACUUUUCCCAGGAGAAGAGGAGGAAUGUGACCUGGUGCAUUCUCUUUGUUCCUCUCACCUGCACACAGUUGGAGAAUCACCAGUUUGGGCUUUCUCGCGUUCAGGCGCAUAAGCUCUGAAGAGCAAAACCUUGCAGACAGACUUUGGUAUUAUUAAAAAUAGCUUUUUAUGCCCUUGUUUUGCAUUGUUACAUGAGCCCUCUGCUCCCGCGUCAGAAAAGAUAGCAGCACGUCAGGGGGACCAGCAAAUCUAGCUCUGUGAAUGGCAGCUUCUUCUGUUCAACAGCUUUGGACGACUUUCUCAUUGCCACUGUUUGACUGCAGCUGCAAAUCUUUGCAAAUGUUGCCUGCAGAUUUGCUCUCCUCCCCACUCCUCCUGGUGUUGGAACUCGCUGUUGGCAGUGCUAGAGAAGCAUUUUGCUCUAGGCAGCAUAUUAAAACGAGCCACCUACAUAGUUAUGCUUGGAACACCUGGAAUGGGCUGCCCCUGCCAAACCUGUAUUUUUCGAAUGUAUCGGUUAUUUAAUCCUUAUCGUGGUCCUCUUGAAUUGUGUGUAGAUGCCUGCAUCCCUCUUCCUCCGGGCCAGCCUGCUCUAUGUGGGGCUACCUUUGAAGGUGACCCGGAAACUACAGCUAAUCCAGAAUGCGGCAGCUAGACUGGUGACUGGGGGCGGCCGCCGAGACCACAUAACACCGGUCUUGAAAGACCUACACUGACUCCCAAUACGUUUCCGAGCACAAUUCAAAGUGUUGGUGCUGACCUUUAAAGCCCUGAACGGCCUUGGUCCAGUAUACCUGAAGGAGUGUCUCCACCUCCAUUGUUCUGCCCGGACACUGAGGUCCAGCGCCGAGGGCCUUCUAACGGUUCCCUCACUACGAGAAGCCAAGUUACAGGGAACCAGGCAGAGGGCCUUCUCGGUAGUGGCACCCACCCUAUGGAACGCCCUCCCACCAGAUGUCAAAGAGAAAAAUAACUACCAAACUUUUAGAAGACAUCUGAAGGCAGCCCUGUUUAGGGAAGCUUUUGAUGUUUAAUAGGUUACUGUAUUUUAGUGUUCUGUUGGAAGCCUCCCAGAGUGGCUUGGGAAACCCCUUCCCCUUACUCUCAAUUUUUCUCUUGCAUCUUGUGUAAGGGAUCGUUGAGGGCAGAAAGCUUGAAGCCACUGCUCUAUGAAGUCAGGAACUCGCACUCACUGCCUCAGUUUAACUUUUUGACAGCUCACUAAACAACAAAUGGUGUUCCACCUGCUCAACAGGACUCCCCCUUCCCCUCAUCUCUGUGCACCCCAAAAACCUGCAUCGUGGGGUCCCUCAACCCUCUGGAACAGAUUUUGAGUCUGUGCUGGGGUGUGUGUGUGCUACAGUUGUGGGAUGGAGCUCUGUUGUGCAAGUGGAAGUCUGUUGCAUGAGAUGGACACAGCAGCACCGGGUGCAACAUUACACAGCUAGUGAUUAGGGCUGUUUUUACCUGACACAACUGGAACGGGGUAAACCGUAACAGGAAAGACGGCAGAGUUUUCCUCCUUGAUGAGGCUGGCUCAGUGAUGGAGAUGAAGGCUGGCCAAUGCUUAAAAUACAACGAUUUUCACAUUAGUGAUCCAUUCUGUGUUUGGAUUAAUGAAUUAUUUUCAUAUCAGCUUGCCCAACAGUUAAAAAAAUCUGCUGAAGCCCUCCUGCCUCAUCUGAGAUAAGGUGGCUGUCAGUGAGAGGCAGAGCUUUUUCGGAUGUGACAACCUAGUCAAGGAAUCCCUUCCCUAAGGCGGCCUGCCUGGUGCCUGCCCUGCUGUCCUCCAGGCACCUGGAAAAGUCUUCUUUUAAUUCAAUGAGACAUUUGUGAUUUUGUUGCUGUUAGUAAGUUUCAAUAUAAUUCAUUCUGUUACUUUUAUUCUGGUUUCGUUAACAAUUGAGUUGCUUUUUUUCUUUCUCGCAAGCUGCUCUGAAAUUGAGCUGGGUGGUGAAUGAAUUAUUGUACUUCAACACAGCUGAUUAACUUUGACUGGCUUGGUACAUAGAUAGUUAUUACCAUGGCUAAUAGUGAAAUGAUUGUGAUUGAAGCAUUCAUGUUUAGAUGCAGUGCGUCUCUGAAUACCUAGGGGGUGCGGGGAAGAGUUGGUGAGAUCCAUUGCUUUUAUACACUGUUUAUAGACUUCCUGGAGACAUCAGGCUGGCCAGUUCUAGAAACAGAUCCAAUAGGUUUCAUGCUGGCUAUUAAAAUGAGAUACAAAAGGGAUGAAGGCACUCCCUUUUGAGCAACCCAUGUUAGCAUGGGGACUUUAAGCUUCAGUGUUGUACAACUCUUUUAUCAGUUUCUGUGCAAGCAGGCACUGUCCCUUCUUCACAAGAGGUAGGUGUGAUUUGGUCCGUUACCUUGAAACUACGGGAUAAAAAUACUGAAGCUGCCUACUGCAACUUGAAUUAAGUUGCUGGUUCAUCCUCUUUCAAUAAUGAAGAUGCCACAACCUUUGCAUGUUUUAAGAUGUUAGCAGAGGGCUUGAUGAUUAGCUAGCUUACGGCUGCAUAAAUAGCUGCCGAGCUGCUCAGAGGAAAACCUGAUAUAUCUACCAUCAGCAUUUGCUGCCAUGUGAGAUUCUACGUCAGGAGAUUAAAGGGCUAGCUGUGGCUAAAAAUAUAAGCUAGCCAUGAUAAACAUUGAGCUCCCGGCCAUGUGAACGUCCACAAGGAAUGCAUGCUGUGUGUACAGCACUUCCUCAGGAUGAAAACGGAGUUGCUUAAACUGCCUGACCACUCAGCGUGGGAAAAGAGUUCUUUGUCCUACCUGGGAUGCAUGAUUUUCCUGGGUUCCUCUUCCUCACCUGAGAAGGGAGCGCAAGAAUUGCUAGUAAGCAGUUGUAACCUUAGCAUGGUUCACCCUGGGAAAGUAUACUAUGCAUGUUAACAACCCACUAACCAGUAUUUGCUUUCCAGCUUCGGAUUUUACCACCCAAGGCUGUUGGUGAAGAUCUAGGAGCUUGCUUGGUAGUUACAAAGCAGAGAGACAUUUUCAUGUGUAAAUUGGUUUCCAACAUGGGGCUAACACCCUUCAGGUAUUAUCGCCUGGAGAUCCGGGUUCCCACUCACGUAGGGAGCCUCCAAAGGUAUGCAAGUCUUCUCUGUAACCAUGUGGGGUUGUUAGAAGAACCCCACAACUCUGGGGAGUUCUCUGUUCUCUUGAAAAUACCUGAAGAGGACUACUAACCUUGCAGGGAUACUCCUAUGCUACUAGUAGUUAUGGACGUAGUCUGGCAAAGAUGAUCAAGGGUAUGGAAACCAAGCCUGGGGGAGCUUAGUUGGAGGAGUUGGGUAUGUUUAGCCUGGAAAAGAAGAGAUUCAAAUAUCUAGAGGGAAGAUGGAGCAAGCUUGCUUUCUCCUGAUCCGGAGGCUAGGACCCAAACCAAUGGUUUCAAGUUACGAGGAAGGAGAUUCCAACUAAACAUCAGGAAGAACUUUGACAGUAAGAGCCGUUUGACAGUGGAACAGCCGCUCUCUCUUGGAAGAUUGUGGACACUUCUUCACUGGAGGUUUUUGGGCAGAGGUUGGAUGGCCACCUGUCAUGGAUUCUUUCAUUGAGAUUCCUGCAUUGCAGGGGCUUAUACAGGACCCUCAAGGUCCCUUCCCACUCUACAGUUCAAUGAUUCUAUAUGUGCUGCAGCUGAGAAUAAAUGAGAAUCCUGGCCAGAGCUGUGUUUACUCUUGUGAUAAAAGGGGGGGAAAUGCAGCUAGGCCUCCAUUUCUUGCCACAAGGCUUAAUCUCACUUAGCUCCCUGCACCCAGCUAUUGAGAAAAAAAAUCAGCAAAACGUAGAACUCUGGGGAGUAAAAGAAAAUGCCUAGGACAGGAUCAAAUGGUGAAUCUUCAGUUUUCAAGAAGAUGGAUUUUGCAUGGCGACUCUUGUAGUGACACAGCUACCUGUGCUUAUAAAGUCUAAAACUCAGAGCAGCCUGCGUUCCCAAAGCAGAUCUGCAGAUGACUAGAUGUUAUGAGGUGUGAUGCAUAUUGCUAGCGUUGGACGUCUGUGCUUUGCAAACAGUAGAUAAAUCUAUGCCAGCUCAGUCUUUAAGCUCAUGAAAAAAACACAUGUGCAGCCAAUGUUUUCUAAGACAUUAAUGUAUCCUGUCUCUCCCUACUGCUGAGGCCCCUUGUCUUCCAGGGGUGCCAGUUAGUUUCCUAGCUGCCCUUUUCUCAUGCCCUCUAUACCUUCUUUCAUUCUCCGUCUGUGCUUUGCCAAUGGCUUAUCUGAUGGAGAGGCUACAGACAGGAUGCAACAGGAAGCAGAAAGGAAAUGACUCAAGUUUUUUUUAGGAAAAUGUGCUUGGGAUUAGGGAUUAAUAACUAGACGGGUGCCAAAGACAGUAUUUUAUCCAUGAGAAAAGGGGGGAAAUAUUGGAAAAUGGUGUCAACAGCUCCCUCCCACAUAGACAAAAGAAGUUUGCACCAUUAGGUCUCGGCACUGGAUUUCAAACGUUGGAGUUGUUUGUGGUGCCAAGCUAUUCUUAUGGCAAAUUGUGUGUGUGUGUGUGUGUGUGUGUGUGUGUAUUUCAUGCACGAAGCAUGAAUUUUAAACCUUGCCUUGUUUUAGUCAGCAAGAAGGUUUUUGAGUAUGAUACUGGCUAGAUCACUGUAAACGCAAAUUAUAUACGGAUUUUCCGUAUGGAAGACAGUUCCAUGGUUUGAGAGCCCUGGUGACUGCUUGGUGCAGAAGACAUUAAUAGACCACCAUUUGUGUUAAGUGGGAACUUUUGUGGUGUUCAGGGGUGGGUGGGAUCCACAAUCACAGCUGUGGAAGAAAGGGGCAAAUUUCCCUCCAUACUCUGGUCCUGAUGAGAAUAACAUCUAUGACGAAACAUAUUGGGAGGCAGCAUGCCUCUGAACACGGAAUGGCGGAGAUUCAGAAGGAGGGAGGGCACAGUUGUGUUCCUGCUUGCAGGUUUCCUGUAGGCACCUGGUUGGCCACUCUUGAGAACAAGAUGCUGACCAGAGGUAGGCCUUUGGUCUCCAGAAUUCCUCCUAUGCCCUGCUGGUCACCAGAUAGGGCUGAAGGUUGUGCCAGCAAAAGUGUGUGGGUGAAACUUUGGUCAGGUUGUUUCCUCGAUGGUGACAUUUGUACAGUUUAAAAUUCCCAGUUCUCCCAUAUAGCUUUAGCUGUUCACCACGUUGCUUCUGAAUCAUCUGCAUGCGCAAUUUGAAGUCAAACUUCUCUUUCCUCUGGUUUACUAUGCCCCAUAUACCUGAAGGAGCCUCUCCACCCCCAUCGUUCAGCCCGGACACUGAGGUCUAGCUCCAAGGGCCUUCUGGUGGUUCCCACACUAUGAGAAGCGAGGUUACAAGGAACCAGGCAGAGGGCCUUAUCAGUAGUGGCACCCGCCCUGUGGAACACCCUCCCAUCAAAUGUCAAGGAAAUAAUUGUUUGACUUCAGAAGACAUCUGAAGGCAGUCCUGUAUAGGGAAGUUUUUAAUGUUUUUGCUGUACUGUAUUUGAUGUUUGACUUUCUUGGAAGCCCCCCAGAGUGGCAGGGGCAACCCAGGCAGAUGGGCAGUAUAUAAAUAAUAAUAAUAAUAAUCAUUUAUUUUUAGUAGUAGUAGUAGUAGUAAAGGGACGUGCGUGGCACUGUGGGUUAAACCACAGAGCCUAGGACUUGCUUAUCAGAAGGUCGGCGGUUCAAAUCCCCACGACGGGGUGAGCUCCCGUUGCUCGGUCCCUGCUCCUGCCAACCUGGCAGUUCGAAAGCAUGUCAACGUGCAAGUAGAUAAAUAGGAACUGCUACGACGGGAAGGUAAACUGCGUUUCCAUGCGCUGCUCUGGUUCUCCAGAAGCAGCUUAGUCAUGCUGGCCACAUGACCCGGAAGCUGUACGCCGGCUCCCUCGGCCAAUAAAGCAAGAUGAGCGCCACAACCCCAGAGUCGGCCAUGACUGGACCUGAUGGUCAGGGGUCUCUUUACCUUUACCUUAGUAAAGUAGUAGUAGUAGUAGUAGUAGUAUUAGCAUGGCACUAUGCAUAGCAUUUGGAAAGGGUACGGACCACCCAACUCAGUGCCUUCAAGAAGCAAAACAUAGUUGGUAAACUCUGUUGGAACCAGAUCUAAUUUAAAACUGCUACAGACUUGAAAAAUGAACUAUAGAGCUAUAGGGGAAGCUCCUGCAGCAUUCUUAGUACAGGCUUUAACACUGUAAGAGUAUGUUCUAACUGAGAGAAAUGACUAAGUAUCAAAAGUUAAAGGAUACCUGCUUAAGCUGCAUAUAGGUUGCAAAAGCAGAUUUUGGAGCUUUUCCACGUUCUGGCAUCAGUACUUAUUUUGCCCAGCCUAUGAGACAGGAAGUAGCUCUUUCAGAAACCCUGAAGUCAGCUGUGAAUAUACCACAGCUACUACUCUUGGAGCUCUGCAGAUGCUGCAGACUCCACGAAGCACUUAUUGCACAUAAACUGCUGUUUUGAAACUGGGUCAGCCGUGUGUGCGCUGCAGCAUUUCUGACUGCAUGCUUUUUGCAGAGUUGAAAAUCGGUGCAGGAAUGCCCACACUCACCAUUUGCCACGCUUACUAAAAAAAAAAAACACCUUAAAAAGCCAGUUGCAUAACAACAGGACCAUGACCAUACUGCUUGGGUGUUUCGCCAUCCUGACAUAACAAAAACAUUUAUGGCUUAACUCUGCUUUGUUGCUGCUGCAACUACAUCCAUGUUUUUUAGUGGUGUUGUAUGUGCAGUCACUUCAUUCAGCAUUUUUGCACAAUAGAGUGGGUGCGUGGGGGUUUAAGGGAUAUAUUUAUUCAAAGGUUGGAUAUGCAUUUAUAAAACAAGUCGAGAGGCUCAGUCUAGGUCUCUUAUGUCAGAAUGGGCGGACUUCAGGCUUAUCGGAUCUACCUCCCCCCACCCAAACCCCAAGAUCUACCAGCCAGAUGGGCGGCGUAUAAAUAAUUGAAUUUUUAAUAAUAAUAAUAAUAAUUACCAUUAUUAUUACCAGCCAGAGCAAAUACAGUUAAAAUUAAAGAACAGGAUGCUUCUGAGCCUAUAGAUUUGUUUUCAGUAUGAGAACUGAGCUCACACAAGUCCACUUUCGGUUUUUCUUGUUUCUUAGCCUGAUUUAGGGGGGAGGGAGUUGUGGUGGUGUUAGACCAGUUGGGGAAACCAAACCUAGAGGACCAGUGAUUAUAUACAACAAAACAAAUGAAGUCAAGGUCUAGAUCAUAGGUAGGCAAACUAAGGCCCAUGGGCUGGAUCUGGCCCAUUCGCCUUCUAAAUCCGGCCCAUGGAAUCAGCGUGUUUUUACAUGAGUAGAAUGUGUGCUUUUAUUUAAAAUGCAUCUCUGGGUUAUUUGUGGGGCAUAGGAAUUCAUUCAUAUAUUUUUUUUCCAAAAUAUAGUCCGGCCCCCCACAAGGUCUGAGGGACAGUGGACCGGCCCCCGGCUGAAAAAGUUUGCUGACCCCUGGUGUAGAUAAAUGUAAUAUAUUUCCUUAGUGUAUGCAUGCAAUAAUUUAAACACAAGUAUCAGCCACCACCAUUUCCUCUUUGCACGGAACGAGCAAGGGACAAAGCAUGCAGCUGGCAUUGCAAAAGGAGUAUUUCUUCAUAAAAUACUUCCCCUGCUAGCGAUGGAUAGCAUCAUGGGAUGGGGAGGGGGAAUAUUGAUGCCAGCUGAUUGUGCAACCCCAUCUCUUAUCCAGGUCGUGUAGAUCACUUGCCUGAUGAUAUUGUUGUGGUACUUAUAGUACUGUUCUCCAUAGACAGAAUGGUUAGUUCCUCGUUUCUUGCUGCCUAAAAGCAUAGAAAUGUGCUUGAGUGAAUUAAAAAAAAACAACCUGGAACUUUGGCCAUAGGAAACUAGAUGCAACAUCUUUUAAAACAGGUAUGGGGAACCUGGGGCCCUCCAGAUAUUGCUUGACUACAGCGCGCAUGAUUCCUGAGUACUUGCCAUAUUGUUUGAGGCUGAUGGACAUCGGAAGUCCAACAACCUAUGGAAGACCACAGGCAUCCCAUCCCUCUUUUAAAAGCAGAAAAGUCAGACAACUAACUCCUCUUCUCAACAGGAUUGAAGAACUAACAAGCGCCUUAAAUCCAUGGUUGUCAAGCGCAUUUGAUGGGGUAGGCCAAGGUUGUAUCAGCCACUGUUAGCCUUUUUAACUAAAUGGGGGACAAGAGUCCAGGGACCAAGUAACUUUGAAUAUCAGGCACUGGAGGCAAGCAGGGGAGAGGGGCAUGGUGCCCAGCUUGUGUUUUUCCAGCAGCCAUUGGCCAGACCAUGGUUGAAAGCAGAAUGCUUAGGGGCUGAGCGGUCCCUAGAUCUGAUUCAGCAAGUCCAUUGUUAAGAUAUCAUAAGCGAUCUGGAAUUUCCUUUGUGGUGGGGGAUAGUUGAGCUGACAGGCAUAUUGGAGGAGCUGGUGGUAGCUGGCUGCUUCAAGGGACUGUUUCUGAAGACAUAAUCUUGUAACCUACCACCGGGCGCUGGUUUUAAUUCAUGAUUUUGAGUGGUGAAGUCAAAACUUGAUUUUUCAAAACAGAGAAAGCGUCCCCUGGAGUCACGCACCUUUCGAAUGAGAAAGCAAAAUAAACCAGGCUUCGUCUUGAUAUAAUCUUUAGUUUCUUUCCUUCCUCUCUCAGGAAAGCAAACAUUUUAAGAAUGUGAGGAUCUGCUAGCAAUAAAACACGAUGGCCUAGAAUGGCAUAGAAUUAGUGACCCCAGACAAUUGGCUGGAAUCCUUGAAAAAAGGGCUUUUCACUGUCGAAAACACAGUAUUAUCUCCUCCCAGGACAUCCAGAACUAGUCUUAAUCCUUUCCCUGUCUGUAAAACUAAAAUUUGUUGUUGUUGAGUUGUUUAGUCGUGUCCGACUCUACGUGACCCCAUGGACCAGAGCACGCCAGGCACUCCUGUCUUCCACUGCCUCCCGCAGCUUGGUCAAAUUCAUGUUCGUAGCUUCGAGAACACUGUCCAACCAUCUCGUCCUCGGCCGUCCUUUCAUAUCAUGUAUUGAGAUACGUAGUGCCUCAAGAUUAACGCUCUAAUAAUUAACCUAGUUAAUGGAGGGAAGGAAAAUGUUAUGGGGCCCUAAUAUAUAUAUAUUUUGUGCACAAAGCCAUGCAGCCCCAGUUGGUUAAAAUGUAAAGCUGAGACAUUUAAGGUAUGAGUUGUAACUCAGGAGCCCAACCCUUUAACCCCAAAGGCUGUGGUUGGCUACAGAUGAAAUGGUUAAGGAACAGGCACCUCCUCUUCAGCCAGUUUGCAUGUUCAGAGAUCUGGUUUUCAAUCAUAGUUCAGGAUCAACAGCAAAUUUGAAAGCAGACUCCCAAGUAAAGGAAUAUAGCUAAAUACGAUACCUAAAGAUACGUCUGAAGUUCUUUGUGACUGGAAAGAGGAAGGGCCGGGAACUUAUAUAAUACACAUAGAUCAGUCAGCCCAAGUGGUGGUUUCACUGUAGUAUCUUGGGAAGAAGUCUCUGAUGCUUUAUCUGGAGGUGCCAGAGACUGAAACAGGAACUCUGUGUGCAAAACAUGUGCCUUGCCAGACAACUGUGGCCGCCUCCCCGUUAUAAAUUACAGAAGAAGAUAUGAAACGUCCUUGCAUAUUUUUCCCCUCUGCGGAAAUCUUAACUCCAGCCUGGGUAUGUCUAGCAGUAUCAAAUGAUUGAUGAAUGCCAUGCUUGAGUUUCCGAUAUCACCCUGGUUCACAAGUCUCACUAACCAUAACUUGAACUGUGGUUUAAUGUAUUUAUUUAUUGUGUGCUUUUUUUUUGUAAACUGUUUGGAGGCUUCUUUACAAUAAAGCAGUAUAAAUUUUGAUAAGUAAUGUGAAUGAGCAGGAUGUUGGUGCAAGCUGCUCAGAAGUUCCCAGACUGCUCCUCCCCUGCUCCCGCCAGCUCCACUACAGGUAAAUCACAGAGACGUUGGACUUUUGGUUUUCUUUCCUCCACACCAACCACAUGCAGCAGCCGAGAUUCAUUUGGGGCUUAUCCCUUGAGCCCAGGAUCACAUAACAUAACAAGCCAAACCCCAGCUUGGUUUGUCUAUAACAUGGGUAGGCAAACUAAGGCCCAGGGGCCGGAUCUGGCCCAAUCGCUUCCUAAAUCCAGCCCAUGGACGGUGCGGGAAUCAGCGUGUUUUUACAUGAGUAGAAUGUGUCCUUUUAUUUAAAAUGCAUCUCUGGGUUAUUUGUGGGGCAUAGGAAUUCAUUCAUUCCCCCCACCCCCGCCAAAUAUAGUCCAGCCCCCCACAAGGUCUGAGGAACAGUGGACCGGCCCCCUGCUGAAAACGUUUCCUGACCCCUGGUCUAUAGCAUGGUAGGAGCAAGGGAGGGCAAUGGUUUAAUGUGGCAUGUGAGUUAUCACCGUUCCAUUAUUGCAGCAGAAUGCUUUGGGGAGGCUUGGAGAUGAGUACAGAACUAAGGUUGAAUUAUUUAAUUAUAACCAGGAUCUUUGGAUCUCCAAGGCAUUGGCAACAUCCCCCAGAGUGUUUUAUCAUAAUACCUCGUAUGUCAGUGUUGGCCAAACUUGGCCCUCCAGCUGUUUCGGGGACUACAACACCCAUCAUCCCUAGCUAACAGGACCCAGGGGUCAGGGAUGAUGGGAAUUAUAGUCCCAAAACAUCAGGUGGGCCAAGUUUGGCCAUCCCUCUUGUAAGUGGUUGAGCUAGUCACCGUUCAGUGGAAGCAUCUGCUCACCCAGCACUGGCCUUAUGGAGGUGUGGCAUACGAUGAAAGAUGCCGUAAGCCAAGGUUAGCUGCAUGCUACUCACGGCUCAGCACUGCAUUGGGGAAAGUCAACGUUGCUUGGCAUCAGUUGCCUUUACGUUUCAAACAAGGCAAUACAGGAAGUUGUUAAUUCGGACAACAGCGGCAGUUUUGCUCCUCCACUUUGCAUCAGCAAACACCAAUUACACGGCAGCAAUGCCUGCGUUGAUGCAGCUAUUAAAAGGCAACAGAAACAGGGCUUGUGGUGUUUGGAGCACUUUUGGGGGGGAUGCGGCAAUAAUCCUCUAAAUCUGAAUAAAAUUGCAACCAACGACGGUGUUUGUGCUGCAGGAUCAGAAAAAGUUGAGUUGGGUCCCAGAGUGAAGAUUGCUUCUUUGAAGCUCAGAGCUGUGAAAGGAGCAUGGAGCAGAGUGCUCUUCAAGCACGCCCCUAAAUACAUCCCGGACUUGCCUAUAAAGACUUUUUUAAAAAGGUAAAGGACCCCUGACUGUUAAGUCCAGCACAGAUGACUGGGGUUGAGGCGCUCAUCUCGCUUUACAGGUCAAGGAAGCCAGUGUUGGUCCAUAGACAGUUUUCUGGGUCAUGCGGCCAACAUGACUAAGCCACUUCUGGUGCAAUGGAACACCAAAACCAGAGCAGCGCAUGGAAAUGCCGUUUACCUUCUCUCUGCAGUGAUACCUAUUUAUCUACUUGCACUGGAGUGCUUUCAAACUGCUAGGUUGGCAGGAGCUGGGACCGAGCAACAGGAGCUCACCCCGUUGCGGGGAUUCGAACCGCCGACCUUCUGAUUGGCAAGCCCAAGAGGCUCGGUAGUUUAGACCACAGCGCCACUCGCGUCCCCUUUCUGUAAAGCCUUAUGUUGAGUUAAUUGUCGUCUUCACCCGCUCUCAAUUUUUUGAACAAAGUCCACUGGUUUGUUGAGGCUCUCCCUUAAUGGCCAGUUUAAGAGCGAUGCCUCUCUCCACUGACUGCUGUUCAAGUGAGAGAUGGGCUGUGAGCCUUCACCAGGGUUUUCUGACAGCUCUUGUUGCUGACUUCCCCUCACACUGAUGCCAAAUGCAAUGCACGGGGGUUGGCUGAUGCACAAGGUUAUAAUGCAUGCCUCAUCAGAAAAGCAUCAGGUGCAGAAUAGCUUUAGUCAGUCUCAGACUAAUAAAUCCUACAGGUGCUGCAUUCCUUCUUCUAAGACAGGCAUCCCCAAACUCGGCCCUCUAGCUGUUUUGGGACUACAACUCCCUUCAUCCCUAGCUAACAGGACCAGUGGUCAGGGAUGAUGGGAACUGUAGUCCCAAAACAGCUGGAGGACAGAGUUUGGGGGUGCCUUUUCUAAGAUAAAGGUACAAGAAAGUGUGUCAGCUCUUGGUGUCUGCGGUUCCCUGGAUUGAUUCCAUACCGCUACUUCUGUGUGCUGACAACUUAUUCCAGCUCACACAAUGGCCUCUAAAUCUGUAACAGCUGAUAGCUCCAGUUUAGGCUGAACCUUGGUCCAGUCUUCUCCUUGACCUACAACUAUGCUAAUCAAGAAGGACUUUAAAUGUUGCUCGCUUACUCUCCCUGUAGAAAAAGUUACUUUGCUGUGGGCAGGAUAGAUGGAUUUUCAUUUAUUUGUCAGUCACUUUAUCUUGCCUGGGGCAACCCAAAGCAACUCACAACCAAGAUGGAUGGACACCACCACAGAAAAUGCCAACUUUAUUUAAAUUUAAGUCUUGUUCAUAUGCUCCUAAACAGGCAUAUAACAGCUCUGUAUAAUAUUUUUUCUGUUGUGAACCGCCGUGGGAUCUUCAGAUGGAAGGACGGUAUAUUAUAUUAAUUAUUAUUAUUACUAAUUAAUAGUUUUCGGCUAAACAGAACUUUUCUGCUACCUUGCCGCACAUUAUAUCAGGCUUCCCAAGAUUGGUGCCUUCCAGAUGUUUUGGAUUACAGCUCCCAUCAAUCCCUGACCAUUAGCCAUCCUGGCUGAGGUUGGUGAGAGUUGGAGCCCAAACAUCUGGAGCACAUUGGUAGAAGGUUGCAUUCAGUCAUCCAGAGCAGCUGGGUGGUAUAGCACGCUUUGCAUUCAGGAGGCCCCUGGCAACUCCAGCAAAAAGAGCCAGGGUAGCAGGUGACGAGAGAUCUCUGCCAGAGACCCCAGAGGGCUGCUGCUAAGUGAGUAGGCAAUGCUGCCCUAGAUGGACAAAAAUUCUGACCCAGUAUGUAUCCUGUGUUGCUUGUUAAUGCCUCUUCCGGUACAAAACUGCAUCUUAAUUCUAGGUAAGAGGACUUGGUGGAUUUCUGUUUGGCAGUCUGUACACAUGUGAGGUUCUCAGUGCGACCCCUUAAAUGAAAAGCAAGAGCUUGUACAGUGGUACCUACACUUACAUUUACCUCCGGUUAUGUAUCCUUUGGGAUACGGAUGCGGCAAACCCGGAAGUAUUUUUCCAGAUUUUGCCGCAUGCACAGAAGCGGCACCUCCGGAUACGCACACCUCGGGAUCCAACCGGAGCUCCGGAACGGAUCCCAUGCUCAUCCAGAGGUACCACUGUACUUUGGAAUUUGGAAAGCUCUGUGAUAGGGUCUAGGAUAGUAUAUUCUGGAUCCUAACCAGCAUUUGCACUAGAAAACCCACACUAAAUGAACAUUCUCUGUAAUAUUUGAUCUCAAACAUGAGAGAGUUCAAGUAAACCCUCCCAUCCCUGUACAAAAAAAGAAUAACUCAAUGUAGCUAUGCUAGAUGGCAGUAGGUUUAAGUUUGAAAUAAUUGGUAGGCUUUAGCCUGGUUGUAUUAUUGAAAUCUAAAUUUUAAAGAAAACCAUAGUUGCAAUAUUAUUCUAAUUUGCAUAAAUAUUCUUAAAAGUAGAGUCCCAUUUUAUUGAUUUUUUUAAAUUUAUUUACCUGUCCAUUGGACACAGAGUGCUGGAUUCUCUGCUGGUUGUCAGAAUUGGAAGCCCAAAUUAACCAGGGGCCACUGUGGUGACUCUUUCCUUAGUGCCAGAUAAAAAUCAGGGGCUGGAAGGGGUGCUAUUCCAGAAGUCAUUGGCAAGAGGAAUGCUUAGUUAUUGAGAGAGAGAGAGAGAGAGAGAGAGAAAGUAAUAAUGGUUUUCCACCCUGGCACUCUUGACAAAUAUACCUGAGAAUUAAAUAUGGCAGUUCAGUAGGGCAAGCUGAGAAGUUCUUAUAUUUGAGAUUAACUUUCUCUGUGUCUGCUUCGUGGGCUCCAUACAUUGCCAGAACUAAAUAUGAAAGGCUUGCCAGUGAACGCGGUUGAUAUUCUUAAGCCCAUGGAAAUAUGUUCAGCCAACUGGAAAAAAAACAAGGCAAUAGUAGGAACCCACAACGAAGCUUGCUUGUAAAAUAAUUUUGCUCAAAACAGAAAAUAGCCAGACUAGGGUCUAUGAAAAUUUCACUCAGAAAGGGGGGAUUGGCCCCAGUUGACACACAUUGCAGGAUGCAUGUCCUCUGAGCCAAAUCUCCCUGCCCCUAUUCCCUGUUUCAGUCUCUCCAAGCUAGCAGAGGGUGGUUUACAAUCUCAGACUCAAAUCUCAAACCCUUAUUGGCAUAUAGACAAGAUUCCGAAAGGUUCAGUAGAAUAAAAUCGCUCGGCAAAGUCUGCAUCUAAUGAUGAAAAUACUGUUGUAUAACAUUCACGAAUCCCCAUUGCGUGUUGCAGAAACCUGGCUGCUAUCGCCAUCUUAUCCCCGUCCCAAGUAAACAUUAGGAAGGCUACCUUGCAAUUCGUCUUACUGGCACUCCCUGCUAACAAUCAACUGAUGAAUGAAUUUAGAUCGAAUUACCGAAUUAUACAAGGGGCAGUGCAAAAGAACACGCACAAGUGGUUCUAUAGGACUCUGUCUACAGGGGAUAGUCUCUCUGCGAGUGGCAUUUUCUGGAAUCUCCUGUAGUAUUGCUCUCUCCCUGUUGCACUCACUGCCCCCGGGCCUGCUAGAUUUUGCUUGAGAUGCUAUUUGACCCCCCUGUAUUUUUCAGCAAGGGUCAAGACCACCUCCUACCUACCUUCCCCACUCCCUGCACCACCUUUGUUUAGGCUUCAAGGCCAUGCACUUGUGGCUUAACCUCUUGAAAUAUACUCAGAGUCAAGAGUGGAUUUCAUGCUCUUUAUUCAGCUCAUAGUGGUGAGGAGGAAUGGAAGUUCCCCCAGAAUGUCUGCUUUAUAUACCUUAUGUACACGAUGGGCCCCACGUGAUUGGCUAAUUCCGGGAUUCUUCUGUAGGCCAAUCAGGUUGUGGAUUCACUUCUACCUGGAGCUGGAUUGGGUGGCUCCUGUGGACCAAUCAGACCGCUGCAUUCUGAAUCCUAUUGUUCUAGGACCAAUCAGACUGCUGCAUUCUGAAUCCUAUUGUUCUAGGACCAAUCAGACUGCUGCAUCUUGGAUCCUAUUCAACUCAGUACAUAACACUCUUUACAGUGCAUAAGCAAGCAUUAGCAAUAGUACAUUACUUGAGUCACCUUACCACUGUCCAAUUCUCAUCUGGUGCAUUUACAGUCUACCUCGGGUUACAGACGCUUCAGGGUUUUUUUGUGUGUUUUUUGGGUUACGGACUGCCAAAACCCGGAAGUACCGGAACAGGUUACUUUCGUUUUUGGUGGUCGCGCAUGCGCAGAAGCACUGAAUUGCUCUUUGCGCAUGCACAGAAGCGCUGAAUCGCAACCCGCGCAUGCGCAGACGCGCAGCUGCGGGUUGCAAACGUGCAUCCCGCACGGAUCACGUUCGCAACCCGAGCGUCCACUGUAUCUUUAUUUACUUUUUAAAAUGCAUUUGUGUUCUCAUUUUGCAUUCUUACGUUGCAGACCGCCCUGUGAACUUUGGAUGAAGGGUGGUAUGCAAAUAUAAUAAUACUUCCUUAUGCAAAAUAGAACCACUAAACAUCUGUCUCCUCCUCCUCCCAAGUUCCUUUGAAGUUGUGCUUAGGGUAACUGUGACUUAUGCCCGCAUAGGCCUAUAUGCAGUUGGAGUCAUCCUUCUGUUUAGUAAGCAAGGUAGAAUAUUUUACUUGUGUGGAUGAAAUGGUUUGAGCUGGCACUCCCGCAGAUUGAAAACUGAAUACAGGAAAGAAUUGCUGGCACUCCUGUGCAGGAAGGCUCAGCCACGGCUGAGAUGAUUUUUGCCUGGAAUAUUUCAAUUCAGCCUCUCCUCUUGAGGCUUGCUUUGGCGAGUGCCAGGCUGCAAAUGCAGCUUUUUCCACUCAUAUUUUUUGUAGCUUUAAAGGGGUAGACAAACACCCACGUUAUGCUUGCUUCUCAGUGUAAGAAAUUGAAGACCAGCUUCGCUGUUUGUUUGAAUGCUGUGCAGAAAGGAGGUUAAAGGCAGCUCUGACAUGGGAAAUAGAUGCUGCUCUUUCAAAAUGAAGGAACUGCAGCUUCUGAAAAUGUUUAUAUCAGCCAACAAAUGCCCAGAAAGUUUAUUAGAAGGUGCAUUUGCUAACACCAUUCCAGUUGGUGGAACAAGCAGCCAUCUUGUCUUAUUGUGUGAAGCCCUGCAUCUGAAAAAGGAAGCUCUUUUGGUUUGCUAAGUAUCUUUUAUGCCAGAACUGGGUUUUAUGCAUAUUUCACAGUGAAUUUGGACAAAUUGGAUUGAUGACUUAAGUUAUUCACAGUAUCACUGGCUGCUUUUUUUGCUAGACGUUAUCUGUAGCAAAUAAUCUUUAAGAGGAUGGUAAGUGCCCACAAUAUUCCCACAAUGCUUAUCCUCUUACAGUGUGGCUUAUAUAUGUGCGUGUAAAAGUCAAACACAUGUUUGCCUUCCUACUACAAUCUUAGCUUUUAACACAGGCCCCCUUCUCUUUCAAUUUGGUGGAAUUAACAUCAGCAUUGCCAGACUAAAGCUUUGGAAGAAUCACAAUUACCCAUCUUCAAAGCACACACAUUCGCCACUUACAGAAUUUGCCUCUGGGGCUUUUUACGGCCUGUUUACUUUUUUGAGUUCUCUGUGUUUCCACACAGAGAUACUGAGACCCAUACUUCCUAUAGCUGAGGCGCAUUGCUGUGUUUUUUUUGAAUUGGAAUAAAAGCCACAUUUCUGCUGUACGCCCCAAAAUAUUUUUAAAGAGGGUCUAGCAAUUCACCGCCUCCAGAAGAGUCUGUCUGUUUGUGUCACUGCAUGAAUUACUGGUCUGGGAGGUGGUGAUUUUCUUGUUGGAAGGAAGCAAUGUCUCAAGAACAGCAAGUCCUUGCACUGCCGCAUUGGGCUUCCUUCAACAGUUGGUAACUCUACUGGAUUGGAAGCAAUUGAAUGAUCCCACUUUAUCCAAUGCAGAAAACCACAUCUAGAUAAGACUGAUAAGACUGACAUUAUUAUUAUGAUGAUGGGAGGGAGGCAAAGCUCACGGUGGAAGUCAUGUGGAGAUGCAAUUGGUAUCCUUCUCUGGGUGGAUACUUUGGGACCGCAUCUUAAUUAAUUUUAUGACAGCACACAAUAUUACUACUACUACUAAGAAGGAAGAACUCAAACAUCUGGAGUGGAUGGUAGCGGGGAGUACUGGGUUGCCUUAAGUUGUCGUGAGCCCUAUAUUGAUUAUCACAAUGCACUGAUUGUUUCCUCCUUUUGCAUUUAAGAUGCCCUGAGGUUUGUCGGUCUCAUCACUAUAGACGUUGCCUGGGUAAAACUCUUUACUGUGCCUCUUCAUUUGCUCUGCUUGAGGAAGGGAAGCCAGCUGUGUUAAUGCCUAGACUGCUUGAAUGACAGGUAAAAAAUGGCCACCCAAUGGGUCGCUUGCAAUAAUGUUGUCUGAGAAUGCUUAGACGUUUAAUAAAAAUUACCGGGUUUGUAUUUUUCAGACCUUCGCUGUCUUUCCAGUGCAGAGUAACUGAUAAUUAGUUUUCUUUUGUAAUGCAUGAAAGGAGAGCCCUUAAUUGCCAGCCUCUAUGAGCAACUAUCUCGUGGCCAUUUAUAUAAGCUCAUAAGCAUGCGUUGGUUCAUUUAAUUUUGUUCAGAUAUUUUUUUUCUUGCUGCUCACUUUGGUCAUAUUCAAAAAAGGUGCAUCUCACACCAAACAUACUCAACUGCAGACAAUCAAAUUAAAAUUGAAUGUAAAUAGCUGGUCGCAACUGACACAUGGGGCUGCCCUUUCCUGUAGAUGGGAGACAUUUUUUGUGCCAGGUCAAUUCAGACAUACAAUGAGUUAUGCAAAUCAGUAUAAUUUAUGCAAAUACAGUUUUUCUUCAUGAACUUGCUCAUUUUGCUUGCAGCAGUCUGGGUAAAGUCUUUGUGUUUUGCAGAAAUCUUUUUUUGCAAGGAGUGAAUUGGAAAUGGAAAAUAACCUGAGUAAUGCAGGCAGAGUUGAAUAAACUUAAACUGCUUUUAAAAUCAAACUCGAGUCCUUGGCCUCUUCUAGAUUGCAGUGGUCUUUGGCACGCAUAUCCAGCUUACAGCGAAGAUACAACAAAUGGCACACUUAGCAGAGGGUUGGUGGCAUCCCUGGAUGGGAAUAAGGGGCCAACAGUGAUAAGGGGCUGUGGUACAGGGAUGUCUGAACUCAUGUCUUGGCUUUUGUGUCUGUUCUGCACUGCUGUCUACCUGAAAGCUCAGUAGCCUAGAGACAAAGCCACACCACAGCAAGAUAUGUAGUACAGUGGUACCUUGGUUCUCAAACACCUUCGUGCUCAAACAACUUGGAACCCAAACAUUGCAAACCCAGAAGUAAGUGUUGUGGUUUGCAAACGUUUUUCGGAAGCCGAACGUGCUCCGUUUUGAGUGUUACGCUUCCGAUUUGAGUGCCACACUUCUGUUUUGAGUGUUACACUGAGGUCUGUCUGUUUUUGCUAUUUAUUUUGCAUUUUUGUUAUUGUGGCGCUCUUUUUUUGUUUUUGUGACUAUGUGGAACCCAGUUCAGCUACUGAUUGAUUGAUUGAUUGAUUGAUUGAUUGCAUGACUGCAGUACAUUGUUUAUUGCUUUCAUUUUAUGGAUCAGUGGUCUCGUUAGAUAGUAAAAUUCAUGUUAAAUUGCUGUUUUAGGGGUUGUUUUUAAAAGUCUGGAAUGGAUUAAUCUGUUUUGCAUUACUUUCUAUGGGAAAGCACGCCUUGGUUUAGAAACGCUUUGGUUUUAGAAUGGACUUCCAGAACGGAUUAAGUUUGAGAACCAAGAUACCACUGUACAUAUGUACUAAAGGUUGUGCAUGAAUCACAGAAUUGUAGAGUUAGAAGGGACCCUAUUCCAACCCCCUGCAGUGAGUGACGCUGCAGUUUCUCCUUGUGGCCUUGGCUUGUGACACCAGCCACCAAAUGGUUGGUCACACAACCGUUGAGGUAUGGGCAAGUGGCUUUGGUUUGGUGAUGACUCUUGAGGUAAGCCUUCCCUGUUUCCAUAUGGAAUUUGACAUUUAUCCAUUAGAAUACGGGUAAUUUUAGGAAAGGGAAGCCUCAUGUAAUCAUCACACUGAAAUCCUACAGCAGUUAAGAUACAAAGCAUCCCAUCCCAUAGCUGCUGAUCCCCAAAACAGCACAAAUUCUGGGUCCGGAGAGUUACUGCAUGCAUCCGUACAGGCUGGUAAAAAGAGAUGUUGUCAAUAUCAUGAGACUAGAAGCAAGUCACAUCUUGCUCACUCUCUCUCCAUUAUGAGGCAAUGGGCCAUGAUGAAAGAACUCUCACAUUUCAAGCUGGUAACAAGGGGCACACAAAGGGCCUCUUGUAAUCUGAGAACGUACACCCAUGGAUGAUACCUGCAAUAUUAGAUGCUGAAAGAUAGCAUCUCUGAGAUAAUUCCCUAUUCGUAAAGCUCUAAAGGCAUGCCACUCCCUGGCCUAUGAAGCAUAGUACACACUGGGUGCUGUUGUCAUGCUUGGCUCAGGGAGCCAGGCAAAUAACUGCCUACCUUCUGUCCUCCUUGGGCAAGCGCCGUCUGAACGGCAGCUGCAGGAUUUUGAAGCGUUAGAAUGGCACAUCUGGUUUCCAGAAUCUGAGCAGCACGGGUGCACCAUUGAAGUACGCAGGUGUACAGUUCCUGGGCCUGCCACACAAAUGAGCCUUAACGUUGAAUUUUCGAUGCACAGAGGUUCACUUCUGCAUAGGUUGCUUUUCGGUGUUGGCAUUCAGGUUCUCGGGGCCUCCUGAGCAUUAACUUGCCUCGAGCCUAAGCCAGAAAGUUUCUUCAUAACAUCAGAACAAUGGCAGAUCGGUAGGAUAGAUUUGAUGUCCAGGACCGCUAUAACAUUAGAACAUCUGAGCAAUUAAGAGAAGCAAAGGGGAGACCAUAGGUAUCUGAUACAAGAAUCCAGGAGCAAUAAGCACCACUGGCCCUUGAUUCUUCUCAUUUACAAAUCUAAUCCGUCUUUUGGACCUUUGCAAUGACCAUACAGUCUUUCCGUAAGUUAGGGUGUCUUAUAAAGGGAUCGCUAAUUGUGAUAGUCUUGCUUUAAAUAGUCUUUCUUAAAUGUUUGCCCUUGUAAUCAAUAAUUGGCAUAAGGUAUAAUUAAACCUGCUAACCUUUGCCUGGCAGCAAGACAGAUCAUGAAAAGUCAAUGUCUUCCUUAUCUUAGGGGAUGUGAACAGACACGAUACUACAGUUGCAGCCAAAGUUUUAUUGCCCUUUCAGGCCAUUGCAAAAUGCUAGAGAAGCAAGACACUGAUGGGCAUGAAAGGAAAGGGUGUUGCAAGCUAAUUUAGGAAUAUUGAAAAUGGGUCACCAUUUACAAGUGCUCCCCAAGGCCCAGUGAGAUCCUUUGGAGGCAAUUCAUCCAUAAUGCGUCAUGUGUUCAGUGUUAACAUAUGACCCUAUUUUCCUUCAAAAUGCAACUUUUCAUUCCAGCCACUUGGGCUGGUCCAGUUAGGUGCAGACCAGCCAGUUGCCUUGCCUUGAUGGAUGGACUUAUCAAUCUCCUAUUUGUCUCUGAGCACCAAACUGUUCACUCAGCCAGGAUCCUGCUGGAAUGUCUAUAGUGAUCCACACUCAUUAGGAGCCCUGCAGGAUCAGACCAAAGGUCCAUCUUUUUCAGCAUCCUGCUUCCUCUAGUGACCAGUUAGAUGCCUUGGCAAAGUCCACAAACAGGGUGUAAAGACAUGGACGCAUUCUGUCAUUUUCUUCCCCUGGACAUCUUGGAUUCACUGCCAUGCCGUCACUUAAGCAUGGAGGUUCCAUACAAGCAACAUAGUCAUUGGUAUGCCUAGCCAGCCACCACUUGUAUGAAUGAGGAUUGUAUUCAGGCCUCAGCCUAAAUAGAGCAGAACUUGGAGUAUCACUUCACACGCCAUGUCUUGUGCCAGCCUUGCAGGAGAUCUUAUUGCUAGCAAAGUUAGAAAACAGCAACAACAACCUGGGAUCUUAUUAGGUUGCAUGAGCUCAUUCCCAUAGGAUUUAGAUCGGUGUUGGAUAAAACUUGCUGAGUUCAUCCAUUCCUGGAACGUAGGAGUUUGAAAUUCAGUGCGCGGUUUCUCAUUUUGGACUGAUGCUUCUCUUAUCAACACUUUUUAUAUUCAGAAGGUGUAAGUUCUUUUGUUUCAACUUCAUAUCAUACAAUUCUAGAGUUGGAAGGGACCCUAUCUUUAUGCAUUAGUUAGUAUUUCUAUCAAGGCACUACAACUCAACGCCUACACCCAUUAUUACAACAGUGAUUCUAUUCUACAUACAGUGGUGCCUCGGGUUACAUACACUUCAAGUUAUACAUACACUUCAGGUUACAGACUCCGCUAACCCAGAAAUAGUGCUUCAGGUUAAGAACUUUGCUUCAGGAUUAGGACAGAAAUCGUGCUCCGGCCGCGCGGCAGCAGCAGGAGGCCCCAUUAGCUAAAGUGGUGCUUCAGGUUAAGAACAGUUUCAGGUUAAGUACGGACCUCCGGAGCAAAUUAAGUACUUAACCCGAGGUACCACUGUAUUUAAGUAAUCUAGCCAUUGGUAUCUUGGUUGCCACUAUUAGAUUUCUCUGUUUUUAAAUCAUUGCCGCCAAUAGUUGCAACAAGUCCAGUUACUAUUAUGGAACAGUAGUAGAAUUGUGCAUGACUGAAUAAUCAUGCUUCUAGUUCUGGGGACACUUGAUUCCUGCUUUCGACAAGCAACCUGCAGCGCUGCAUGGCAAGCUGAUUUUGAAACCGAAGGAACUUCAAAAGUGGCUUGUGAUGUGGCCUGGAGGUCUGCUUUUGAGAAGGAGCAGCCUUAACCUGUAGCUCUUUAGAUCCUGAACACAGAACAUGACAAUUUCCCUGACAUAUCCUGAAUACUGUAGCUGCAAGCCGUUUCUGUGCAGAAUUUGGCGAAAUAUCCUGGAAAAUCUAUACGUAUGGCAUAUGGCAGUGUCGGUUUUGCCAAUUUGCCAGUCAUCCUCAGAAAAAGCUCAAUUUUGGGGGGGGGGGGGGAAAGGUCAACAACUUUGGCCUCAAAGAAGCUCAAAGCUCAACAAUUUUCCUUUCUGGAUUUUCACUUUUUGAAAAAAGGCAACCCUACCCGUGCAUAACCAGGUUUGCGUUUUGCAGGUGAUUUAAAAAGCAAGCACAUAAUUCGGCAUCAUUUCUUGUUACAGGAGCAGAUUUUUAUUUUUAAUACAAAACAAUUCGCAGUGCCAGUUUCUGUUGGAAAUUAGGUCAGAGUCGCAGGUUUCUUGAACUGCUACAGCCCUGUGAUAAGCUCCACACUUGAAUAACAGAAGCUGAAAUAUUUGUCCACAAGGAACCGCAUUCACAUCCCAGUGAAGUCUCCCUUUUGCCAUUCAUUUACUCCCGUUUAAUGUGAUUGCCUGUUUGGUUUGCAUGUGAGCUGGGUUUCCUUACCAAUACAUCCCCACCAGCAAUGCAUGCAGCUUUGAUGUACGGCUAGAUCAAUGUGGAAUAAUUGAGAUAAUAAGAAAUGGGCAUCUCCAGUCGAGGACUCUUCUUCCCCAGUUUCUAAAAGUCUCUAACAGUUGUGCAAUAGCACAUUUCACUUGUUGGGCUCACAUCUUGUUUGUUGUGGAGGAGACUUGUAUCAAGCACAACUGCCAAACAAGGUCAGCAACAACAGAACAUAUCUGCAUAAAGUAUCGUGAGUGUUUAUGACUAAGGAAUCUGCCAGAUCAUUUCAUAUCUUUGAAAUUAUCGCCGUGGAGAUUAUAGGCCUGAACUUGCAUGUUUGUGCAUCUUUCUGACCUAGAAAGAUAAACCAUUGUUGUCAUUUGUGAUCCAUUGAUAAUGGAUGGAGAUAGCAGACCCAGCAUUGAAUUUCCAGAAAAUGGUGGAGGUGGGGGGAACUGAAACAUGGGAAUGUUAUCAUCAUUUCACCUUCUUGCAGUCCACAGUGCUUUCUUUGAUAAAUGUAUCUUGGUGCAUAAUAAUCUGUGCAGAAUUAGAUGCAAAUUGGACAGAGCAGAGAAUCAUUAAAUAACUCAGAUUGGCAUUAGCUCACUGUAAACAGUGUUGACGUCCUAAAUUAGGGCUGUACGCUUUAGUCACUGAAAGCUAUCAUUUGUUCUUUAAGCAAAUCAUAUAGUUAACUGAACAGCUAGAUUUGAGCUCUCAAACCUACCCUUUCUGGACAACCCCGGUGUAUGCUACUUGCAGUAGUACAUCCUGGAAGUCUGCUCAACGAUACUGAUAUAUAAUUAACAACCAGUGCAACUGUGACUCUUACCAGGACUAGCAAGUGUUAUGUUUGAUGGUUGCUUACUCCCAGAUAUCAACUUACAAAUUGCUUUUUUAAAUUGCUUUUUUUAAAAGGCCGUCUCUGCCCUCAGGCUUAGCCUUUAAAAAAUGACACAAAAGGAAGAUGGAUCGAGAGGGUGGAGGAAAUAAGCAUAUUUGAGUACUUGUUCUCAGUUACAGAAACUUUUUUGAACUGUAAUUGGGCACAGCCUGAUCAGGAGAACUGAAAAGCCACAGCCCUUUCAGCUGCCUCAAGCUGCUUGACAAAGUUGAGGAAAUCUGUUGAAUCCACCUUGCUGAAGCUUAGUAGGUCUGGGUCCUUGAAUUCCUUGAUUGAAGGAAAUACAAAUGUACUAAAUAAUAUAAUAAAAGUCGCUUAACAUGGAGCCAUAGAUUCCAUGGAGCUAUGUGUUCACAGUAAGAGCAUAAUUUGGGGACAUGUCCAUAAGCGUGGUGGAAGAGGCCUUGAUUUGAGUUCAUUUACAUUCCUAGAACAGGGAAAGGAGAUAUAGCUCACCUCAAGGUGCCCUGAUGGUCUGUAACUUGCAGGGUGGGUUUGAUUUAAAUCACUAGUCACUAAGGCUUGAUUUAAAUCAUUUUUUUAAAUAGAAAGUCUCAUUCUUACUGGUAUAAUCUUAAUAUUUACAGCCAGAUGAAGGUUUCAUUUUUGGAAUAAGAAUUUUUCAGAGUAGUUUUUACAGAUAUAUCAAAAAUUACUGAUUUGGUUGUACUAUUAGAAAUACAUAGAUAAUUAUGAAAUUAUUCUGAGGUUUAAUAAGUUAACUGUUUAUAUUUGGACAACUUUUCUGCUGUACUUUAUUGGAAGGAGAAAAAUAAUCAUUUCCUUAAUAACAAUUCAAACAAUUUUAUUUAACUAAAACAAUAACAUUACAGCAUACAUAUCCAUGUUUCUUAACUGAUGUGGUUAAGCACAUUUUUUAAUAAGAAACUUAGACUGAGUUUUAGCACACAUGAAAAACUUAAAACAAAUCCUUAUUUCCUGAUGAAUAGUCUUUGGACUAUAGUGUAACUUACAUAGAAAACUAUCUAUAGAAAGAUUUUUCCUCCAAAAGCAUUUUAUUUUAAAAAUCCAAUUUAAAUUUUUAAAAUCCAUUUUUUUUAAAAAAGCAAUCAUUGAUAUUUAUCCACCCUGGUGACUUGCCUUUUGUCCUUCUUUGCAGAUUAAUCAGCCACUCGAUGGGGAUUACCAGUGGAGCAGCUGUUUGUGUCACCUUUCCACCUUUGUGUAGCAAGCAAAACAACUUCAGCACCUCUUCAAUAAUAAUUAUGAAACUGGUAUUAACUGAAUGGCAAUUAUGGAUUUUUAACUCUAGUUCACAGUAAGCAAAACGCAAGCCCAGCAAGCCAUAUGUUGAAUUUCCUACCAAAUAUAGCUUUUUGUUCCUCUGAAUGUUUCAACGCCUACACACGAAAUUGAUGACGGAACCUGUUCGUAACGAGGGGAAUUACAAAUAUUGCUUGCACGAGGAACGUGACACCAUCAGAAAGAGAAGACACCGUAACUUAUCGUUAGAGAUGAUAGUGUUAUUUAUAUAGGUAGAAUAAAUAAAUAAAUAUAUAAAUAAAUAUAUAUAUUAUAUAUAUUUUUAUGGUAAUGAAAAUGGCUCCCCAGAAUGCUGACUCGGAAUCUAUGCAAGUUGAAGAGCUACCCGUGGUUCAGGUUCAGAAACCGGAAAACGAGAAUGAGAGUAAGGAAGAGACCAUAAGCGAAGGAUCCAUAGAUCGGAUACCUGUACGUCUCUGGGUGAUGCACGGGGCCGUGAUGUUUGGCAGAGAAUUCUGUUACGCCAUGGAGACAGCUUUGGUGACGCCAGUAUUGUUACAAAUAGGUAAGUGGAAUUGCAUAACCAUGCACAGUCGCCAUCGUUCAUCCUCUGUUAUCCAUGAAACAGCAGAACAAGUUGGCCCUCUGGAGGUGUUUUCUGAUUUUGCUGUACCCACCUCUUCAAGAGGCAAGCAGGGACCACAGCAUACAAGCCACUGGUUCUCAGUAAGCCACUCCUAUGGUGGAACCCUCAAUCCACAUCAGUGUAACCAGGAGCCAUGCGGGUUGAGUGGAUCAUGUGAUUACUUUCCAUACCAGUGUCUUGGCUCCAAGGGAGGUGCCAUGCUGACGUGAGAAGUAACGCCAUCAUCCAGCCACCCAACCCCGUUUGCCUCCCUGUGUGCCAGCCAAUCGCCAUGCUGCAGUAUCAUUCAACAAAACCCUAGUUCAGGAAGGAAUAUCCAAACCCUACAAGGCUGGUGUGGUGGGGUUGGGAGUUAGAAGGAACUGUAACUUUCACUGAAUCAGGCAGAUUUGUAGGUAUCAUAUGAAGAAAUUAACUGAUCCCAUUAUUGGUGUGUUUGUGUUUCCUAAGAGUUACCUUAAUUUUUCUGCCUUCUGUGCCUUCCCUUUUCCUUUUUCUACUUUCAUCCUUAGAGGACUUGCAAAACUUUUAGCUUCUGGCAGGGUGGAUUUGAUUUAAAUCAAAUCAAUUUGAAUCAUGAUUUACUAGUCAGUAAAACUUGAUUUAAAUAAAAAAAAAUUACAGAAAGACUCAUUCUUGCUGGUAUAAUCUUAAUAUUUACAACAAGAUGAAGGUUUCAUUUUUGGAAUAAUAAAUUUUCAGAGUAGGUUUUACAGUUAUAUCAAAAAUUACUGAUUUGGUUAUACUAUUAGAAAUAGACAGAUAAUUAUGAAAUUAUUAUGAGGUUUAAUAAGUUAACUGUUUAUAUUUGGACAACUUUGCUGCUGUACUUAAUUGGAAGGAGAAAAACAAUCAUUUCCUUAAUAACAAUUUAAACAAUUUAUUUAACUAAAACAAUAACAUUAUAGCAUAUGUAUACAUGUUUGUUAACUGAUGUGGUUAAAACAUUUUUAAAACAAAAACAAAAAACUUAGGCUGAGUUUUAGCACACAUGAAAAACUUAAAUCCUUAUUUCCUGAUGAAUAGCCUUUGGACUAUAGUGUAAAUUAAAUAGAAAGUUAUCUUUAGAAAGAUUUUUCCUUCAAAAGCAUUUUAUAUUAAAAAUCCAUUUUUUAAAAAAAAAUCCAAUUUAAAUUUUUAAAAUCUGAUUUUUAUUUUUAUUUUUUUGAUUUUUUUUAUCCAUCCUGGCUUCUAGUCAAGGCCGAUAUCACCAGCUGCACAUCCAACUACCUGGCAAUAGAUACUUCUACAUGUUGCACUCUACUAAAUUACCCCCCCCCAACUUUCCAAUACAGCCAUCCCAUUAUUGCCUCCCCAGGUGUGCAAUUGGCAAUCCUAAAGGAUUUAGCUCUCUGCUGUAUUUAUGGGUAGGCUAGUUUGUUCCAGGCUUCAAAGGAAAGCCCAGCGUUCAUUUAGUGAUGUUGAAAGCAACUUUGAAGUGGCGGUGACACAAGCGCUGGUCUGGGCUACCUUGAGAAUGCCUCGCUCAGAGAAGGACCCCCCACCUUCCUAAGAGUAAGAGGGGAAGUGGCUACUGCCAUGUUAGCAGCAGCAGAACAGCUUCCUUAGCCAAAGGAGAGGGAAGCAAAGAGCCAAGGCAGUAACAUUCACCUUGGGUGACACAGUGCUUUGUGUUAACCUGUGCGUGGCUCCCUAGGUUUGAGGACUGGGGCGAUCACCCCCAUUCACCGUACCCUAAGGACACUACUGGACACACGUUUUUGUACUCAUUCCUGGCCUUUUGUGGUUCUAGGCCUUACCUGUAGCACCCUAUUGAUCUGUUCUGCUUUUUCUGAGGUUCUCCCCAGGUCAUUGCAAAUCCCUGUUCAAAAGCCAACUAUUUCAGCUAUCCUUGAAAGGUCAACUGACUCACCACACUUUUAAAGUCGCAAUAAUGUUGAUCUUCCAGUACCAAAGUCCAUCUUCUUUCAAAGUUGACUCAGCUCUUGAAGUUCACAUUACUCAGCAAAUAAUACAUAUUCCAAUGUCUCCUGAUGUUUUGAUGGUUUGAAGCUGUUGCUUGUGCAAUAGGAGUAUAGUAAUGCUUAGAAUUAGAUUUCAGUUUAGAUGUUCCAAAGCCUAAUCUAAAUCCUCGUCUUUUUUUAAGAAGCCCAGGUAGAACAGUAGAUCAUGUUUCAUUCACAUAUGCAGAAGACAAGGGGCCAAGUUGCUGUGUGGCCUUGGGGAAGCCACAUUUCUUACCUAACACUACCUCACCCGGUGUUGCUUAGAAGCACCAAUUUAGUUUUGAACCCUCAGGAUAGGGUGGGAAAUCUGAACAAAUUAACUUAUUUACAUUGACUCAAGGAUGUCUACACUACACAUUUGUAAUGUUAACUUUAGAGUGUGACAUACAUAGCAUACGGGAUAGUGAUUAUCAAAAGGGAUUGAUCUAAGUUGGAAGUGAGUGAUGUGCAGCUCUCAGUAGUGUUGAAGACUUUAUCUUAAGAUGCAAGACACGUCUCUCAAUUAACUGCAGAUCUCUCAGACAGAUUAUCCACAAUGAGUGAACGUUCAGCGACUUUUGCUGCAUAAUUUAAAGCCAUCAAAAAUAUAUAUAUAUGGAGGCAUACAGUAGAAGGCAGAGCUUUGUUUGCGAAAUGUUGCCUACAAAUAAGGAGCUUAGCUUGCGAAAUAUUGGCCUAGAAAGGUGUUUGUGCCAUAACACUUCUCGGAAAUCUUUUACGCCUCUCUUUGACCCCGGUGAGCUUAAACUGGCCGUAACUUGUCCAAAGACCUGUGGGUUGGAUGGCUCAGAAGGAACCUCAGUUUAGACGCAGGGCAGGCUUUUACACUCACCCAAGGGUGUGCCAGUGUUCUGGCGUUAGCAACUUAAAACUGCCCCUUGAGAAUUGUGUGGGGCAGUUGUGCCUCCUGGGGAGAGGCCGAGGUGAGCUGCCACAUACUCUUUUGGGUGGGGACUGAGAAAAGAGGGUGGUGUAACAUCGGAUAAUUUUAACCUUUCGAAUCGUAGGUUAGUUUCUAUGCAUCCCUCUCUGUUCUCUAUCCAGGCAAGCACAAAGCCUUGUUGGAGGUCAAGGACACAGUCUAGACAGGCAAAAACACUCAAGGAGGGUGUAGUGUUAAGGGGUGUGGCCAGGGAAGAUUCAGAGGGCCAGAACAGAGAGGCCUGGGUAGCCGUAUUGGGGCCCUGGACGUGUGGUUCCCCAUCACAGUGGAGAGUGAGGGUGCGUAAAAUGCACUGAACCGGUCUUUGCUACAUCUCCCUUAUCGAGGAACAGAAACCUUUAUCUCAGCAAGUACCAGUAGGUAAAUGCCAGGAGUGAGCUAGCGGGAAAUCACAGUUAGUGGAGUUAACUCUUUAUUAGAAAAAACAACAACAACAGGAUCUGCACAGGAGUAUCCAGACUAAUGAGCACAGCAACUAAUCUCCAGCAGGUCUUGCCCCUGCAAAGCAGUUGCGGAGACUGGAGAUCCCCACCUCCCCACAGCUGCCUAAGACCCCUCUUCUCCAGGGUUUACCCCAAGCAAUCUGAGCCUGCACUUUCUCCACCCUCUUCAGACCUCUCCUGGUUCUUCAGGGAGGAAGAGAGCUUGUCCCCGCAGGAGGGGGAGACUCCCUGGCUUCUUCACCAGCUGCACUCAUCCUUGCCUCUUGGCCUCCCUCUUCUGCUUCAGCUUCUGCCACCGAUUCUGGACAUCUCUGCCGUAGACUCCUCUCACUCACUAAGCCCUGUUACCUCUUCAGCUUCAAACACCUCCUCUUCCCGGACUUUGAGCCUUCUUCCCUUGGGAGUUCCCCAGCCAGCUCCUCCCCGCAUUCCUCUGCACCCAGCCAGUCCAGGACAGUAGAGAAGUUCUUUUAUAGGCAGAGGAACUCUUUAAGAUGUACAGGACUCAUGCCAUAAUAGGUUCUGAUAUUUUUAAACAGUGCCGUAUUAAAUGCCUGAUUACCGUUUAGUCCUGCCAUCACCUUCGGAAAAGGAUGGGAUAAAAUGUAGAUAUUAGAAGAGAUGAUAAGUGGGUCACAGUAUUGCCUUCCUCUCUGUGACCUCAGCGGUGAUGCUCUCUACAGCCAGUGAUCUGCCUCCAGGCUGUCCUCUAAAAAACAGGACCAAGCUAUGCAAAUUUAGGGGGAGCGAUCUCAUUCAUGUGCUUGUGUCUAGAAACUCAUACUAUGCCUUGUUUUCAACAUUGAAACCUAGACUCGUGCCCUCAUUGCUUUGAGGUGUGUUGGCAAGUUGGUUUCAGCAGCCCCUCAUUUACAUAACUCUGCAUAUUAAGUAGAGUGCUCCCGACAUUUAUAUGUGCAAUUUCUGAAGACUUAAAGGAGGGCACUUCCGCUGACAUUCCAUUGCAAAAUGCCUCCGCUGUGCUUGUGGUGGGGUUUUUUUGUGACUUUCGAAAUUGACUUGCAGUAACCCUGGUACCAGUUGCAUGGAAGAGAACCUUUGACCUCCGCUAGAUAGGUCUCUCCAAACAAACCCCGCAUUGUGGCCAUUCAUUUGCAUGUGUUCUUGUUCUAAACUGCGUUACCCUUCGAACAGUGCUUUCUCCAGAUUAGUAGCUGGAAGCAUGUAACCAUAUCCGGGGCCUUAGUGGCAUAGCAACAAGGGGAAAGUAAGCCCUAUUUUAUCAGGCAGGUUUCUCUUGCAUGACUUGCUUUUCUGUUGCUCUAACCCCCCCCCCCCAACCCCAGGCUAGCAACUUAAGAAGUAGGGGGGAUGAAUAGGAGUCGUUUAGUGAAUAUGGUACACUGGGAAUCAUCGGUUCUCUGGCGUUAAAGGUGGGCAUCCCGAGGAGGUGCAGAUAAUUUCUGGGAGAAGCAACAGCUCUUUCCACAUCUGGCUGCAGUCUGAGAAGGAGUUUGGGGAAUACACAGUGGGUGCCUCUCCCGUGGUUGAGUGAGGAUGUUGUGAUCUACCAUGCAGGGUAACACAACUCCCUUUCCCCAUUGAAGUCUAGCUUUCUUGCAUGCUAGCUAGAGUUAAUUAUUUUGUGAGUUAUUAGCCUUCUUUUUUCCUUUUCUUUUUUGCAAGGUCAAAAAAGUAAGUCUGUAAAAUGCACAAGAGUCCAGUUCUUGUUCCUGGCCUCCUUUGAGUCUUCAAGAACCAGCUAAAUCUAAGCUGAUUUUCUACCUUUAGGUGUGAAAUUUAAGUUUGCUCUCUGCCAAACACGAACGUCCCUCUUGCUUGGUCGUUCUUUCUCUUGGGCUUUGAAAUGGUGCAAACCAUAUUGGCCGCAAGUGGUUCAUGAUGAUUUAAGUCAGUUGCAGUUUUGUUCUGUUUCCCAAUUUGGAAAGCUGGCUGCUAAAGCCAAACGAGUUCUUUAGCAAAGAGAAAUCAAGACAUGCGCCUUACCACACAAAAAAAGAGCUUGAUGUAGCUUCAAACUGGAUUUCUGCAUUGUCAGGGGAUUAAGCUGACUCAAGAAUGCUCCACUUGAAAUCCUCAGAUAUUAGAGGAUGACUUGAAACUGCGGCUCUGUUGUAAACCUGAUUUCUUGCCUUUUGUCUUGCCAACUUCAAAUUAAGCAUGUCCAGAAGGACCGUUCCCAUUUGGGAUUCUGUGGCUUUCAGGUAAAAAAUGCAGGUAAAGGGAAACAACACCCCUGCUUAAUCUUCUUGAUGUUGGAAGAAGCAAACAGUUUUAUAACAACCCUUGAUGGGCUGGGAAAGAGGCUUUCUUCUUUUAUAUCCCAUCGCUGUGUAUCUGAGCCACCUUGCGUUUAAAACUCUCACAGUAUCCUUCUGUGUUCUUGCAGAAUUCUCAAAUUUCAGCCAGUUUGGAAUCAUCAGGUUUGACUUGCUGGGAUGGGGGAGUAAAACCUCCCGCUGUGUCCCUGUGCCCCUCCCCACUCCAAAUAAAAAUCUGUUUCUAAAAUAUAAUUGCAGGGGGGUUGUAGAAGGAGCAGCCAGUAGACUAACGUAGCAGUAUUAAUUUUAUCACUUCAUUCAACCGGCAUAGCUGAAUUAACUUUAUUAAGUGCUGCAAGCACAAUGGCCCUUUUAAUACCCUAAGCACUUAUGGUCCUCCAUUCAUGAAUGAGCUUCAGUCAUCAACCGGCGUACUAUAUAGAGGCUUCCCAGAGCUGAUUGUCUAAAUAGCCAACCCCACACAGAAUGAAGCCCCCACAGUUUUGCACUAAAUAGGAUUUGUGUAUCUCGCUCACCGCUGCAGGAAGCUCCAGCUUCAAUAAAGGCCACAUGCCUCGGAAGUGGCAAACACUUUUAUUUUUAAUGAAGCUUAGUAGGCAAUUAUUUCAGAACACCCUCCCGGUUCCAGGUUUUCAAUGAACGGUGGGGCUAAAGGGAUUGAUGGAUCUAUUGGAAUGCUUGGAACGUAUGAAUCAGCAACUGCGUUCCCUUUUGACGACAAAAGAAUUGGGGUGAGUGGUUCUUUUUGUGUGUAUUUGGAGUGCAGUAAAACCACCUCCGAAUACCCCAACUGUGGGUCGCAAACACCCGGGGGGGUUAGUCGCUGUGCAUUCAUCGCCAUUGUUGGUUAGGUAAUCGUAGGCCUUUUUGAAAGGAUAACAAAGAUUGUGUUUUGUUUUGUAAUGGGUUGGUAAAUACGGCGACUCAGUGGUUUCCUUUGCAUAGUCUGCAGGAAACUUAAACCUUCCCUUUUGCUGUUUUGGUGUGUACUGCAACACCCACCCACCCCAAAUUGACUCAUCUAUAGAGAGAAACAAACCCCUCCCACAACUACCACAAGCCACCGGCAUAUGGCAAAGGAUUCUGGGGCACAUUCUUCAUGGAAGGUGCUGGCCAGCCCAUCAUGCCUCCCCAUUGGCUUGAGUGUGUUGCUGGUACAGUGCUUCUAAAUUCACCUGCAUCCUGUGGGGAGCUUGAGAUUCAGGCAAAGCUGUUCUACUGAUACUGAUCAUCUCAUGGUGCUCAACUCCCAGUAAGCUGCUUAAAAAACCCAGGGUUCCAUUAGGCCUAUUUGAAACCCCCACAGUACGUCGAAUAGAAAUAAAACCCCAUAGCAAAUCAAAACAAUAUUUGAAUUGCAAACAAAGACCUUCCCAGGCAGAACGUUGAUGAACUUGGGACCCAGAAGUUUUAGCAUGGAGCAUGUGAACUUGCAGAAAACUUGCAGUUUAAUGGGAAGAGAAGGGAGCAGGAUCCAGUCCUUGCUGCAACAAGUAUACAGUGGUACCUCGCAAGACGAAUGCCUCGCAAGAUGGAAAACUCGCAAAACAAAAGGGUUUUUGGUUAAUACAGUUGCGACUUGACUUUGAGGAGCAACUCAUAGCACGCGGUGUGGUAGCCUUUUUUGAGGUUUUUGAAGACUUUGGUGAUUUUUGAAGCUUUUCCAAAACUUUUCCGACACCGUGCUUUGCAAGACGAAAAAAACCGCAAGACGAGAAAACUCGCGGAACGAAUUAAUUUCGUCUUGCGAGGCACCACUGUAUCGAAGUGAGCUUAAUUGCUUUAAAGUCUUUCUAAUAUGAAAAAUGGGUGCUGCUUAUAGCGUUUGCGCGCUCCUGGCAUCUCCCCAUCCUGAAAUUCUGGAGAGCCACUGUCAGUCACUGGCCUAUGUGGGUCAGCAGCCUAAUGUGGUCUAAGACAACUCCCUAUGUUCCCAUUACUGCACACAUUUUUGCUUUUGUGUUUUCCUAUUCCCACAUCUCCAAAAAUUGGGGAUCCGGAUCGGGGGUUUUUGGGGGGGGACACUUUCAUGACAUUCAUCUUGACGCAUUUUUGGAGCAGCAUAAAUUGCACCCUAACGCUUCUUAAUACUGAUUUCCAUUUCUCUGUUUCUCUUCUGCAACAGCAAUACGUUAGAACUCUUUAAUUUGGAACAAAUGCAAACGGUUGUAGAACACGUGACAUAAAAUAGUAUUCCUGCUUUUCCAGAAAAUUGCAGCAGCUCACACUACUGUGCGCUCGCUCUCUCUCGCUCGCUCUCUCUCUCUCUCUCUCUCUCUCUCUCUCUCUUAUUCAUUGUUUCAUGGCACUCUAUAGCAUCCAGCUGCUUUUUUCAUUGAUUCUAGCAAAGUGCUCUCUAACCACAUGUUUACAAAGGACGUCGUUUCUGUGUCUGAUGUCAUCAGUUUUGUUGUGCUGCCCCCACCAUUUCGAAAAAAAAAAUUUGAUUUCUCUUUCCUCUGCCAAUAAACCACACACUGCUUCUUGGAUCAGUUUGGAAACCAUUUUCAUUAACCUCUGCCAAUUCUUUUGGACAACUUAUUCAUUGAGUCCCUCCUUCUCAGCCCGCAGCAUUUCCUGGCAUUCCAUCCCAGGGAUAAUGAGAUCAUUGCCCAUAUCUUGUAUAAACAAGGUCCCCCCCCAACUUUGAAAUUGGUAAUUCUCAUUUUAGAAAGACAGCUAAGGUUUAGUCAAGACAGAUUAAUAUUAUUGUCCUCCUGGUAGCAGGCCAGGGAUUUUAACCCUGAUAGUGACGCUGUGAGGUCCCAUGUUUAUAAGAGCAUCCAGAAAAUAAUCUGUUUUAAAUACAUAUAGCCAGGUUUGCCCCUAAAGCUUCCCCAUCAAACCGUACUGUGUGCAUUACCCUUAUGGGAACUUGUUCCUAAAUUGGUCAAUAUCCUUGGAAUUGCAAAAAAGCUCUAUUGAGCUUUGGGUAAACUGGGCUGCUGCAUGUCUGUGGGCGACACAUGUCAUUAGAACUGAUGUCUAAUCUUUCAGCAAGAGCACUGCAGGCUUACAUAACGCAUGUGGCGCAUAAGUGGGGGCCUCAUGUGCAGCCUGUACGCUUUAAUUACAGCCCUCCAGAGAGGGGGAGGGGAAGAUUAUAGCGCAGCGAAAAAACCGAGCCCUUGCAGGCUGGCAUCUCUCGUGGAGUAUUUGGGAAGUUCCGUGUGAUCUUCCAAGUGCCUUGCUGACCAUUUGGGAGUGGCUCCAUCCUUUUUCAGGGCAGGCCCAACUGUACCCACAGUAUUUCCUUCCGUGCGUGGGGUGCUGGUGGUUAUUAGCUGCCUCCUGUACCUGUCACUCCAGCUGACUGACAGCAGUCCAUUGCAAAGUCAGCAAAUUUCUCAGUGUGAGCAUGUACGCUGGGGCUGGGGAAGGGGGUGGUUUACAGGUGUUCACUAAGAGUCUCAAGGAAUCAGCAUUGGAGAUGGAAAAGGGGGAGUUGGGGCUUUGACACACACCUGCCGGCAUCCCCUCCAACAUUUUCUCGCCCAGAUCCAUCUCUGCUUUCAAAUGCACGGCCUUUUUGUUUUUUAGUGAAUUGAGAUGAGCUUAUCGCAAGGCCAGUGGUUGGGAAUCGCAGAGGGAGGAGAGAGGGCGGUUGCACUCAUUGUUCUGCUUGUGUCCUUCUCAUGAACAUCUGGUUGGCCACUUAUGAGUGCUGGCUAAGUUUGGCCUCUGGCCUGAUCACAGCAACCAGGUUCUUACGAUUGUAAUUCGCAUGCAACAAAAUUCAGAUUCCGUGGACUCAAAAAGCAGUACUGCGGUGAACCUCUCUGAAACGAAACAGGGUUUUAUUCCUUCCUUCCUUUUUUAAAAGCAGAUUUAUACUUGUUUUCUGUCAAAGAAUCAUAGGAUUGGAAGGGACCCCAAAGGCCAUCUCCUCCAACCCACUGCAAUGCAAGAAUCUUCUGCUCUACAUGGGACUCAGACCCGCGAUCCUGAGAUUAAGAAUCUCAUGCUCCAUUGACUGAGCUGUCGUUUGUGGUCCGUUGUGCACCUACAAGCCACAAAGUGAGGUGAACACCCGGUGUAGAUGCCUGCUCAGUUUCAUCCCACUGGCUGCCACCCAAAUUCUUCUCCCCCCCCCCCCCCAGCAAGUCACAAGCCCUGGGAACUUGCUUUUUAAAAGAAAAGCAGCUGUCGGAUUCCGCUCUUGGGCAGUGUUGCUGGUGACAUGUAUGCCCUGCUCCUCUGCUGCCUUUUUGGCAUGUACGUUCUGCCCCGACGGCUUUUUGUUGCACAGCCAAUAAAACGUGACAACGUUUGAUGAAUACAGCAGCAUAACACUAAUUUAGCUCAGUGUAGCACAGAAGGAUGGCAGGGAACGCAGUGACAGGGUAGGAUUCAGUGAAGAAUGAGCAGAUGGGAUAAUUGGCAGCAGGAAAGAGGGCUCUCAAUUACCUCCACUGGCCUGUUGACCCCUUUCAAUAGGGCCCAGUUGCUCCCUCGUCAGACUCCUUUUGGUUCUGUUGCAUCAGUAAUUCUGCAAGCGCUUGAUCUGGUCAAAGGCAAAACAGCUUAACCAAGGAGGGAUGCUCAAGUACAUAAAUUACUUGCAAACCAGUGGUGCUUCAGUACUGGGAGCCUCACUUCAAUUUAUUCAAGGCCAUUUACUUCAAAGGGAGGAUGUUUCAUGCUUGCUCUGAUCUCGUGGAGCAGCUUCGUCCAAAUAAUAUGUUUGGGGAAUGCCAAAAAGCAGGCAGCGUCCUCUUUGUAUUCUGCAGAAAUACUUCUUUCCUGCUUUUAAAAGCACAUUGUUUUGGUCUUAGAUCUCCCUGCGCCAAAGACUUAAAGCUCUCUCUUUUUUUGUUUGUCCAGUAAAAUAUUUCAAUUGUUCCUUCAUUGACAGAAUCAUAGAGCUGUAGAUUUGGAAAGGCAAUGCAGGAAUCGCAACUUACUCUGAAUAUGUGCUAUUGAUAAACAACGGCACAGGGUUUCUUCCAGAGAAUCAAGGAACUUUGCUGCUGAGAAUUGUAGUUCUGUGAGGGAUGAACUAUAGCUCCCAGGACUUUUAAAUGCAUGGUAUAGAUAGGACCAGGGAUGCGAGUGGCGCUGUGGGUUAAACCACAGAGUCUAGGACUUGCUGAUCAGAAGGUUGGCAGUUCGAAUCCCCGCAGCAGGGUGAGCUUCUGUUGCUCGGUCCCUGCUACUGCCAACCUAGCAGUUCAAAAGCACGUCCAAGUGCAAGUAGAUAAAUAGGUACCGCUCUGGCGGGAAGGUAAACGGCAUUUUCAUGCGUUGCUCUGGUUCGCCAGAAGCGGCUUAGUCAUGCUGGCCACAUGACCUGGAAGCUGUAUGCCGGCUCCCUCGGCCAAUAAAGCGAGAUGAGCGCCGCAACCCCAGAGUCGGUCACGACUGGACCUAACGGUCAGGGGUCCCUUUACCUUUAUAGAUAGGACCUUAGUUUUUUCUGCCUGCUGGGAGGUAUUUUAAAAAUAAUAAUAAUAAUAAUAAAAACUACUAUUCCCAUGCACCCUAACGGGAAGCAGUGCAUUAAGAAUGAGGCCUUUAAAUCUUUUCUUGACAAUAGAGAGCCACUCCCUGCUCCUGAUCUCCAACCUUGCACUUCAAAAUCAGUAGGGCUGCUUGAGGGGGAGUUGACUGCUGGACGCCAAACUCACUACAAGCUGCGUUCUGGACAUGGCUUGUAUUUUUAGAAUUUCAAAACCAGGAGAGUUUGGUUUCUGCCCUCCUGUAGUUCCAAAAUUGGAGCCCCAUCCACACUCCAGCUGCUUCUCCACAAUCUCCUGAAAAGUAAAGGGUUGGGUGGAUCUCAUUCUAGAGGUACUGCUUCUGUAAUGGUACAGGUUUGUGUGUGAGUAACUCAGGAAGUGGGUGCACAGACGUCAUUCCUUCCCAGAAAACUGCUCCCCAAAAAACCGCUUCCGUGGACACAACCUUGAUAACUGGAUAAAAAAUGGCCAGCGUUGGCAGCCUCCAUGGCACCUGGCAUAUAAGGAGGUGUCCUUGUUUCCAUGUGGCCGAUUUGAAACCUGAAAAGACAGAAAUCUCAUGCACGUUGCAUCAUUGAGCAAACCUGAGCGAGCAGCAGGUGGCAGUUUCCACUGCCAAGCCUGUUUGGAGCAGUAGUCAUUCGCCCGAAUGGUCACGCAGGGUGUGUUCCCGUUGCUGGGUCACCCUCCAGAUAUAAAAGAUACGCCCUGAGCCAACUCUGCAAUUAACCUGUGCAACUGAAACACUCCCCUUGCCAGAGCUGAGCAGCUUUCCACUAGAAGAGGGCGCAGUCGGAUGAUAAGGAGAUGGCUUCCUUUGAUUAGGAUCUCGGUGGAUAGGAGCCAAACCACCUUUCCUCCCCCUCUGCUCGUGAGCAUUGUGUCAGUUUGCGCGCCUGUGCAGAGUUCGUUCCUCUUGUACGUGCUCACACGGGGGCAGUGGGAAAAUAGGGCAAGUAGCCCAUGCCCCUUGAGACCCUGCAAAGUGUUGGUUCAAAGUGUUGGUGCUGACCUUGAAAGCCCUAAACGGCCUCAACCCAGUAUACCUGAAGGAGCGUCUUCACCCCCAUCAUUCAGCCCGGACACUGAGGUCCAGCGCUGAGGGCCCAGAAGUGAGGUUGCAGGGAACCAGGCAGAGGGCCUUCUCAGUAGUGGCACCCGCCCUGUGGAACGCCCUCCCACAGAUGUCAAAGAGAACAACAACUACCAGACUUUUAGAAGACAUCUGAAGGCAGCCCUGUUUAGGGAAGCUUUUAAUGUUUGAUGUAUUACGGUAAUUUAAUAUUUUGUUGGAAGCUACCCAGAGUGGCUGGGGAAGCCCAGCCAGAUGGGCAGGGUAUAAAUAGUAAGUUGUUGUUGUUGUUAUAAUAGUAAGUUGUUGUUGUUGUUGUUGUUGUUGUUGUUGUAUGCAGCUGUCCCAUGCGGGUAUCGAACCUGCAACCUGGGCGUUAUCAGCACCAUGCUCUGACCAACUGAGCUACCCAGGAGAAGGAGCUUCCUUGUGAUAGCUGAAAACUUUGGCCUUAAAAGUUGGACUCUCUGCAGUCCUUUUUCUCCAUCCAAAAUGGUUCACAUGCAAGAUCCCUGUCCCUGCAGACCUUAUCACGAAAGGAAUAUUGAAUGUGCCGUGUGACCGAGACUCGUGCUAGCAAUUUCCUGUGAACAGCCAACUCCUCAGGUCCCACUAUUGUUGCCCAGUCAGUCAUUGGGGCUUUUUUUGUGUGCUAUGUGUCUGGAGGGGGGGGGGGAAAGAACAAACAAAACUUAUUUACUGUAGGCCCGUGUCCUGUUUGUUUGUAGCUGGCUGGGAAAUGCCAUUUUUCCAGAGUCUCAGCAGGAGCAGCGGCCGCAAACAAACGAAAUUGUUUUCUAUUGAUUUGUGUGGGCACGUCACAGCUUUGUGCAAAAGGCAGGUUGUUCUUUUUUAAAAAAAAAGUUACAAUCAACUUUGCUUAUCAGGGGUGCUUUUGGGUGACCUGUUUUCCCAGACUGUUUUGCAGCACUUCCUCAAUAACUUCCAGGAGAGGUGUAUCAUUCCCACCCGCUCUGGAGGUCAACAGAAACAAAUGGGGGGGGGGGAGAUAAGCAUUACUCAGCCUAGUCCCUGAUAAUGAGCGCUGCCAAAUCAUUUCGUUCCCUUUUCCAGUUAUCCCAUUGGAAUAAGCAUGGCAGAAGAGAGCUGCUGGGAUGCGGUUCUUUGAGUUAUAGAAUCACAGAAUUGUUGGGAAGGGACCCUGAGGGUUAUCUACUCCAACCCCCAGCAACGCAGGAAUAUUUUGCCCAGUGUGGGGCUCGAACGCACAGCCCUGAGAUUGAGUCUCAUGCUCUACCGUCUGAGCCAUCAAGGGCCUGUAGGUUGUUUUCGUAGGAGUGUGUUUGCCAAUCCCACCCUCCCCAGCUUCCCAUCAUGUCCGCGGAGCGUGCUCAGUCCUCAUGGGGCUGUUUUAGGUGGGCUCCCAUUUUACAGCCCCCCUCCCUAAGUUAUUUUAUACUUCUGGGAAAAUUUGCAGGUUCCCCCUGCAAACUAGCUGAUGCCUCCCCACUCUGCGGGCACAGGGCCAUUCUUGCUGCCUUGUUGGCAAACGUCUGUCUUGAGAGACAACGGAGUGCGCCUCCGGGGGUGAAGUCAAGCCGCUGCAUUAGCUGCGCCAAACUGACCUCCUCGGGACGCAAGCCUGGGCAGUGUGGAUGGAGGUCUUGGGCUGUGUUACAGAAAUUACAGGGGGGGGGCACAUCUUUAAAGUUAAAUGUUACAAAUAUUAUGCCUGAAUGUCAACUUGACAGCUCAGGGAAGUUACCUAGUUUAAAAAUAAUAUAAAAUCAACUCCUUUGCCAGUUUCCUCCAUUCCAAAGCUAUUUUCCCCUUGAAAGCGACCCCAAGAAGUUCCCAGAGGUGACAAUUGCUUGCCCAUCCUCAGGGUUCAAAAUUCUUCUUUGAACCUGUUGCGCAAUAAACUUUGGUCUACAGCUAUUUUCUCCGGUUGGUGGCUGGGCUGCUUCCUUUAUUCCGCAGGGACCCAUGGGCUCUGCCUGACGAGCUGGGUGACUGAGCAGCCUCACACCUAGAUUUUUCUGUAACACUGCCCAGAGGACAAGACCCCCCUCUUGGCCUUGCUGUUGUGGCCCAAAGGAAAGCAGAGAAAUGCGUUGGCACCAGCUUGACUGCAGGAUUUGCAUACAAGGCGCCGUCCAACUGUCUUGGGGACUCCACUCCAGAUCUGUGCAGGGCUUACUCCUUAGCCUGUUCUUCUCCCAAAGAUGUCUCGUGAGGCAGCGGAGGUUUAGGAUCAGAGUUUUCUUCCUUCUAGGAAGAAGUUUUCUAGGAAGAGUUUUCUUCCUUCCCUUCCCUCUACAUCACAUGCAGAAACCACUUUCUUGACCAUGGGACCCGUUAUUGGUCUCUUCUGCUCAGUCUGCUGGAACUAGUCUUUGCUUGCAGAGGAAGUCCCUAACUCACAGAGUGUUUGAGACCUAGUGACUACCCUCCCCUGGUUUAGCCUGCCAGUUGAAGCUGUUCCUGGGGUGUGGCUGCUGUCACAUGCUGGGAUCUUCUAGGAGCCACAGGUGAGAGGUGAGUGCAGGGUGGAGUCCAAAGGUGCUCAAACUACCCCAGAAGGAGGACAGUAUGUUCCCCAUUAGAGGUGCUAGCCCCUCCCCAGCACCCCAUACUCUUGCUGUAUAAAAGGUAAAGGGACCACUGACUGUUAGGUCCAGUCGUGGCCGACUCUGGGUUUGCGGCGCUCAUCUCGCUUUAUUGGCCAAGGGAGCCGGCAUGCAGCUUCCGGGUCAUGUGGCCAGCAGGACUAAGCCGCUUCUGGCAAACCAGAGCAGCGCACGGAAACGCCGUUUACCUUCCCGCCGGAGCGGUACCUAUUUAUCUACUUGCACUUUGACGUGCUUUUGAACUGCUAGGUUGGCAGGAGCAGGGACCAAGCAAUGGGAGCUCACCCCGUCGCGGGGAUUCAAACCUCCGACCUUCUGAUCGGCAAGCCCUAGGCUCUGUAGUUUAACCCACAGUGCCACCCGCGUCCCACCUCUUGCUGUAUAAGCACAAGCAAUUAGUGUACAUAUACAAGGGGGAUCUGCAACAGAAUGUUGCCGCAUGGGGCGCUUGUGUUUACUGUUCUAGUGUGUCAACCGUACUUUCCUUCCUACCCCCAAAAUAGGGAGAGUGGUCAUUUCUUGAGGGCGGCCAAAGUCCAUGGUGUUCCCAGAUAGCGCUUUGAGAAGGAGCACGACUUAUUUUCCUGCUGUGUUGAUCAUCAUUUCUUACUUUGAAGCUGAGAGCUUGAAGGGUAGAGGUUGGUUUGGGCUUCUCGGGAUUUCGGCAAGGCCUUCCGGGGUCGCACCGCAAAUCCUCUGUGAGCGUAGCCUGACUUGCAAGGAUCCAUAUGGAACCCCUCAAGCCUUCAGGCGGGUUUAAGGCGCCAAGAGGCAUGGCAAGCCCAAGUAACUCCUUGCCAAGACGCCUGAUUUUAAAUCACUGCCAGUAACACGGUGUGGGCGACGGGAAAACAUGGUGUUCCCAUCCCUCCUUUGGCUUACGAUGCUUCAAAGCCCUGCAGCGCUCAGUCUCCAAAACAAGAGCGUAUUCCUAUCGGCAGCUGAAAGAACAUUUAGAGUGGGUUUUAAUUUUGUGCUUGGUCAGCUCGGAUCAGAUUAAGAGCCGCUCUACAAGCUAAGGGUGCGUUGAGUCCCUUUCUCUUAGCUGUCGAUGGCGAAUUCAGAGACAGAGCCCUCCUUUAUGCUGCUGUACCUGGAUCUAAAUUCCUGGCUGUGUUUUGUUCCAUGUCAGAUGAGGCGAUAGGGUCAGAAACAAGCAGCGUUUUCACAAUGCUUAGCUCCUGAAAUCCUCCUUUUCUCCCCCCCCUUUCUUUUUGCUGUACUGCUUGAAUGAGAUCUGAGUUGUGCUUACGAUGUACUAAAAAGGGUCCCCAAAUCAGUUCCCUUUUUUGUUUUCACUGCCUACAGGUUUGUUGCCCUUGUAUUUUGUCUCUGGCGCAUUGCAUGCCUUUCCUGGAUUUAGACUUUGAAAUUUAUUCCCACACGGGAGUUCCUUGCCCCUAUCCCAGAUGUAUUGCACUCAGCUGGUCUUGUGGGGUGCCACCAGCAUUAAUUCCUAAACAGCCCCCUAAUAGGUUGUGGUGAAUUAAUAGAAGGCUGCUUAGUGGCUAGAGCACACCUGUCCCAUCCCCCGGGGACAUGGUAUCAGCAUCCGCCGAAUUAAUGUCCUUAGCCAUGCGCCACUCAUUUUCUCUUCAGCCCCUGCUGGCAGCAAGGAAGUCUGCCAUAGCUCUCUGCGUCAGAUGCGGUUAGAUCACUUGGUCACUCCCGUACAGGGCUGCAGCAGCAGUCCCAUCCCUCAGAGGAAGCUGCCUGUUGCAUCUCUGUAGGAGUCCCUGCUCCAGUCAAGGGACUUCCUUAGCUCUUGCAGAAAGGAACACAGUUGAUUGAGUGCUUAAUCUUGCACUGUUUUAGGUGGUGGAAAGAAACUGUGCUCCAGCUUCAAUAAAGGGUGAUAAAAGAAUGUGCCUCGUCUAUCAGAAGUGCGGGAAACCUCUGUACAAACUUGCCUGUUUUUGAUAGUAUAGUUAAUAUAGUUUGAUAGUAUAGUUAAUUUUGUCAUCAGUGUUGAUACUAAAGCCAUAGGGGAGCCAGAACUGUUUCUGUGUUCGCUUUGGGAUUCUGCAACUAGAAUGAAUUAAACAAAGCAGGCAGUGUGUAUCCAGUUUUGAGUUUGGGAAGAAUUGUUUGUUUUAAACUGAGCCUAGGUUUGUGGAAGGGACGUGGGUGGCGCUGUGGUCUAAACCACAGAGCCUAGGGCUUGCUGAUCCGAAGGUUGGCGGUUCGAAUCCCCGAGAUGGGGUGAGCUCCCGUUGUUUGGUCCCAGCUCCUGCCAACCUAGCAGUUCGAAAGCACAUCAAAGUGCAAGUAGAUAAAUAGGUACCGCUCCUGCGGGAAGGUAAACGGCAUUUCCGUGCACUGUUCUGGUUCGCCAGAAGCGGCUUAGUCAUACUGGCCACAUGACCUAGAAGCUGUCUGCGGGCAAACGCUGGCUCCCUUGACCUAUAGAGUGAGAUGAGCACACAACCCCAGAGUCGUCCGUGACUGGACCUAAUGGUCAAGGGUACCUUUAGGGUGGUGGAAAGAAAGGAGUGAACUGGAAACCGAGAUGAAGUGGGUGGUUUCUAGAUUGUGGAAAGGUGUGUUGGACUUCUUGAGGGGUGGGGUGUUGGGAGAGAGAAUACCUGUGGGAGCCCAUGAAACGGGCAAACUGGGAUUGCCGCCUCUCUCAUAACCGCUGCCUCAAAGACAACAGACGAGUCUCAUUGCUUCCCAUACACCUGUGAGCUUUCCCUCUGGUGACAUCUAGAAUCUUGCUCUUCUUUUUAAACAGAAACCCACAGUGCUCAGCAGGUACAGGGGACCUUUGACUUUUCGGGUGCUGCUGAACUACAGCUCCCAUCAGCUCCAGUUAUGACGGCCGGUCGUCAGGGUUGAUGGGAGGUGUAGUUUAGCAAACACCUGGAGGGCAACAGGUCUCCCUAUACGUGAUACUCAGACCCAUGCAUUCACUGCUAAAUUCUCUGCUGUAUUGCACAACUGCAGCCAUAAUAAGUAUUUCAGUGAAAGCGUCGGACGGGUUUCUGCAGGUGGGUGCCUUUCCCUUGUUUAUACGCCACACAGCGAACGUCCAGCAACCUUAAAAAAAUACUGUGUACUAGUCAGGUUUGUCCUUUCUUUCUUUCUGCCAGCUACAGUUUUGACAGGCUUAUUAAAACAGGCUGUACCAAUUUAGGAAUGCAGACGUCAACAAGCCUCUUUGAAGGAGAGGUUUUCCAGUCAGCAAACAGCAUAGCUGGUGAAAUUGCUGUUGGCAUAAAACAGCUCACCCAAAAUAUAUCUUUUUCUUUUUAAUCCAUCCCUCGUUCCCCCUUGUCUUGUUUCUAUCCUCUCAGGUUGUAAAUGCAAAUUAAAAUUAAUCUUGGGAUUAUGAUUGUUAUUGAUGCAGAAGCUCACACUACCAUGUAGGAAUUUGCAGCUUGCGAAGGCGAGAUACAAAUUUCACGGGUUAAAAAAUCCUAAACACCGCCACCUUGUUUUGCUUGGCCUUGGCUUUCGGCGUCAGAAUCUCAGCUACAUCUUUUAAAAACAAGUUUCCACUCCUUAUAUUUAGGUUGAACAUUAAUUGGAUUGUUUUAAAGGUAACCUUAGAUGCAUGUUAAAUGUUUCUGUUCAAACGCUACAGGGGUUUCUGGAAAGCCCGGCGUAUAACCUCACAAAGCAAGUCUGCAGGAAGAUUAAGAUCUGUCCGUGCUUUAAAUAACAGCCCUUUUAGUCUCGCCUAAACAGCCGCAUCAGCUUCUCAGAACACGGAUUGCGUAAUCCCGAUGGCAAAUACAGAAUAGUAAUGUAACCUUAAAUGCAUGUUGAUCGUGUUUGCAAGGUCAAAUCCUAGGCACAGCCAGGCCAUGUGUCUUUGGGAAGCGGAUGUUUUUAACCGCACUGAGGUUUUAAAGAUUGGCCUUGGUUGCCCAGUUGCUAAUUGGGACCUCUCAGAUGAUUAUUUGAAGUGGCGAAUAAAAACAUGGUUGUAUAUUUUGGUGGGGAAUCCUUUUUUAAAGCAGCCUCUUCUGUCACGUUAUUCUUACACUGGCACCAUCUACAGGCUCCAAGUUAGCAUUACACAUACUAAAUAAUCUCUUCAAUAUACAGUGUUAUCUUUUCCCAGAUACUCAAAAGGUGGCAUUUCACAGCCAGUAAAACAGCAAACCCAGCAAAUAAAUGUCUAUUCGUAGGGCUUCAUAAACGGCGGAGGAAUCCACCGUCUUGUUGCUCUCUCCCUACUUAAUGGAAUAAUGAAAAAUUAACAAGGGGUUGUUCCGCUCAGGUUUUGGCUUUCUUUGGCAGAGAGUUAAAGCACACGGGUGGCGCUGUGGGUUAAACCACAGAGCCUAGGACUCACUGAUCAGAAGGUUGGCGGUUCGAAUCCCCAUGACGGGGUGAGCUCCCGUUGAUCGGUCCCUGCUCCUGCCAACCUAGCAGUUCGAAAGCACAUCAAAGUGCAAGUAGAUAGAUAGGUACCACUCCGGCGGGAAGGUAAACGGCGUUUUCGUGCGCUGCUCUGGUUUGCCAGAAGCGGCUUAGUCAUGGUGGCCACAUGACCCGGAAGCUGUACGCCGGCUCCCUCGGCCAAUAAAGCAAGAUGAGCGCCGCAACCCCAGAGUCGGUCACGACUGGACCUAAUGGUCAGGGGUCCCUUUACCUUUAAGAUAUGCUGUAUUUGCAAAUACGCAAGGAGAGCGUGAGUGGAGGCAAGCAGGUAGAAAACCCACUACCCCACAUCCAUAGAAACAUAGGAAGGGGCCUUAUCCUUGGUCCAUCUAGCUGCACUCCUAUACUGAGUGGCCGUUUUUCUGGGGUUUCAAGCAGGAGUCUGUUCCCAGGCCUACCUGCAGAAACUGGGGGUUGAACCUGGAAGCUUCUGCCUGCAAGGCAAAUGCUCUACUGGCGCUCCGCCUAUUUAGGGAGAAGAUUUAUCAACACUGGGUGAACUAUUUAGAGUAAGAGUAAUAAAAAGAAAUUGUUAUUUAGGGGAAUUGAAUUGAAUUCUAAAUUAUAUUCCGGAUACAUGGGAGAUUUCAAGGGGUCAAAAAAAAUGGAUGUACCGUGCUAUAUUAGAAGCAAAAAAACCUUGUUUUGAUGAAUUGGAAGAGCCGCAGAAAGAUUCCAUUGAGCACAUGGGUUGAUAAUAUGGACAGAUUAGCUGCAUAUGAACAAAUUGCAUGUCGAUGCAAAUUAAGAAUGGAUAAAUAUUAAGAAAUCUGGAAUGACUAUUUACGCGAUAAGGCGGAUAGUGGGGGGAAGUUGGGGGAGGAGAGAGAAGUGGGGAAAUAUUGUUAAAAGGGUGCAGUCAUAGGUAUAUCAGUGUAUGUAAAUCUGAAUUGUCAAAUUGUGUUAUUGUUAUUAUGGUUUUUGUUGUAGUGUCUUUUGCGGUUGUUAUUUGUAUCGAAAAAAUGAUUAAAUAAUUUUUUUAAAAAACUGUUGAAAACAUUUGGAAGAACUUUGCAACAGUAAGAGCUGUUUGGCAAUGGAACAGACUCCCACAAGAGGUGGUGGACCCUCCUUCCUGGGAGGUUUUUAAACAGAGGUUGGGUGGCCAUCUGUCGUGGAUGCUUUAGUUGAGGUUCCUGUACCUCAGGGGGUUGGACUAGAUGACCCUUGGUUUCCCUAGCAACUCUAAGAUACUGCGAUUCUGUGAUUCUAACUCUGAAUUGGCGGCACUCACACAAGCGGCACCGCGAUGUUGUUAACCUCUUAGAACUCCUGAUCCCUCAAAGAUUAUUUCUUUCAAAAUGUUCCCCAUCCUUAGCUGUCGCAUUCCCUUGUUCCAUUAAUGUUUAGUUAUAUUUAUUUAGCACGAAUUUCCACAUUUGAUCCGUACGUUUACAUCCUUAUUUCCAAGUGGGGUCAUGGGUGUGCAAGGCGUAAACUAUGGUUUCAUAUCCUGGCUUGUUCACUACUUACAAACUGCAGUUCCCUGAGGUUGGAUGCAACGGGGAACUGUGGUUUGUUUAAAAGCAGAAGCGGGUGCUUGUCAUCUCCUUCUCGUGGACCCAAAAGGAGAGUGCAAGCCCAAGGGUCAUUCAGCCAUAAUCUUGUAACAGGAAACCAUGGUUUCCUGUUGCAUCUGAACCAGGCCAGCGUUUGCCUGGUUGACUGCAUUUCUUAAACCUACAACAGCAUUGGCUAGCCUGGGGGGUCCUGUGUUGAGUUGAACAUGUUUGCUUUCCAAAACGUAACCAAUAACCCUCUUGAAUUCUCUGUCUUUUAGGUCUUCCUGAACAGUACUACAGCCUCACUUGGUUCCUCAGCCCAAUCCUGGGCUUGAUCUUCACUCCUCUAAUAGGUUCAGCUAGUGACCGCUGUACUCUCAGCUGGGGCCGCCGGCGGCCUUUUAUCCUUGCCCUCUGCAUUGGUGUUCUCUUUGGAGUUGCCCUUUUCCUGAACGGCUCCAUUAUAGGUAAAUCAGGGAAUAUGCUUGGGUCACUGUGCUGUCUGCUCAAAUAAGCAGCAAAGGACCGCACUCCGCAGCCAGCUAAAAAAGCAUUUAUUGCGAAGGCGCUGUGGGAUUUUGCUACCGAGCACCUGAAUUCUGUGACUGGAACAAGCUGCAGAAAGUAAAGUUGUCUUAAUUUGCUUGGUCCAGCAUUGGUCCUACUUACUCAGGCUUGUUAAUUUCAGUGCCUUAGCCUGAAUGAAUGAACUUUAUUACGGUCACAGACCAGUAUAAAAAAACAAAACAAAAAACAACAACAACAUAUAAAUAAAAUAGCAGUUAGGAUUAUUAUUUUUUCAACCGAUAAUUGUUAGAGCAAAUAAGGACAAAGAAACAAGCAUAGGAUAAAACACCUGAAUAAAAUACAAGAUUAAACAUGGAUAAUGGGUGGGUAAAAACUGAUAAUUAAAACAGAUAAGAACUAAAAACAAAUAAAAACACGCAGUUAAAACAACUGUAAGAGCAUAAGAACUAAAAGGCUCGCAGUUAAAACAACUAUAAGAGGCUGCAGAGUAGAAGCCUCUGAAAUAGAGGACACUCACAACAUUAGAAACUGAUGUGCAAAUAUGGUUAAAACAGACAAUUAAAACAAUGUACAACAAUAAACUAUCCUACGGAGUUGACUCAGAGUCACCCAUGGAACCGAGUUUGGGGAUUUUCAUGCCGGACUAUUUUGAGUUGGGCGAUGGUCUGCGCCUACAGAUUUGUACACAGAGCCUCUGUUUCUUCUCAUCAAAAGCGACUGCCGGGCUUAUCGUGAUGGCUUGCGGUGGCUGCAUUUUCAAGCUUACCUUCCCACCGAUUCAGUGGUUACUAGCAAAAUCCUAGCAAGUCUGAAACGACUGUAGCUCUUGGUAUGGGAAAACUGUAGGAACCUGUUCACAGGGAAAUGUUUCCUGUUGUGCUCUGAUUUCCCUUUAAUGCAUAUCUGGCAAACAUAUCCUGUUUCCAGCAUUAUUUGAAAAGGGGGGGAAAGAAGGACAAAAAGAUCGUUUCGCUUUUUCUUGUUCUGUUCUUAGGCUGGGGGGGGAGAGGGGGGAGAACACGGCAAGAUCUAAAAAUUGUUUAUCAAAUGACUAAAAGGGGGAAGAAUAACUCUUUCCUUCAUCCCCGUCGGUGUUGUUAGAGCAACACUCUGGGGAAACAAUAGAAGCUGGGAAUUUACCUACUUUGGGGAUUCAGCCUGAGGCGAACUCCGUUGGCAACUCUUCACGUUUGCUGGGUAUUAGCCAAGGUGGUGCAGUGGUUAAGAGCACAGGGCUAGGACCUGAGAGUUGUUGUUGUUUAGUCGUUUAGUCGUGUCUGACUCUUCGUGACCCCAUAGAUCAAAGCACGCCUGGCACUCCUGUCUUCCACUGCCUCCCACAGUUUGGUCAAACUCAUGCUGGUAGCUUUGAGAACACUGUCCAACCAUCUCGUCCUCUGUCGUCCCCUUCUCCUUGUGCCCUCCAUCUUUCCCAACUUCAGGGUCUUUUCCAGGGAGUCUUCUCUUCUCAUGAGGUGGCCAAAGUCUUGGAGCCUCAGCUUCAGGAUCUGUCCUUCCAGUGAGCACUCAGGGCUGAUUUCCUUCAGAAUGGAUAUGUUUGAUCUUCUCAAAUCCCCAUUCAGCCAUGAAGCUCACUGGCUGCGCUUGAGCCAGUCACACACUCUAAGCCUAAAUUAGUAGUAGUAGUAGUAGUAGUAGUAGUAGUAGUAUACCACCCUUCAUUUGUAGAUCUCAGGGUGGUUCGCAGGAUAAUAAUGCAAGAUAAAAACACAAAUAACACAAUAAAAACAAUAACUAAACAAAACAGUACACACACACACCCCAGCUUGUUGUGAGGAUAAAAGGGGGAGGCGGAAAACCCUGUACUGGAGCUCCUUGGAGGAAAAGCAGAAUAUAAGAAGGCUGAUCGCCGAAGAAUUGAUGCUUUUGAAUUCUGGUGCUGGAGGAGACUCUUGAGAGUCCCAUGGACUGCAAGAAAAUCAAACCUAUCCAUUCUGGAGGAAAUCGGCCCUGAGUGCUCACUGGAAGGACAGAUCCUGAAGCUGAGGCUCCAAUACUUUGGUCACCUCAGGAGAAGAGAAGACUUCCUGGAAAAGACCCUGAUGUUGGGAAAGAUGGAGGGCACAAGGAGAAGGGGAUGACAGAGGGCGAGAUGGUUGGACAGUGUUCUCGAAGCUACCAGCAUGAGUUUGACCAAACUGUGGGAGGCAGUGGAAGACAGGAGUGCCUGGCGUGGUCUGGUCCAUGGGGUCACGAAGAUUCGGACACGACUAAAUGACUAAACAACAACAACAAUAAAAAAAAUGGAAAACAAUUAGUUUCCCCCGCUUCUGUGCCAUUCUCAUCCCGAGGACGGGAGCAGCAUCGAGUGUUCACACUUUGUAAAAUAGGCUCCCAGAACUUAUGGAAAGCGAAUGUGUUGGAACUUACAAAGCUGUCCUCUGCAGGGAAAGGCUGUCUCUCUGCCCUGAUCUAGGGUCUUUCCCAGCCCUGCCCGGAGAUGUCAGGUAUUGCACCUCGCAGCUUCUGAAUGCAGAACUCACAGCCUCUCUCCCCUGCUUGACUUGAAGCACUUCCUCCCGCUCUGAACUUAGAAAGCCUGCAAGCUCUGAUCUCUCUGAGGUGGUUCAGCCCAUGAACAUUCGAUCUGCCCCACUAGAACAUUUGGGCUUUGCCUGCAAUCGAGGACAAGCGACACGUGUAUUUAAAAGCCCCCCUCGCCCCCCAGCAAACGCUUCAAAUCUUGGCAGCUCUGGGGUUUUUUUAAAGAGUACAUUCCUCACUCUGUAUUGUGGCUGUAGCCAAGCACAUUUCAUUACUUCCUCCUUUUUCUGUUUGGGGUUGGUUUUUUCCCCCCACCUCCCACAAGUUGCGUAAUAAAAUUUUCAAACACCACCUUAACCUGGGCUGACCUUCUCGGCCAACUUUUGUCAGACAAGGGAAGAAGCAAGUAACCGAGAGCUCCCAAGGCAAAAUAAAAUUGUACUCAUCAGAAACACAUUGUGUCAAUCAUCAUCAUCAUCAUUUAUUAUUUAUAUCCCGCCCAUCUGGCUGGGCUUCCCCAGCCACUCUGGGCGGCUUCCAACACAAUAUUAAAAUACAGUAAUGCAUCAAACAUUAAAAGCUUCCCUAAACACGGCUACCUUCAGAUGCCUUCUAUAAGUCUGGUGGUAGUUUUUGACAUCUGGUGGGAGGGCUUUCCACAGGGUGGGUGCAUAGGUGUCAACGGUUCCCUUUUUUAAAGGGAAAUUCCCUUAUUCCGAAUAGGAUUCUUCGCAAGAAAAGGGAAAUGUUGUCAGCUAUGGGUGGGUGCCACUACCGAGAAGGCCCUCUGCCUGGUUCCCUGUAACUUAGCUUCUCACAGCGAAGUAACUGCCAGAAGGCCCUUGGCACUGGACCUCAUUGCCUGGGCAGAACGAUGGUGGUGGGUACGCUCCUUCAGAUAUACUGGACCGAGGCAAAACAAGCCCUCAAACCGGCCCUGGCCUAACCCGUGCCACAGGGUUGAAAUGCCCAGCCAGAGCGGCCAAGGGAUAAUUCCAGCAUUUCUUCUUGGCAGCCAAUCCGUUAAGGAGAUCCAUUUGUUUCCUUAAUGAUAAAAAGGACUGUUAUUUUGUUCUUGGGUCGGUUCUUUACGAGGAAAAGAAAAAGGGAGAGAGAGAAAACGCCCUCCUGAUUUCUUUGCUCUUCUUUCCUGCCAGGCCUGGCCAUCGGAGAUGUCCCAGACAAGCAGCCCAUCGGCAUCGUUCUCACUGUUCUGGGGGUGGUGGUCUUGGAUUUCUGCGCUGAUGCGACGGAGGGGCCGAUCCGGGCCUAUCUGCUGGACGUGGUGGACAGCGAGGAACAGGACAUGGCGCUCAACAUCCACGCCUUCUCAGCUGGUAUGUGAUUCUGUCCUUUUCUGUAAUGAAACCUGCCCCAGUUUCUGUCCCAGGCAUCUCCGGGUAGCGCGUGGGAAUGUCUCCUGCGUGGAACUCCAAAAAGCUGCUGCCAGCCGGUGUGGGACAGUACAGUGCUAGACUCCAUAUGGGUCUGACUCCGUAUAAGGCAGCUUCCUGUGUCCCUUAAAUAAUUUUUAUUUCAAUUUAUUCCAUAGAAGAGCAUACUUAAACUUCCAACAGCGCUUCCCUUUUAAGAUUGCACCCUGUUUCCCAAGGUGGCUCAGUUGAGAUGACACCAAAGUUCUUUGGGGGGUUUGAUCAGCCGGCAAAGCAGAGCAAACAAGCUUUGGUUUGAAGGGAACUUGAGAGAAAAAUGUUCCUGGCUUUACUGUAUGGUUGGAAGUUCACGCCACGCUUUGGGUUCCGAACCAUGGUCAACCUGAAACCCUGGCUUGGCUUGAUCGCUGAAAUGACUGCUUUCGGCUCCAUUCAUUUGUCCGCAGCAGUGCCAGAAGCAAGGUCUGUCCAUUUGGCAAGCUGCAGUUCUCAACUGAACUAACCAAAUUAACUACAUCACAUUUAAAGAGCUACUGUUAUCGGAUGCGGAACCUGCACCCCCAUUGUUGAUGGAUUCCAAAAAGGAAGACCUUUCUCCUCUUUUAUGUAGCAGCCAGAUAGGAGGCACUGCUGCCUCGCCCACUUGCGUGGUUCCCAGCCUUUUCACAAAGCCGCCAGCGCAUAACUUUUUGCCCAUCUCUCCUUCCUUAGGUCUUGGAGGGGCCAUUGGCUACAUGCUGGGAGGCCUCGACUGGAUGCAGACGUUCUUUGGGGUCAUCUUCGUCUCCCAGGAGCAAGUCCUCUUCUUCUUUGCUGCCAUCAUCUUCUCCGUCUCCGUCGUCCUCCACCUUUGCAGCAUCGAGGAGGAGCAAUACAACCCCCAACAGGACAGGAUCGAUGACGAGGCCGACACCCUUUCGAGCGUCAAGCUGAGCGGCAGCCUCCCUCCCCUGAGCCGCCUGAACGUCAUCAGCGAGGAAGACCAUUACAGGAGCUCCAUGUACCGGGACGAGGUGCAGUCUGAGCAGGACCUCAACAUGGACUUCCUGGACGUGGACAUUGUCCGCAGCAAGAGCGACUCUGUCCUGCACAUGCCCGACGCCACCUUGGAGAUGGAAUCCGAGCUGCUUUUCCUCCACGAAAUCGAGCCUUCCAUCUUCCAGGACUCCUCCUACCCCAACACCCCGCACAGUGCCAGUCAGGAAUACAUGAAGUCCAAAUUCAACCGCCUGUCUGCUUUCCUCAGGGAGAACGAGAAGGAGGAGGACAUGUUACUUGAUAAUCACUUGAACGAAGCCAAAGCCCCGAACAGCAACGGCUCCCUACCAAAAGACCUCCUGAACGGACACGCGAGGAUCGGCAUGAAGCAGUCGAGCACCUCCAACUCCAUGCGCAGGCGCAAGCACAUGUUCUACCGGCAGCCUUCCCACACCUUCUCCUACUACGGCAAGAUCGGCUCCCACCGCUACCGCUUCCGGCGGGCCAACGCCAUCGUGCUGAUCAAGUCCUCGCGGAGCAUGAACGAUAUCUACGACAUGCAGAAGAGGCAGCGGCAGAGGUGCCGGCACAGGAACCAGAGCGGAACCACCAACUCCAGCGGCGACACCGAGAGCGAGGAAGGCGAGACCGAAACGACCGUCCGGCUCCUGUGGCUGUCCAUGCUGAAGAUGCCGCCGGAGCUCCUGCGUCUCUGCGUCUGCCACCUCCUGACCUGGUUCUCCAUCAUCGCCGAGGCCGUCUUCUACACCGACUUCAUGGGGCAGGUCAUUUUCAACGGCGACCCCAAGGUGAGUCGCAAAGCUUGCCUCCGCCACGUGUUCUACUUACUGAGUCACUCCUCCGCUCCAUAGAUAUUUCGCAUCGCUCUGCAAAUUAGCUCAGCCCAAGCAGAGGGCGCUGCAAAGAAAUUUCCCGGGUUUGUCAGGGUCCCAGGUUUGUUUCAUCAUCAUUUGCCUUGGCAACCUGGUGGGCAAGGACGUUUGAAGUUUGGUUCUUUGUGGCCUGAAAUUGUAUUGCUUUAUGGCCGAUUUGGUUUCGGUUUCACUCCUUUUAUCGUUCCGAGUUUCUCGAGAAUCUUUCUUUGAAACACAGGUUGAAAAAAAGCCAGAUGAAUAAACGAAAGUGUAAAUCCCGGCCCAAUUGCACUGGCUGCCAAUUAGUGUCCAGGCCCAAUUCAAAGUUCUGGUUUUGACCCGUAAAGCCUUAAGUGCUUCAGGACCAGAAUUCCUCAAGGACCGCCUCUCCCUAUAGGAACCAGCCUGGACCCUGCAGUUAUCUUCUGAGGCCCUUCUUUGUGUGCCUCCUCCGCAAGAGGUUCAGAGACCAGCGACACGAGAGCAGGCCUUUUCUGCUGCAGCUCCACGUUUGUGGAAUGCUCAUCCCAGGGAGACUCACCUGGCACCUUCAUUAGAUUUUUAGAUUUCACCAUGCAAAAAUGUUCCUCUUCAACCAGGCCUUUGGCUGAUUAAUAUUCUGUGUCCUUUUAAAUAUAUUGGGGAGGGAUAUUUCUUCUUUCUUGUUUUUAUUAUCUGUUUUUAUGUUCUGAGCCGCCCUGAGAUAUCUGGAUGAAGGGCUGUAUGCAAAUUUAAUAAAACCAAUCAAUCAAUCUUUGGCUAGGCAGAGAGGUGCGAACAUUGACACUUCCAUGCUCUUGUUCAUAGUGUGGCUUUUGCUUAAAUCUUAAUUGCAUGGGUAGGCAAACGUAAGGCCUGGGGGCCAGAUCCGGGACAGUCACCUUCUAAAUCCGGCCUGCGGACGGUCCGGGAAUCAGCAUGUUUUUACAUGAGUAGAAUGUGUCCUUUUAUUUAAAAUGCAUCUCUGGGUUAUUUGUGAGGCCUGCCUGGCGUUUUUACAUGAGCAGAACGUCUGCUUUGAUUUAAAAUGCAUCUCUGGGUUAUUUGUGGGGCAUAGGAAUUUGUUCAUUCCCCCCCAAAAAAUAUAGUCCAGCCCCCCACAAGGUCUGAGGGAAAGUGGACUGGCCCCCUGCUGAAAAAGUUUGCUGACCCCUGCUCUAUUGCUUCACUGCAGGCCCCUUCGAAUUCCACCGAACUGCAUGCCUACAAUGCCGGCGUUCAGAUGGGCUGUUGGGGAUUGGUCAUCUAUGCCGCUACUGCAGCUGUGUGUUCAGGUAAGAGGUUCUGUGCCGGCAGCUGAAAGUCUCUGCACCCCAGACCAGAGAAGCCGUGUGUGGCUGACAGAUAAGAGAAUCGCUUUUACAUAAUAACCUUUUACUGUUAGAGUUAUUCCAAUCCCGCCAGUGUCGUUUAAAGUUUGGUCCCAAUAUAUGUCCAAUAUUUAAUCCAAUUGUCAUGAAAUUUCUGUUCAUCUUGAUCUCUUAUUCUUCCUGUUAUUCUAGCGAGCUCGGCAUAAUUUGUUAAUUUAAUCUGCCAAUCACUUAUAUUAGGUAUGGCGUCCGUUUUCCAAUUUUGUGCUAACAUGAUUCUUGCGGCUGUUGUGGCAUAUAAAAAUAGUACCUUAUCUUCUUUUUUAAUUUCUUUACCUGUCAUUCCUAACAGAAAGGCUUCGGGUUUUUUGGGAAACGUGUAUUUAAAUUUUUUUUUAAGCUCGUUAUAAAUCGAUUCCCAAAAGCCUUUCACUUUGCUGCAUAACCACCACAUAUGGUAGAAGUCACCAUCUACUUCUCCACAUUUCCAACAUCUUUUGUUCUUUAGCCUAUAGAUCUUAGCCAGUUUCACUGGUGUGAGGUACCACCUAAAUAUCAUUUUCCACAUAUUUUCCCUUAAUGCCAUACAUGCCGUGAACUUCAUGUUAAUAUUCCAUAAUUCUAGCCAUCUCUCAAAAUUGAUGUUAUAGCCGAUAUCUAUUGCCCACUUAGUCAUAGCCUCCUUCACCUCCUCGUCUUUUGUAUACCACUCCAAUAAAAUAUCGUAUAUUCUAGACAAUAUUUUGUUCUUUCCUUGAACAACUUCCACAUUGAAUUUGGAUUUUUUAUCUUCGAAUCCUAUUUUCUUUUUGUCUUCUUUUAACAGGUCAUUUACCUGUUAAAAUACAUGAAUAUAAAGUCUAUUUGAUACUUACCAAAGGAGUGGAAGGAAGUUCAAGGCUUGGCAGAGCCUAAAAUAAAUGUAUUUAUGAUUUAUGGAAUGAAUAUAUUAUGUGUAAUUUAAGUAUUGGACUUUGUAUAAGUUUAUAUGUAUAUAUGUAUAAUACCAAUAAAAAUUUAUCAGGGACAGAUGAGAGAAUCGAGGAAGGGGACUGAGCGGGGGAAGUUAGCCAAGGAAGGCCCUGGCCAUGAAGUGCUUUAAUGAGGGAGAGUUGGGUAGCUAAUUGCACCCAGAGUGCGGGGCGCUUUUCUCUAAUGGCGACACGCUUGGCCUCCUUUUUGCAGCCUUGCUACAGAAAUACUUGGACAACUACGACCUCAGCAUCCGAGUGAUCUACAUCCUGGGCACUCUGGGCUUCUCCAUUGGCACGGCAGUGAUGGCCAUGUUCCCCAAUGUGUACGUCGCCAUGAUCAUGAUCAGCUCCAUGGGCAUCGUUUCCAUGAGUAUAUCCUACUGCCCCUACGCCCUUCUAGGGCAGUAUCACGACAUCAAGCAGGUAGGUGGCCGUGGGCCGGGUGUUGGGGAACGUGAGUUGGGCAAGAACCAUACGGACGGAUGAAAUCAGACCCCAGAUCCAUCCAGCCCAGCCGCUGUCUGCUGCAGCGACCAGGUGUCUUGGACUACAUUUCCCAUCAGGCCCAGCCAGCACAGAGGGGGUUUGAUGCUUUGAAAGCAUCCCACGGCAUACACAGACCUGCAGAGUCAGUCUUUAAGCUCUGGAGAGCCUUCAGGGAAUGGGAAGAGAGGGAGACAAGCCCGUCAAAUUGUAGUUUGCAGCUGGAAAGCCCAGUAUCCAGCAAGCAGCACUUCAGGCUGCUUUUGGCCCGAGGAUUGCCAGUUCCUCAUACAUAUACAUAUACAUAUACAUAUACAUACACACAUAGACACAUACACACAUAUAUAUUCUGUUACACAAUUUGAAAUACUCAUUUUAACAUCAUUAAAAUAUCAAUGACUUCCGUUCUUCUCCUUCCAUGGUUCGUUUUUCGUAUCAUAGCUUCCUGCGUAUUUUACAAAAACUAAACCAUUCAAUAUUCCAUCAAUACAUCCAUCAAACCUUAUUUACACUGUUGAAUUUAUCUUGAUGCUUCCAACCUUUUCAGGUGUGCACAGUUCCCCCCCCCCAUAUACUAAAUAAAAGUUUCCCAAUCUUCUCUAAACGUAUGUUCUUCUUGUUCUCUGCUUCCAUAUGUUAAAUCUGCAAGCUGCGCAUAUUCCGUCAACUUAAGUUACCAUUCUUCUUCAGUUGGGACCUCACUUGUUUUCCAUUUUGGGGCUAACAGAACACGGGCUGCAUGCAGUAGUUGCAUACAUAUAUAACCUUCUUUUUUUGACACUUGGGAAUUUCGUUCUGAAUUGUCCGUACUCUGGGUUUUUUGGAAAAGUAAUUUUAAACAUUUCCCCACCAUUCAUUAUAGAUUAUUUCCCAAUACAGUGGUACCUCUGGAUACGAACGGGAUCCGUUCUGGAGCCCUAUUCGCAUCCUGAAGUAAACGCAACCCACGUCUGCACAUGCACGGGGUCGCGAUUCACCGCUUCCGCGCAUGCGUGUGGCGUCAUUUUGAGCGUCCGCGCAUGCGCGAGCGGCGAAACUCAGAAGUAACGCAUUCCGUUACUUCCGGGUCGCCACGGAGCACAACCCAGAAGUGCUCAACCUGAAGCAACUUCAAGCCGAGGUAUGACUGUACUCUUUUACAAGUCCACCACAUAUGAAAGAACGUUCCCUCCACCUCUUUGCAGUUCCCUGACCACAGACAUAGAGGACUUGUCCCCAGAUAUUGCAACGCGAUGUGUGCUCUGCUACCCGAUUCCCCGUUUUGUUGAUAGCAUCUCCUGUCCCUUUCUCUUUCAGUAUAUCCACCAUAGCCCUGGGAACUCAAAGCGAGGUUUUGGCAUAGACUGCGCCAUCUUGUCCUGCCAAGUCUACAUCUCCCAGAUCCUCGUGGCCUCUGCGCUGGGAGGAGUGGUGGACGCCGUGGGCACCGUGCGGGUCAUACCCAUGGUGGCGUCGGUAGGGUCUUUCUUGGGCUUCCUGACGGCCACGUUUCUGGUGAUUUACCCCGACGUCGGCGAGAGCCCGAAGGAAGAGCAGAAAGGGCUGGCGCCUCCCGAGGCGGCCGAGAGCGGCGGCGACGCGGAUGGGGAGAAGCCGACCGUGAUCAAGCUCUCUCGGAAAGAAGCCUCCAAGACAGAAGUGGAAAACGAGUCGGCCGUUUGAGCGAACCGCCGCCAUUUGCACACAUUCCAAGCCGUUCCAGGUGCACGAAUCGGGACGUUCUCGCAAAGCAGAAUCUGAACUUUUCCAAGGACAUCCUUGCUGCAGCAUCGGAUUGAAAUGGUUCUUUCAUGCAAAAAUGUAGAUGAAAUUCCAUAGUCUUAGGGUAGCCUUGAAUAGGUAGCUUUGAUGCUGAUUGCUUUCUCUACAAUCCAGAAAAAUCUCCUUUCUUAGAGGUAUUUUUAAUGGCGAGAAAACGCGUUUCCACGGGGACUUUUAUCGAUGGGCAGGAAAACGUUCUUGCGUGGUUUGCUUUGUUUUUUUAAGACCUCGUGGCAGUUUUUCAAAAUUCUCAAAUUACCCAUUUGGACUGUUUAUUUCCCUUCCACCAACACCACCAUUUUUAAAAACUGUAAUUAAAAAACGAAAGCAAUUUUGGCUGUGGCUUUUGCAGAAAAGUUUUCUGUUUUUUGUUCUGACUCCUUCAGACCUUGCAAGUUCAGUAGGAUGGUGUAUUUUAAAACUGAUGCCAUUUUUAUUAGGCUGACAGUCGCAGUUCUCUGCUUUAUGUUCCUCACCCCCUUGAACCAUAGUCUGGAUUUCAUUAUUUUUCCGUGCAAUUACUACUAAGUAUUCCCCCACCCCCAACUUCCCUUGGACGUAUUGCAUCAGUUACUGCAAGAAUUGCUGUCGCUUUAUUUUUUAUUAUUAUUUUUAUUUUUAUUCAAGCUGUUUGGAGCACCCGUCCCCGCCGACUGUUGCUUGCCAAGGAUUCCUCGAGUGUGAUCUCUUCGCCGCAGAGAUGGCGAUGUUUCGGUGGUUGGGAGGGACUUUUGGCUCUCCUCAGGACGGUGGGAGGCGACAUGUGUAGCUCUGAGGAGCACCAGUGGAAGAUUCUGUGACCUGUUUUGAUCGGCGAGCCGGUCAGAAUUUGACUUAUUUUUCUUUUCAUCUUUUGGUGGCGUUUGAAAGCCAAUCAUCUCCUUUGUGACGAAGCUGCUAAUGGGGACGCAGAUUCCCCGCUGUCAGUUUCUGCAGGCGGGCUGUGAGGUUCCCCUUUGUUUAGAAAGGGGGUCGUCGAUUGCACUUUUUUCUGAACUUCUGGGCUGGAAAUUGCGACAGCGGAGAGUUUCGAAAGGUAGUCUGGCUCCCGCAAGCGUAAACUAAAGGCCUACCUCUUGAUAACUGCAGCCUGGAGAGAAAGAGAGAGAGUGCGUGUGUGUUGCGUGUGUUGUUGUUGUUGUUUUUAAAAAGGAAAAUGUAUCUUGAAACAGCUUUGGGCCUUAAAGAAAACAAAAUUCACCAUUUAAAAAAAAAAUGCUGUAACUUUAUUCCUAGGUAUGCCGGAGUCUUACUAAGCUGUUUUCCCACAUCCUUUCAACCCAGAUUCCCUCCCCUCCCAACUCCCCAAUUCCAAGUCCAGGACAAUAGCAGUAACACACAUAGCAGGUUGUCGGGUGUGCCAGGCUCCCAUACCAAGCCAAGUGUCAUUGCUGGGGAUCGACAGCCUGUUAGAGGAUGUCCUUAAGAACAGCCAGCUUAGAAGGUCCUUCUCUUUAGAAAUGGGGGGGGGCUUCUCCUUGCACGUUCCCCUUGCACCUUGCAGGCAGUGGGAGCCAAAAGAGGCCGCAGCUGGUUUGCAGGCUGAAACCGCAGUGAACCCAGGCUGCUCUUGCGAGAGAUUUCUGCUGCCUCAAACUCACCUAUUUAAAAUGCAUGCCUUGAACCAUGCUGCAAGUAUAGCAAUUCGAAAGCAAAAACCCUAUCUUAUCUAUAUAUUUCAGAAUGAAAAGCAGUUUUUAAUAAAUUACUUGAAUUGUCAAUUGUAUGUAUGUUUGACAUAGCUGAAAUGGAAAUCGCCUGGCUGGCAUCUCUGUGUAGUUUGAUGGCAUCUCCUGUUUGUUUCUUAGCUCUCCAUCAGUUUACAUAUUUUUACCUCCGUAGGUGGGCGGGGGGUGGACAGGGUUUGCAUAGGCUUUUUAGAGGCCACGAGGAUUUCAUGAAUGCUCAUUUUAUAUACAGGGUUUCACAAACUGUUUUUUAAAUGUCCCCCACCCCUCCAAAAAAAAGAUGACUAUUUGGUGCAUUUUGUUUGAAACUUCUUUUCAGAGCACAGUAUAAGACUACUGAAGCAAUCCAGUUAUUUGGGGGGGGGGGCAGAAAAAGAAAAACCUUCCAGGAGCUUGUAACCAAGAGAGCCCCCUCCUCCACCUAAAGUCUCCUUUCACUACACUUUUUUAUUAUUAUUUUUUGAAAAACUGCUCCACGACAUUAAUUUGAGAUAGCUGUUCUCUGCGUAAAUUGCACCUUGUUAUAAGAGGACCCCACUUCAUCGCUCUCGAAAGCGUGUUAAAAUAGGAAGCUGCCACUUGUGGCAAAAAUCCUGCCUUACGCUUUGAAGAGGAGGCAAAAAGGGAACACUCUCGAACGCCUCAGUUGGAUCUCUCCCCUUGAUGCAGUUUGAAGGUCACUCAUUCGGCUCUGACAUUUCUUUUCCUUGAAAGCUCUCCCCCCACCCCCUUUGACUCUGCCUUGCUCUGCCCAAACUAUUGAGGAUGAGGAAGGCAAGUGUUUAUUUUCCAAAAAGGAAAAAGCUUUCUUUUCAGAGGACUCCAAAGCUUAUUUUUAGAAGAGCACGUCGAAAUUUGGAGGCUUCCUGGCAAUUCCUUGGUUCCUACAAACACUGGCUUACUGACCAGCUCUGCAGUUGCGCGGUCACAAUUUUCGCGUCACGGUUGGCUCUGCCAGAAUCUGAAACGCGAUCGUGCAUUGUGGUGCUAAGGAGAAAAUUGCCAGGUCUUGGUGAACUUUCUGAUCUUUUGGACCCUUGUGAACAUGGGCAAACGAGAGAUUUAGCCUUGUAGCAGGGCUUAAACCCUCCUCAACAUUUAUGCCAUAGAAUUCUGAAUAGCAUUUCCCUUCCUGCGCUCUAGAAUUUACUCUUUAGGGCUUCUGAACUGCAGUCUCCAAGACGUGCUGCUGUCUGUGGAGAGAUGCAAAGAACUUGGAGCAAAUGGGCCUCGAUGAGCCCAGAGCCAAGGUGGAAAGAGCAAGCCCCAAAUUCUGUCUGGGAGCCAGUCGUGUUUUCCUCUUUGUAGGUGCAUCUAGUCUCUUGGUCCCGUCUCAUUAAAUCCCAACACGGGAUCACCGUCGUUCCCAUUUGCCGCCUUCAGAUGCUGAAGUUCAAAUGCAGUUGAGCAGAACUGAAUUGGGAAACGUCUUGAUUUUGGAAAGGCAGAGGGAGCUAUCAGUAUGCUUCCUAUGCCGGCUGUGAAAGCUGUUUAGACAUGCCACAGGAAGGUAUGAGGCAGAUCUAAGGCCAACACACCCUGGAAUUGUAGGUCCGGCUUUGGCUUGGGGGGUCUCUGAAUCCCCCACAUCCCAACAACCCCACCAUUUCCAGCGUUCUUUAGGAGAAGCGUCAGCCGCUGAGUUUUCUACAUCAUGAGCACACGUCUCAUUCUUUCAUCUGUCUCUUACAGAGCACACUGUUAGAAUGGGACCUUUUCCUCGCUGAUUUUGAGACGUCGCACCUUCAACCAAAUCUUUGUGGAGCGUCUGGCUCACAGACACGUUGAACACCCUGAAAAUCUUCUGUAGUUGCUAUCAGAUAUCUGGUCUCGUGGGCAGCAUUUAUUGGACUUUGUAGGGCUUGAUAGGGUUAUAUGUAAUCUUUUUAAAAAUAAAAAGAAAUCACACAAAUUGAUUUCCUGUGGCAAUAUCCAUCUGGACUUCAAGCUUGUAUAUUUAUGACGGCUUGUGGAGAGAAAAGCAAUAACCUCUUCUUCCUGAUUUGCACAUGGGGAUUUGCACCCAAAUACUCUUUUUGAUACUCUGGUCUUCCCCCUGCCUAUUCCAUCAGCCAGGCUUUCUUCAGGAUUCCCAACCACACCAUGUGAGCGACUGAUCCUCCUCUUAGGAGACGAGGCCGUCGGGAGAUUGGAAGACCGGAACCCGUGUGAUUUCUCCUGGCCCGUCCAGUGCUUUUUUCUUUAGGCCAUUCCAUGAAAGUGGAGGAUAAGAAAGCUCUCUUUAAAGGACCAGCGAAGGAGGCUGCCCCAUCACCAUCUUGCCUCUGCCGGGAAUGUUUGUUUUCUUCUUUUCCUCCUUGUCGGUUCCUAUGGAUGAAACCUCCAGCGAAGGUUCCCUAGGCUGGAUUUUCCAGAAGACAAAUCUUAGCCAAGAUACGGGGGGAUAGCAUCAACUGCCCCGGGUUCCAGUUUUGAAUUCAUUCUGCUGAAACCCGUUUGAGAAGGCUGUGGCAAAAGAGCUGCAAUUUCUGGUCUGCAAUCCAGAAUCGGACCAUACCAUGAGAGUGGCAAAUAACCUCAUCUGGCUGCAUGGAGUCAUAAUCUUGAAAGGCAAGUUAGUGCCACUCGAUCUGAUUUCUGUGGUCUUUAAAGGCGGCUUUCAGUACCCAUUUUAAGACAAACUCUUGUACUGUGGUGGGAGGGGGCAGUGAAGCUGUUAGGCUGCAAAGCCAAAGCUUGACCCAUCACUCCACCCCCAAACAGAGCAUGAUAACUAAAACCCAGCGGAGUAUUUCUUCUUUGCAGCUCAAUUUUGGGAGCUCACCUGGGCGCCUGGCAUUCUUCUGGUUCCACCUUUUCGCCAUUCAGUCACAGGAAAGCUUCUUUCUUUAUUUUAAAAAUGAAAAGGGGUUGGUCCUGGUUAAGGAUGAAUUAAAACGGAACGGGUUGGGCCUCGUUCUACUGCUGUUUUCACUGUCUACUGAAACAUAGUGUUCCCUGCCCUUUCCUUCUGUCUGCUAGCAGGAUGCAAUCAGCUCUGACUUAGAUCCAUUCGUUGCUUCUUACACAACCCGAAAUCUUGCAUGACUCCCCGCGUAAGCACAUGUAGCAACUUUUGAGUACCUGAAGUGUCUUUUUGUGGGGGGGGGGGAAGUGAUUUGGUUUUUAUUCAUUUACAGCUACCCCUUGUCCCGGUCCCCCGUCCCCAUUAAUAGGCCAAAUAAAUGUAACGAGACACAAAAAAUAUUGCACAGAAAUGGGGGAAAGUGACUUGGGAAGAAAGAAAGAAAGAAAAGGAUACCAAAUUUCACCUGUGUGUGUCUUCUCCUAACUAUGGAUUCUUAAACGUGCAGGUUUUGUCAUUUAAACAGCCAAGCUACAAGGUUUUUAAGACUACAUUGAGGGAGGAAUGCCAUUUGCAAAACGGAACAAAAAGAAGCAGAUAUUAUCUACCCAGAGUUCUGUGGUUCAUGUUGCUCCCAUAAUAAAAGUUUUACUGAGGAUGUAUCUUCUGCUGAAACACUUGUUUAUGCUCCCAUUUUAUUUUAUUUUAUUGAGGAAGGGUCUCAGAGACACCCACAUGAAUUCCAGGAACAUAGAGUUCUUACAUGUACAACUUCCUUGUGGCAAUUAAAUUCAGAGGGGGAAAUGGUUUGGCUUUAAUUCAAGAGUCAGGUGACACUUGGACCUUAGAUGGGAUGAAUUCUUCCUUUCAGCAACUUCUGACAGGUAGACUAGCCCUAAGGUGCUCGUUUUGUUUUUUCAAGUUGCUGGAAUAAUUCCUGGGUGCGGAAAACAUGCUGUGCAAAUUCUCUGCGCGUGUUCAAGGUGGUCUUUGCUAGAAGCUGUGAAGAGGCUUCUGCACCGUUUGUAGACCAGACCACCUUUGAUCAAGGGCGUUUUUGUGAUCUGUUUCCAGAUCUGCUCUACAAGAGCAAAGACUAAAUCCACUGCCCGAGGGCUCCAGUUUCUUUUGGAAAAAAACAAACAGUUGCCUAAGAGGGAGAAUUCUACCCACUGCAACUUCUCUCGCUAUACACAGCUGUGGAACAAGCAAAAACAGCUGGAAUUCCUUCUAAACACAUCUCUCUUAAGAUUCAGUAAAUUUCUCUCCACGUGCACCUAAAAGCUCUGAUGCAAUAAUUUGAGGAAUCAUCCUGGAGUUACAAAAUGAUACCUGAUAGGUCUUUCAGGCACCCUCGUCUGAUGUGUAAGAAAACAGGGCAUGCAUACCAUGUUGCUUUCUGAUAAACGGAAGGGGCAUUGUAGAGGUUAUGCAUUUUUCAGAUAGUUGCCAGUAAAUUAACUUCCUAUGAAAAGCGCCCAGGUAAAUAAAACUGGGGGGGGGGGGAUUACAAUGUAAACUCCUUUUCUUCUUCUGGUCACAAAAUAGCUUACUUCAAUGAUCAAGUGUCAAGUGUCUAAUUUCAUAAAAUUAGAACCCAGAAAAUCUCAGCUCUGUCCGGCUUGGUCAUCACCCGAGUUAGCAUUGACUUUUAGUUCUGUUUUGUUUUUAAAUUCGAUAGAAGCCUAACCUCCUCCUGGAUAAUACAAUUUGAUCAUCUGAUCUUUCCUACGCUAUGUACUUUGUUGUUGUUGUUGAAUUUCUGCUGCAACAUGGACCCGAAACCUUCUUGGUAGCCAAAUGGCCAGCUUGAAUAUUAAAAUGAAAUAAAAUAAAUGCCUCCCCUAGUGAAAAGCUGCAUAUAGGCAUCUCUUAAUGAAAAAAAAAUAUAAGUAAAUAUAUAUAUUUAGUUCCAUUGUGAACUGGCCAUAUGACAACUUCUUGUUUAUCAACUUAUUAAGUUGGGGCAGUAUACUAGCUCUUGCUGAGUUUAGCAAUGUUUAUAAGUGUGUGUUAAACACAUAAAUGUUUCGAGUUUAACGAGGAAAAAGGGAUAAAUAAGAAAUGUGACCGAUGAAUGUGUCUGAGUGGAUUAGAUGGCAGAAUGUUCUGGGAUUUGAUUUUGACACAGAGCUUUCUUUUUCUGGUUUUCAAGGUAGAGACUUGUUGCAUGAGAAACAGUUUAACUGUUCUGCACUUUUGGUCUCUUUGUAAUUUUCCCCCACACCCACCCAUUUAUGGAUAGAAAUGGCUGAAUGUAGAGUUUAAAAGAGAAAAAAAACAAACCACUAUUUCACAUUUACAUGUGUUCAAUCCAUUGUUCUACAGUUCAAUCUUAAUAAACAUUUCAAUAUGAGCCGGUGGAUCUGGGUUUUUGUGUUCGUGGAGAAUGGGAAAUAAGUCAGUCCUGCUCUUACAUAAAUCUAAAAAAUGGAGUGCACAUAGAAUUUAAGAGAGCCAGCCCAUUCUAACCCUAGUUCCUCUCCAAGUCUGUCUGCUAAUGUUUCGGUUCCUCGUCCUUGUCUUCUGAUACGCAGCCCCUCAGUAAUAAGAAGAUGGGGGACACCUGGCUUACUAGCAGUACAUGCGGGAAAGAUCUCAGGGUAUUAAUAGACCACAAGCUUAACAUGAGUCAACAGUGUGAUGCAGCAGCAAAAAAAGCUAAUGCUAUUCUAGGCUGCAUCAACAGAAGUAUAGUGUCCAGAUCAAGGGAAGUAAUA